AGUGCCGGGCUGAAGCUGAAGGAGCGCUGUGGACUCCACCACAGUUGAGGAUCACAGGAUCUCUGGAGCCGCCGCGGAGAGUCUGCUGUCCUCUGCACGGUCCGCUCAGGUUGACAACUGCAGCAGCCUGCCCCGAUACAAGUCCGUAUGGAGACACCUCCAACCCCGACACCAUGCACCUCUGAAAGCUUCGGCACACUGUCUUUUGUGUAGCCCGAGGGGGGAGAAAGAAAAAAGUCUGCAGGAUCACUUUUCCUUGACGGAGCGUAAACGGAUUUUUCCUCCUCUUCUUUUUUUUAGUCGGGCUCCUUCUCAUUCUCCUUCCGCCUUUCACGGUCCACCACUCGAUUUUUGGACUUUUUGUUUCCUAGAAAAGAAAGCGCCUCUGUUCCCCUGAGUCUACCUGCUCGCCUAGCACCCAUGAAUUCGGAUAAAAAUGUGUACCUCGGCAGGGACAAAGGCAUCAUGCGGAAGAGAGCUUUGCUCCUUCGGAAAGGUUGCAGCUUCGAGAUUACCAGGUAUGUACAAUGAUUUUUUCCCUAAUUAUUUAAGGUUAGGGGUGCUUUUGUCGGGUGCAAGAAGGCGGUCAAAAUGGCCAGACUAUCCCAAAGACACUGUAACCUCCCUCAUUGAAGUGGACACACAUAAUGAGUUUCUAAUGUGUGCCUUUCACCUUGCUGGUUGGUGAUUCAGCCACGAUGUUGUGUGUGCGCACAAGCUGAGAAAAGCCCCCCCAAAAUACAUGUUUCCAAACAGAGUGAGGUCAUAUUACACCUCAGCCAUUUAACACUCCACUUAAAUAAGCUCCAGGUGUCUUUUGUGCAUUUUAUUCCCAUUUGAAUCCAAAAUCAUGCAUGUGCAUCCUGUCUUGGACCGUGUAGUUAGGCGUUACGCACGGAUACAUUCCGUCUGCACCUGACUCUGCAAUGUUGACAAAGCUGCUUAGUGGCAGGACGCCGCCAGACGUCAUUUAACAGCCAAAUUCAGGUGUUGAUUGGGCAGUCGAGCAACCUCAGAGCCCCGGAGCUGCCCAAUCCUGCGCCACAGAGGGCUGAAAAUAUGCAGGUUUUUAGUUCUCUCCCAAAAUAGAUCCACUACAGGGGAUGGUUUGAGGGAUCACCUGCUGUAGUCUGAUACCACUGAGGCUCAGUCCGACCCCCGUGAGUCAUACACAUCCUAGGGCAGCAGACAAACCAAGGCAGGGGGGCUUCUGCCAGCAGGUAGACCACAUAAGGUGCAAGUGAUUUGGCUUCUCAGUGUGGGUGUACUGGUUAUAGGGGGAACCUCCUGGUGCUUUCUGAGAUGUCUGGCUUCUUGUCAGAAGGACACUGACUUUGUGGAAUGGGCUGAGAUCCAUCAGGAGGUUGUGCACAGACGUUUGUUUGUCUCUCUCAAAGGUGGGAUUUCUUUUGUGAGACAUAAUGUUAUCAAGAAGGUGUUUUAGGGCUAAGUGCAACAGCAAAUAUAUGCAUUUAAUAAGCGUGAGAUAUUUACAUUAGUAGUGCAGGAAACUGCGGUGUGGUGGAUUACAUUGGCAUUAUUUUCUCUGUUGUUUCAAGGUGUGUAAAACACUCAUCAUGUGCGCCUACUUAAUCAUAUGCAUGUCAUUUGGCGUUUGAAUAGCUAUACUACUCCAAAAGCAGAUCUAGUUUCAACCUUUAUUUUAAUAGUUUAAAUUGUUGGGCCUGAAUUACAUGUUAGGUGAGAGUAUUUGCUCAAUUAAAGACAGGGGACAUCUUAGAGAUAGUCUCCCUCUCAGAAAUGUUGCAGAGGAACUAUUCUUUCAUAGGUCCUGUGAGGGACUUUAAGUUUGUGUCAAUUUUGGCGCCACUAUAGACAAAGCAAUCUUUGCUUAUCUUGACGUCUCAAUGCUUAAAAAAAUCUCAUCCUACUGACUUAGGGUAUUCUAUGUGCAAACGGGGCUGUUUCUUUGCUGCUCAGCUGACACCUACUCUCCUUGCACCGGUUUCAGGCAUUAAAAAUGACAAUAUACAAAUUGUCUUGUUUGGUUUUGGACAUCACAGAAAGGCAUUAUUCUGAAUUGCAGUCUGUUUCAUAACAAUCAAAGAUCUCUUUAUAGGAGCUUUAAUGAGGUGCAGUUGAUUAAAUUUAGUUUAUUUUACAUGACAGCUAUCCAUCAAGUAUCCAAAACCAUCAAGUGAUAUUAGCAAAAUGUUUAAUUUAAAGUGAAAUGCUGCAACAUGCAAAAAAAAUCCUAGCAUUUGCAAGCUUCAAACUAUCAAAUUUUGCUCAAGAAAACGACUUAAUCAAUUAUUCAUUCAUCAAAAUGGUUGUGUAGUCAUUCCUUGUAUUGACUCAUGAGUUAAUUGAUAAUCUGUGCAGCUUUAAUUUCCAUUAUCAUGAUCAUUAUGUCCAAAGAAUAUUGUUCUUGUCACACCACGUCCCCUUCCCCCCUCUCUCCCACCUUCAGCAUAAUUUCCUGCCAUUUCCGAUGAUCUGCGGGGGUGCAGAUUUACUCAUGAGUUUUGCUUCGCUGCUCUUAUUGCUGAUAACUCCGUCUAAGUAUGUGUGUUUUUGUGUGUGUGAAUUAAAUGUCUCCAUCCAGGCUGCCAGGUCUCUGCUCUCUAAAUAGAGGCAUGUUCUGAGUAUAUGCAGGGACCAAAUUUGGCAAGCUUUGUGCCAAACACUUACUUUCAAAUUACACACCCCUCCUAAUGAGCUUGAUUUAUCCUGUGUAGGAUAAAGGUGGACCCAGAGUCACCCUGCUGUAAGGCUUCCUGGCACACACUCUCUCUCUCAGACACUCGCAGUUUAACAGACAAUCAAUCAGAGUGCUCCUGCAUGGGGGAAAUAGACUCUGCGCUUUACUGAGGAGAUAUGAAAGACACUCAAGUAAAGAGCUGCUACUGCUGAGGAGUCUCUGGGUAAUUUAUUGUACUGCAGAGACACAAACAGACCUUAUACUCACAGACAGCUUCUUAAGGACGUGUACAGUACGUUUAUAACCUGCUCUCACGUGCAUAAUGUGCUCCAACACACACUCACAAAGGCUGGUGUGUUUCCCCGUGUUUGCCUGUGGAUGUGAGUCAUGAGGUUACUUUAUCUAGACAUUGAUCUGCCCUCUUCUUUGCCUCCAGAUGACAGACACAGUCUCAAUGUGACACAGAGUUGACAGUCAUGAGAAAAUGCACUCUAGUAUCAAAAUAAGAGUAUUUUGUGCAGAAAAUGGCACCUGGAACUGUUUCUGAAUUAUAAUCCAGGUUUCCUCUUGUAGUUUUAUGGGGUCUCUUCCAUAGGGCUCAAAGACAUGAUUAAACCACAGAUGUCCAUUUGCCUUGUCUGUGGCAGGACUUCUGUGAAAAACAACUACUUGUGCUGCAAUAGGAUGCUGUUGGCUUUGCUUGCUUUUCGAUUUCACACAAAUUGAAGAAAGUGUUGGUUCAGGCAAGCCAUUGAGCCAAGCUUGGCCUGUAGCUCAUGUUAUUGUGUUAGUCCAAUUGAAAUCACACAAAAUUAAAUUUUGUAUUGUCGGACUAACAUACCAAGAUGGUGCUGUUGGGGAUCGGUUUUCUCUUGCAUGCACAGACCUCAAUUUGACUCUAACUUGCCUUUCUAACUAAGUCUUUCUGUGCAUGCUUGGCAGUUUGCAUGUCACAGCUUUUAUUGAAGUUGGACAGCACUUAUGCAUUGUAGGGAGCCAGGAGGUAAACAAAACCUUGACAGAAGAAGAAGAAGAAGAAAGAGUUGCAAAGAUGUUGUGUUUUCAUAGUUUGACCAAACUCAGAAGCCUCCUUAUAACAUGUUUCUCUAUAGUUUUGGUACAUGACAUAAUAGGUCAACCAGGAGAUGGCCCAAUAGUCACUGAAAAGGGGCAUAGUGCCACCUACUGUAGAGGAGGCAGACUCAUUUUUAUUAAUUUUUAUGUGGUGAUUGUACUGGGACAAGGACAUAAGCCCGGCAUAGCUAGACUUACAUGUGCAUGUAACCAAACUGAGUGUCACACAUAUUGUCACGGAUGCUUGCUCUGGUCUUGGAUGCUUUGUCUGAAUUUAAAUUUCCAUUUUCGAAACUAGGAAGUUUGUCCCUUUCAAACAUGCCUCGGCUUCCUCUUUAUUAGCAUUGGUUCAAAAAAGCAUGAUCUGUUUUAUCUCUAAAUGUUGCUUUGCUUUGGGAAAAAUACAACACAUAUUUUUAUGUCCGACUGUGUAUUGGACACUGCUCAUGGUGACUAAGCCUUAUCUAACAAAGUCAGUGAACUGCCAGCUGGCAGUUGAUACUCUCUCUGCCAGCAGGCAGGCAGCUGCAGAGCUUCUGCUUAAAGCACAAAAGUUAUGUGACAUAAAACCAGUCGUAAGGUUGUUUGUCUUUUCUGGAGUUUUCUGGUUGCAGGUUGGUUGAAGUUGGAAGGAGAUUUGCAAGGUUGUCUCGCUGUAUUGUGUGGCUGUGUGUUUGUAUCUGUUUGUGUUCACACUUGUCUAUUUCGGGGAAAUACGCAGAUUUUUUACUCAGCAGAGUCUUUGUCCGGAUCUUGGUUAGUAUUGGUGCAUUCAAAACUGAAAGUGUUGUGCUUAGUAAUUUCUAUCUAUGAGGGGCUGUCUCAAAAAGUCUCACAAACUGUCUCUAUUGACGUAAUUUGAGUCAGCAUCCAGUUUUGCUACAACCGCAAAAAAUAUCUCAGUGGCUAGUGACUGUGGACUUCCGCAAUGCUUGUUGCUGUGCUCAUGUGCAUUUGAGUUAGGUUGCAUUUUGAGUAAUGUUGGCCUCAGAUGUAAUCAUAAACUAUAGCGGCUGAGACCAACUGAGUCACAAUGGGGCAAUGGCUGUCCCACUCUAAAGGCUCGAACACUACCCUCUGUAUUGGGUACAUUUGUGAUGGCCAAACAUAUCUAAUGACACCAAUUCAAACAUGGUGGACUCUCUAGUACACUGUUAAACAAUAGCUGUUAGUAUUAGCGUAAUAGCCAUUACAAAUCUAAUAAAAGACAAAUGCACUGAAGCUUGAAACCGGCUUUUGAAUAUUGGUGAAGGUGCCUAAGUUGUGUGGCACGAACUAUGCCAGCUAGUUCUGUUUUUAGCCACUUGUCGCUAAACGACAGGGGUCAGCACUAUGUGAUGCUAGCAUAAAGGGUGGGAAUGGCAGCUGACCUAAAUGGGGUAUCCUCUGUAGGCUGGACCGUCAACAUUCAGUUUAGCUGUACUGGUCUAUGCCGUCUAGGCUGGGGCCCUCAAAGGCUUCAGCUCCUAAUCAAAGGCACAUUAAUGAACUUUGUUGCAGGGACGGCAGCUAUUGGUGGUCACCAUGUUGGAAAACCUGACUCCUGUUGACUUCUGACUGAUCUAGAAACAGGUACAGGCGAAAUUUACACCCCUGCCUUGCUGAAUGGCAAACAGGUGCGAGUGCCCACCUGUCAAUCAAAUCAGCCACAUCCCAAUUUUGGUUGUGUUAUAUGGUACAAUACAGUUAUUUCAAUUACAGGGAUGAAAUCAAGAGACCAAAACUCUUUUUGAUUCAGAUUUAACCAGUUUUUAAUUCUGCUGCAAAAAUGGGCAUUUAAACCUGGCCUCUGAUGGGGUUGUCUCGGACCUUGGAACCAGCCUCAAGUGGACACUUGAGGAACUGCAGUGUCUUCAUCCCUCCACAGAGUAUAAACACCUGGGGUUGCUGCUUGGUUUUAACAAGGUGGAGGAAAGUGGGAUAAAAAAAAGAUAUUUCCAUCUUCCUUUCAAUUAAUAGUGAGUUUUGACAGCUUUAGAGGAGUGCUAAAUCUCUCCACUGUGGAAAUCGGAGCUUAUUACACCGGUGCAUAAGCAAGCACAAGCAACUUUCAACAUGUCCUUUGCCCUUGAGUCUCUUGGCUGUCAGAGUCUGGAUUUCUUCCAGGAACAACAAACCCUCACCUCAUAGUGCGUUUUCCCAUUCAUUUUCACAACACUUGCUGCUUGUCGCUUUGAAGCCAUCACACUCCCCUGUCACUGAUGCUCAGCUUUGGCUCGUCUCAAACCACUUCCAGUCAGCUCCGACUCCUUGUGUGUGAUGAGAUUAGGCUACAUGGUGACACUUGCAGGAGCCAAGAAAUCCCUGGCUCUCCUCAGACCAUGAACUGGCAGAACAAACAUAAGUUUAAGAAGCAGUGCCAGAGAGGCGAGGGGAAAUUAUGCUAACAGGCCUUGCUUCCAAGCAGUAAAACACACAGUGAGGCAGCAAACAUACAAACACCGACCACUGGAGGAAGAUUUUAUCUCAUAAAGCAAGUAUCAAACGUCAGGAAAAGUCUUGCUCUCCAUGAACUCAGAGGCAACAUCAGCGAAUUCUGCUGUGGUGGAAACUAACCUCAUUGUCUGGAUUCUGUUAGGGCUCACUUGUCAAUCCAUAACAGAACAUUUGUAGUUCAUUUAAGGAAAGGCAUUUGCUGGCAGAGAGCCGCCCAAGUACAUUACUGGACCAUGAGGAAAGAGCAGCAAAUUUAUCAUCAAGACAAUGCAGGGAAACGGGAUUAAAACGUGUUACUAUGGUUUAAAUAUGUAACUCAGACACAACAAACCCAACCCAAUAAGGAGCUUGUUCACGAUGUAGGAGGGACAGAUUAGGUUUGAUGGAUCGGUGCCCCAGUUGGCUAUAAAAUGUGUGCAAAAACCCAUUAAUCAAUCUAGCCCCUCCUUGCUCUUACCCUCCUCCAUCCCCUCUCUGUACGAAAAGCCCCACAUAAAUCAGGCAUAACUUAGGCUUGCGACUGCAGCCACAUUAACAGAGCAAAAAAUAGAUCCUUGGCGGGCUGCAGCAACUGAAACACAUAGACUCCAUCACUCUCGCCCCCUCAUCCUCCUUUCUGUCUGAACUUCUCACAUCAGAGGUCAACUGAGUGCAUUUUACUUGUGCGUCUUCAUUAACCUCUCCAGCUGCCAAAUCUACAUUGUUAUGUGGGCGCUGUUGCCAGGGUUUUUGCUGUAGCUUGUCAGAUUGGUGCAAGACUGGAGCCAGAUGUAGCUCACGCUGCUGCAAAGUUUAGAGACAGGUUUGUGAAUAUGUGCCGUUUCAAGAUAGAAGAAAAAAGAGAAGGAAAUAUGUAUUAGGGUUUGUCCUCUUGUGGUUUCCUUGUGAAGCAUUUACAGUAGGCUUCAAAGCUGAGGUUGAAUGAAAAACAUAUGGUGUGAAAGUCAGACAUGAUUCUAGGUCUAGGGAACAGACAGUGGAUAAGGACAGAGCUGCAGGAGGAGCAGAGUGAAAGUGGUUGUAAUAGACUGAGCUCUGGGGUCUCCCUCUGCGUUACAGUCUGUCAUCAAGCCCACAGCGGGGAGUUAAACUGAUGGAGUACAAGACUUUGUGCUGACUCAAGGCACUUGGAUGUUUUGCAUACUGUGAACAUUAUGUAGCUCCCUCUCACACAUUAAAUGCUGCUCACACACAGAGAUUAUUGCUGUAGUGGUUGUAUCGUGAUUUGCAAUGGAAAUAAGAGAAGAGAGAAGUGGUGCAGAUGGUUUAUUAGAUAUCAAACAUUUCCUGAAACUUACAAUACUGUUGUUUUUAUUUGGAAAUUAACAAAAAAUAUCCAUCUUUGAGUCCACUGAAAUGUCCUCCUAUGUUUUUUAUUGUCCAACCAACUCAUAAAGUUCUAGUUAACCAUCUAUAAGAUAAAAAUAGUCAUAUUUAACAAAUUGUGACAGAAUUUUAUAGGUCAUUCUUGUGGCAUUGCUGAUUUGAAAGUGUUAGAACAUAAAAAUUGAUGGAACUGAACCCAAUAAACAAACUUUAUGUUUGCUGUAUUCUUCUGCCUCGACUUAAAAUAGCCUCAUGUUGUCAACUACGUAGUUUCCACAGUGGGCGCAGUGAGAUUUACACACCAGCGGUGGAAUUUUGAGAUCAUAUCUCUGAUUAGUUGGUGGCCAGUGUAGCAUCUUAGUGUCAACAUAAGCAUGUCUGCUGCAUUAUGUCACUACGAGUGUUUCUGAAGUGUAGCAUAUCAGUGUGUUUACUAAAGCAGCUGGACUUGGGAGUUAAUGCAAUCCGGUGUCAACUCCACGAGAUUACAUGUAAGUAUUGAGAUUACAAUGUGUAUCAACACAGCAGACAACUUCAAGUCCAAAGCAGAACAGGUACACAAGCUGGUUUUGCUGACAUGCCUAAAAUAGUCGAAUGACACCUUUUACUGCAGGCAGUCAGUAGGGGGAGCUCCAAAUAUUUUGGCUUCACGGUCAGUUAACUCGCGUGGCAACAUUUAAAGGGAUAUUCUGGCAUAAAAUGAAUUUAUGGUCAAACACACCGUAACACCUCGAGAGAUGAAUGUUGCCGACCCUUUGCUUCUCUAGUUAUACCAACUUUAGUAACGACCACACAAUAGCAAUACACAGCGGCCUGAGGAGCCAUAAACAAAUCUCAACCAAAGCACCACUCUAUAGCCACAAAUAAUGCUCAGAACAGCACCUAACUUCAUCAACAGGACAUAUAGGGUCCCAGCCAUAGUACUAGCCACCAAACAUCUUUUUAACUUUGCCUAAUUUCUUUCGGGCCAGUCCAUCACCUACUGCUGCGGGGUGAUGCAGCUCAAGGACGAACAUUUAUGAUAAUUUCUUAAUCAUUUCCUUGAAGUAAUAAUCACCACAGUAAUCAUUUUGCACUGCAGACGCGGUAGUUCUUCUGCCUUAGUGUCUUGGUCUGAUUGCAUUUCCAUGAAGAAAUGAUCAUGAAGGUUCUUCCUUGAGCUGCGAAACUCCGCUGCGGUCCGUAAUGGACUGGCCUGAGGUCUCGCUACAAACAAGCGUCUGCUGGAAGAGAGUAGGUGAGUUUUUUGGUCUCUUUGCUAAAGAAAUUAGGCAAAGUUAAAAAGAUGUUUGGUGGCUAGUGCUGUGGGUGGGACCCUAUAUGUACUGUUGAUGAAGUUAGGUGCUGUUCUGAACAUUAUUUAUGGUUAUAGAGUGGCGUUUUGGUUGAUGUUUGUUUAUGGCUCCUCAGACUGCUGUGCAUUGCUAUCGUGCAGUCGUGACUAAAGACGGUUUAACUAGAGAAGCAAGGGGUCGGCAACAUUCAUCUCUGGAGGGGGUGUCUAACUCAGUGUUACGGUGUGUUUGACCCUAAAUUAAUUUUACGCUGGAAUAUCCCUUUAAUAUGCAGUUUAACAUACACCAACCCUUGCGUAGUGCCCCCUAGAGGCUUUGUGUGACUUUGUGUGCACAUGCAGAAGAGCUUUUAUCAGUCCGUGAACAGACUUUAUGUGUUGAAUGCUUACGAGUGAGCUAACCAGCAGCAUCAGUAACACAUAAUCCUGCUCCACGGUUUCUUUCAGGAAUUAUGAUUGCAUCACACAGCUGGUGCAAGACUGUAUCACCUUCCUGAUUUCCAUAGAAGGUUGCAUCUGAGAAAUUGAAAAAGUCUGCUCGGCUGGUUCUGCUCCGCUCGGCCGUACAGUCGGUCCCUCAGUGAGGUCUGAUAAACACUGGACUGUAAUCACUCCCAUAUGUGUCUGCAUAGCUCAGCACAGUCCAGCCAUGCGCACAAUGCAGAACACCAGGCUCAUUUAGACAGAAAAAUAGAUUCAAAUUACCGGAGAAAAAGUGCACACAAGAAAAGAGAGAAAGAAAAAUCCCUUGCUCGAUUACAGCCCUGUGUAAACUUUAACUCUUCUAUGGGAACAUCUGCUUCCAUUUAGGGUUUUAAGACUCAUACCUACACAUUAAAAUGCACUGUGCACUGCUCCGGGAAAGCUUGGAGGCUGGAAAAACAUUUCCCAUUAUAGUUGGCUGGAAGGAGGCCGGUGUGGAGUGAGUCGUACUCAAGGCAGGGUAUCGGUUGAGAUGCGGCCAGUGCGAGCACGAACCACAAACCGCUCACACAUAAGAGUCACAUUCUGAGGGGUGUUUUCAUUUUUUUCUCAAAGCUGAACAAACUUCCUUUUUUAUGUCAGGGAUGACGCAAAGUGAAAGUGAGUGUGUGUUGAAGUAUGAGAGAUCAAAGGGAAGUCUGCACAGUAUGGUCACAGUCUGUGUGUACACUGUGAGCCGCUUCACUGUGAGCCCACUGCCCCCCUCAUAACCCCUGGAAGAGAGAGCUCGGAGAGACAGAGGAGGAAAUGGAGCCUGUGAAGGGUUACUGUUGUACAUUUUUACCCUGCGGUUUGAAGGGGGACGGCCAGAAACCUCUUCUCGGUUAGAGAGAGAGCAACAGAGAGAAAGAGGGUCAAAGAGGUAGGGGUGCAAAGUGGUCUAAAAGUACUCGCAGAAGCUCAAGAAAAGAGAAGAGUCCUGACGAUGAAGUAGCUAAAACGUGGAGACUUUAAAGAGCCGUGCACAAACAGUUUCCCUCACUGCAGGCCUCUUUACAUUCAAGCAGUUUUUUCUGAUCCAGGCUUUUAUUAUAAAACUCAAAGCGCCAAUACAAAGUUAAAAUCAAAUCCUUUCAGUAGCGUGUCUGACAGGGCUGAAAAAUUCCGCUAGCGGCAAUUUACAAUUUCAAAAAUAUCAAUGGCUCAUGGGAUAUUUCUGAUGACUCAUACAAGGAACAAAGUGAGUGUAAUGUUUUUUCAGUGGGUGUGCGAAUUUGACACACCCACCGAAGUGUCAAUGAAAAAAUAAAUAGGUCUUACCGCUAUCUGCCAACAUGAAAAGGUCAAGCCGACCAAAUGUUCAACAUCCCUGUUUAGAGUAUGAGCAUGCUUAAUAUUCUACUACUGGUAUUAAACAAACAAACUGCAGAGGAUCAUAGUAAUGUUAUUAGUGUGAACAGACUCAAUUAGAUCACUGGAGAAAGUCACUUUUAAAGUAGGUGCUGGAUGGUAAGUUUAAAGGUGGGGUAGGCAGGAUCCGAGGAAGUUCCAGUUUUGGGGAGAAAUGUUGAAUGUAAACUCUACCCCUCCCGACCAGUUUUUCCCUCAGCUCCUCCUCUCCCCUCCCUCUCUGCUCCAGAAAGCCCCGCCCACAAAGUGACGCUUCUGCUCGCUCUUAUCGUUUCAAUUAAAUUCAGAUAUAAUGCAGAUAAAUACUUCAGAUAAUUACAAAUGGGGCCCAGUCAACAUAAAAGUAAACAGCAUUGGUGCUACUGUAGAUGCCAACAGACUACUGGAAAACACAAUGUUUGCAGGACUUCUACAACUAGGAUAAAGUGACAUAGUCCAGGACCCGAGGUCAACAAUUUAGUGGCGCUUCAACAUGCAGCAGGUCCCAUUUGACAAGAAACACUUCUGUCACAGACACUUGGCUUAUUUUGUUAAAGCGGUUAACCUGUCCAGGAGAAAGGUUACAGGGUCCAGAAGAUCCAGAAGAAUCCCCCAUUGUUUAUGUUGACCCAGCUUCUUAGCUCUUGUCCAGUCUACCUCCUUUUUAAGCGCCAGUUAUUCCGCCAGAGUCUCCGGUAUUUACUUCAUUUUCUUGCUUGUGUUGGCAGUGGUGACCAAAGGAGGAUUCAGACAAUUUUCUGUACUUUCUGGUUGGUUUCUAUGCAGCAAAAAGUCAAGGCCAGGACAUAAUAGUGCCAUAAGAAAAGUCAGGAAAAUGGUAAAAAAAAAAAUUUUGGGGGGGGGGGGGUUCAUCCUCGGAGGACCACAAUGUUCUAACACAUUUUCAUGGGUAUCAAUUCUGUAGCUGUAAUGAUAUUACAGUAAUACCAACAACCCUUAAUGUCAUGAUGGUUAUUAUAGAAAAGUGCAAAAUAUCAACAUGAGAAAUAUUGAUGGGUUCAUCCUCAAGGGACCACGAAUAGCCAAACGCUAUGUCAUGAAAAUCUAUCCCAAAGUUGUAGAGAUGUUUUAAUUAUAUCAACAAAUGUUGCAAAAGUAAAAGACAGGAAAUAAAUGAAAUAAAUAAACAGAGGGGUGUAUUAUGCGAGGACCAUGAACAUGGGUUCACAGUUUCACAAAAAUGUACUCUGUAGUUUUAAAGAUAUUUUGUAGUUGUAAAGAUAAAUGUCUUUUUUAUGACGGUAUGAGAGGAAAAGCCAGUAGUGUUCAUCCUCUGGGAACCAUGACUAUUGGUUCACAGUUGGCAAUCCAUGUUGUAGCUGUAAAGAUAUCUUAUAUGUCCAUUUACAUACAUGUACAUGGUUCUGGACAGAAUAAGAAACAUGAUGAACAAACAGAAGUUCAAAAAUACGUGGUUAUUUAUAGAAUAUCUUCAAAUGCGAUCAAGUAGUAAAUAACUAGCAACAGUGGCAGAGUAUUUUGUUUACUAAUUCUGAAUUUAAUGUCAGUGCAGCACAUGCAGUCUGGUCAGAUCCCUUGCGGUCACUGUGAUAAAUGUUGGUGCCACAAGAGGGCAGACUGUCACUGUAAAACCACAGCUGUUAACCUACGAUAGGGAGCCAGUGGUUAUAAUUAUGUAAUAUGUGACUAAAGCUCAUUAUUUAGAUAUAGAUUCUAGAGAUUGAAUUCAAAGUGUAGCACAGUUAAGAGAAGAAGAAAAUUGCAAAAGAUGUUGCUUCAAAGUAGUUAGAUUAGUGUUGAUAUCACAAGCCUGGUGUUACCAUUCAUACUUUUCCACUAGGAGGAGUUGGUGUGUAAAACACAGACAUCGAUGUGGAGAGAAGCUGCACUCAAACUGAGGGUUUCAUUCAUAAACAGACCCUGUGUGUUCAGUUAAUUGAUGCUGUGGCCCUUAAAUACAGAAACCUCACUCUAUACUUAGACUUAGCAGUUAUCAGGACUUCACAGUGUUGAUGCACAAAAAACGCACAGCCUCAUGUGGUACACAUGUAACAAAGGGUGGAGGGCAGAGUGUCGCCCAGAGCAGCUCUGAUGGUUACAGACAAAAGGUUAAUUCACCUGAUCACAUUUAAUGAGAGUGCUGUCAUUAAUCCAUGCUGCCUGACGCGGUGACAUUUCACACAGGUCACAUGGUGACCUGCUGGCAUUUAGGAUGCACUGAGAAAGGAGAGGCCAAGCUUUGAAUCCAAAUCAUCUGAAUGUGUAUUUGUAUGGGUGCAUGAGUUUGACUUUGCUGGAACACAAGAUGUAAAACUGUCACCACAGACUGUUGACUUAAACCAAUAUGCAAACCCAAAAGAGUUCAUCUGUAUGGAAGCCCAAAGUAGACAUGCAGCCCAACAUUGUCUUUCCUCUGUCUUUGUGUGGAAACUAAAAACAGCUGCUUUCUUGAGAUCUUGACUGAAUUAAUGGCUUUACCGUUAUUAAGAGAAUAAUAUAUCAAACUGUCACAAAGUUAAAAGCAUUUUCCAGCCUUGACCUUUAUUACAUUAACCCUCCACUUGUGUUAGGGUCUGUAGUGACCCGUUUUUGUUUUUAAAUGCUUAAAAAAAAACACUUAAAUUAGCUUUUUUGCAACAAGACUUUUUGACUUUGUCAGGAACCUCUAUUUCAACAAAAUAGAAAUAAAAAAUUGAUUAGACUAAAUUAUAAAGUGCUCUUAUUAAAAUCAUGGCACUUGUCGUGUUGAGGUCACUGUUGACUCAGUUAGAUCAAUAUCUAAUAAUUAGAGCAAAAACUGAAAUCAUAAGUGCACUGUCAGGCACCGCACUGACAGUCAGAUCCUCUUCCAAUCAUGUGAGAUUAAGGAAAUUCUUAUUUUGCCGUGUUUUUCCCUGCACUAAAAACAACUUCAGGCAUGUGCAGACAUAUGAGAUCAGUUCAGUAUGGAUAUCUGUGUGAGUGGUAUACUGACAAAGAAAGGCCCAGAGGCCCACAACAAACUAUUAUAAGCAAUAUUUUCAUGGAUAAUGAAGCCUAACAAGGUAACCUAGAGAUGAGAACCAAACUGGAGGAUAGAGAAUUGUUUUUAGUGUAAUUUGCAGCUGAUUUAAGACACAGGUCGAAACCGACCCUUAACAUAGUGGGUGCGUAGUAAAAGCUCACACAGGUGGAAGGUUAAAACUCAGGCCUGUGUUUGAACCAGGAAACUAACUCAUUUCACUCACUGUCGAGUCUGAAAGUAGUUUGCUAGUGCAUGCUACAGCCUCUUUUUGUUAUGCUUACUCCAUCCUAAGACACACUGCCUUUUCCUGCUCCUCUCCCUGCUCUCCUCUCUCCACUUCUAGCUACAUGAUUGUUUAGCAUGUGUUGAAAAUACUGCAGCCAACAAUUAAUGUUAACGCCAGCUGCAACUUCCUUGUGCUCCUGAGCUUUAUCUUGCGUCAAUCUGUGCUCAUGAUGAAGUGAAACUAAGAGCUGUUCAGAGCAGAUCAUAGCGUUUAAAAAUAAAGAUAGAAUUUACUGUGAAACACGUCAUAUUGUGAAAUUAACUGAAAUAUGGGAGUAGUUUAGUGAUUCCCAUCUACAGAAAGUACAUGGGCAGGCCGCUCGAGCAUAAUCACAGACCAAUUUUUCCUUUUUUCUUCAUUAUUUAACCCAUAUGAGAUCACCAUCUAUUAUCAAUAGAUGUUUGAUCAAUGAUUUCGGUGAUCUCUAGUCUCUAGUUGCUUUCAUCGCACCUGAGAGAGACAUGAUGGGGGGUGGGUCUUACAUUGCAUGGAUGCCAUGAUGUAUGAAGGACAUCUCAUGUUCUUAAAUCGCUGUCAUAAAAGUUAUGUGCAGCUGGCACAUUUUACUGCUUGUUUGACUUUGUGCUGCAGGUACAACGCCGCAUUCAUUGUCGAAUAAAGUCAUGAUCAUCACUGCUUCCCCCCUCCAGGUUACAUAUUAUCCUGACACAGAACCUCGUCAAUGAGAGGUGACGUCAUGGCAGGCUGAUGGAUUUGCAUUUUGAGUCUAAAUGUGUGUGACAGAUAAAACCACACUGUCCUGCUGCUGCUGCUGCUGCUGCUUGAGAAACACUUUCCACUACACGUCUAAAAAAUUCACUCUGAAUUUUCAUGCUACUCUAUUCAUAGAAAUGACUCCCAGUGUGACCCCGCGUCAGUCGCUGCACAGCUAAUCACAUUGUGGACUCUCACACACUCACACAGUAACAGAGGCCUUGUUUAUCCUGCGCGUGGGAAAGGUGCCGUGGUCAGACAUGGCUUACUCUGUGAGACUAAAAGGCCGGAGUGGCAGCUGUCCAGAGAGAAGGCGGCGGAGCUCCCGGGGAUUAGCAGACUAUUGAGCCGAAAGCUCCUGAUCCGCAUCAUGCUGCUCUGAGGGGUUCGACCGCAGAGGCUAACGUGUGUGCUUGUGCAUACACACUUAAGUUUUGUGUACCUGAGCAUCACAACUCUUACUGGCAUGGGCACAAGGCUUUAACCCACGCUCUAUAAUGCUUACACCUACAUCUACAUCCUGAUCUUUGAAGCUGUUUUGGUCUCAGGAAAGGAAAGCAUGGGAUCGCCUGACACUGCCAGGUCCCAGAGUUAAAGAUCAAACUUUGUAGUAUAAAUUUUCAGCACAAUUAAAAGUCAUUUAAAGGGUGUGUGAACCCUUCCAGUGUGUUUUAUCUUGAUGACAUGAUAUAUGAUAUAUUGACACAAACUGCCUCAAAGGUUUUAGCUAAUCCACAAGCAAACAGCAGGGUUGCAAAAACAAAAGAUGACAUUCAGCCUGAAGAUCAGUCGUCACAUUAUACCAUCGUGGGAUUAAAUCAGUAUUUGAGGGUUGUAACAUCUCAAUGGUUCCAUUAUUUUCUGUCAUGAAUACAGGGAUAAAGGCAUUUGUAGAAGAAAUGUCAAUGUUCACUUUUUCCACUUGCAGUAAUGUCAAAUUCAAGGACCUAUUUUACAUAUGGCUUUAGAGCACCCUCUCUCAGUUAUUUUGUAUAAACUUGACUAGCUGCCAGAAUGCUCUGCUAGUAUCUGAGUCCUGCAGAAUGGACUCAUAUGCUGCGUCCGAACUGCCCGCUCGGAUACUACAUGCUACUGCUACGUGCUACUGCUAGAUCCUACUCCUACAUACUAAAAACGUUGGCCCAAUUCGGACACACUAGACGAGCAGUGGGGAAAGACGACCCCCGCAGGCAGAGAGUAGGUACUGCGCCCGUGCAGACAGUGGUAACUGAAGCCCCUCAUCUGCGGGCCUGGCUGUAGUACUGCAGCUGUGCAGUUUAAUGAUGGAAUAAGUGAGCUUUACCUCCAUGAUGUCGCCACUUGCUCAUAAAAUGAUUACUUGGGCAAAUAUGACACCAUGACAUGACAAAGAGAUACAACCGCACAUUUUUCAGGACAGUGUGUGAAGUUACAUGAAAUUUACAUCUGUACUGCUGCGGUCCCGCCUGCUGCUGCUGCUGCUCCGACAUGGUGCGCGCUGCUGUGGCCAGCCGGCGUUCGCGACACAUUUAAAUAGGCAGAGCAGCUGGUGGCGCUAGCAUCACAUGCGCUUCUACAACUUUUAAGAGGACGAAGAAGAAGCCCGCGGUGCAUUUUGGGUCAGUAGCAUGCCCGUAGGAUGCACCGAGACCAACCUACAAUGUGGGCGUGUCUAGCAUCUGAAGUAGUAUCUGAAGUAGCAUGCUACUCGCUCCGGUGGCCAAUUCGGACAUGCUAGAUACUACUUCGACUACUACCUCGACUACUACUUGGCAAUUCGGACGCAGCUAUAGUGCGCCAUAAUUUCUGUAACUGUUGUCAAGUCCCCUGUGAGGUCACUGAGAUUUGUAAGAGCUAGCAUGUCAUAUAACAAUGAUGUACAUUGUCGGGCCGAUUUAAUCACCCGAUUUUUAAAUUUUUUUAUGAAGUACAUAUAUAUAUAUAUAUAUAUAUUUUUUUUUUCUUUUUUCUUUUUUUUUUUUUUAUUAUUAUUUUUUAUUUAUUUAUUUAUUUAUUUUUUUACACUAUACUGUAUACUGUAAAUAUACUGUAGGCUACUGCUCUUCACACCGACAGGAAGACCAACUGAACAAACCCCGGACCGGAAAAGCGUUUUCAACUACCCCCCCUUGCAUUUUCAUCUUUGAUAUUACUCCUCUACCUUUUAUACUUCUUUCUCGCCGACACCAAGGAGAGUAGAAGAACUCCAACAUACAUGUGUUGGGGGUGGAAAUAGCAAAGUGACAUAUGAUACAAUACAUUACAACACAAUACCAAAUGAGGUACAUGUAUUUAAAGUCUAUAGGUUAAAUACACAAAACUCAGGAAACAACUUUCUGUUGAUUCUAUUCAUCACCUGUUGGACUUUUUCCACCUUAUAGUAAUGCAUUUUUGUUAUCAUAGCUGUUUUGUUUAUGCAGUCAGGGUCACAUUGUAGCUCCGAGGCCACACUGAAAGACUGAUCUUUGAACGGGAAGUCUUCCUCUUCUGACUUCCUUUGUUACAGACGGGCUUCACAGGCGACUGUUGAAAACCAGACGCCUUCAUGCAAAGGCCAUGUGAGCAGAGCGUGUCAAAGUGUGACAAUGGGAGUGUGUGUGGCAAAGUUGUGUAUAUGUAACAUGCUUAAAGGUCUGUUUGUGAGUUUGUGUGUGAGUGUGACAGGCCUCGAGCGCUCUAAUUAGAGGUGGGGGUGUUCAGGUAUCUCAGGUUAAUUGUUCGUAACUGGAUCCUGACGUGAGAAAACUGAGGCUGUAUUUUCCAUGGUGUCUCAGGAAAAGGCUUUUUUCUCUCUUCAGGCUGUUUCAGAUUUUCACUGCAUUUUAACAGAAGUUAUUUUUAAAGGUAGUUGCACUCAGAGAGAGAGAGCAGGAGGGUAAAUGCCAUGUGUGUAGUAGCUUUAGGUGUUUUCCUGUGGUGUGGCGUGCCACAGAGGGGGGUUUCUGCUGAUUAAAAAUUGAUGAGCAGCUGAGUGCUGUGUAGCCUGAGCCGAGCAUUCCUGCACUCUUUCAUGUUGUGUGUGCUUGUGUUUGUGUGUGUGUGUGUGCAGACUGAGCCAGGGCCGGGCUAUUGUAAAGGUAUCGGAUUUACCUAAGCUCUUGUUUCAUCUGCUUUUCCAAGUGUGCGUGCGGUUGGUGUAAAUGUAAAUGUGUGAGAGCAGAGAAUGAAUACAGUCUGUUAUGACAUGUUCCUGUCAGAUUCCUGUUUUAUUUAUGCUCUCACCCAGACAUGUUCAGUAUUUUCAGUUUCUUGUGUGCACCAGUUUUUUUUUUCUUUUCAUAAAAUGCUAGAUAAAAAGUUUAUUUUGAAACUCUCAUCCCAUUUUGAGCCUUUUGAAUAAAUCUGAGCGUCUGCUUUGUUGGCUCUAGAGACUCUUUUUAACGGCUCAUAUAAAUCACAACAUACCAUGUUUUAGUGCUCUGAAAAGAUGUUCCCUUCAGUUUUAGAUGAAGCAGCCAGACAGUCUUUUGAUAUUUUGUAGCAUGGGAGGGAUUAUUUUUGACGUACUGUCAUGACCCGGCUCUUAAAGGGAUAUUCCGGCAUAAAAUUAAGUUAAGGUCAAACACGACUUAACACUGAGUUUGGCACACCCGUUGAGAGAUAAAUGUUGCCGACCGCUUGCUUCUCUAGUUAUACCAACUUAUAUAACGACCGCAGAUAGCAAUACAGAGAGCCGCACGCUCAACCAAAACACCACUCUAUAACCACAAAUAAUGCUCAGAACAGCACCUAACUUCAUUAACAGUACAUAUAGGGUCCCAGUCAUAGUACUAGCCACCAAACAUCUUUUUAACUUUGACUAAUUGCUUUAGCAAAGAGACUAAACACAACUCACCUACUCUCUUCCAGCAGCCGCUUGUUUGUACAGAGACCUCUGGGCAAGUCCAUUGACUGCGGCGGAGUUUUGCAGCUCAAGGAAGAACAUUGAUGAUCAUUACUUAUCAUUUAUUUAUUUAUCAUUUCCUCUGAGUAAUAAUCACCAUAUUAAUCAUUUUGCACUUCAGACGCGGUAGUUCUUCUGCCUUAGUGUCUUGGUCUGAUUGCAUUUCCAUUAAGAAAUGAUCAUAAAUGUUCUUCCUUGAGCUGCGUCACCCCGCUGUGGUCGAUGGACUCGCCCGGAGGGCUCUGUACGAACAAGCGGCUGCAGGAAGAGAGUAGGUGAGUUGUGUUUGGUCUCUUUGCUUAAGUAAUCAGGCAAAGCUAAAAGGAUGUUUGGUGGCUAGUACAUUAAAGUUGAUGCGGCUGAUCAGUACCUCAAGUACCAUCAGCACUUUGGAAGUAAACUAUGCAAAUUAAUGUGAAACUGGCUAACAGGAGCUGUUGUAACAUUCAUCAUGUGGCCAGAACGUCUGCAAACAAAUGAAGAUAAAAUUGAGUAAUGGCAGCUGAUUCAUGUGGCAACUAUACAACUGAAAAAGUAAGUUCAUGUUAAUUUUAUGUUCACAGUUUGUCUAUGGGGUCCCAGAGUGGCCAAAAGUUUCUGUUAUUGCUGCUUUGUUUAUUGGCCUGCACUUUUUAUAUGAAUCCCAAAAUUUGAAUAAAGCCACAAUUCAGAAGACUCAGCAUUCACUGACAAACUUAUUUACGUCAAGCUCAUAAAUGCAAAUGCGACUGUCAGCAUUUACACAUCAGCCACAGUGUGAUUAAGGUCCAAAAUUAACCUGCUUAUGUAAACUUAAACACAUAUUAUUUCACUGCACACUGUAGAUAAACAAUGGCUGUUACUCCCUGAUCUACACAUGAUGAAAAACUGCUCUAUUGAAAGGCACGUUGCCCUAAAAAUGACUCCAAGAGGGUUAAAAGUCAAAAGCAAUAUGCUUUUCCUGUCAAAAAGGAUUAAAAUAUUACUUAAGUAUUUUGAGUUUGAGCUGCGUAAGAGCUAAUCAUCACUGAGACCUGACAUAUGACUAAAAAAUGAGCACUAUUUUGGAGUGAGGGGAUAACCACAGACCUCUAAAUAAACUAACAUAAGAAAUGUGGUGACCAGUCACAAAAAUCCUCAAUAUGACUCACAUUAGUUUGGCCUGUUGUGAUCAGUCUAUGCCUGUCCAUCAUGGGGAACAAUAGUCUUUUUUAGUUUUUCUAAACAAAGAAAAACAACCAAACUGGAACUCCUGAAGAGUGCCAAUAAUGUCUCAUCGAUCUGGAUUUUCUGGAUUUUAGUGAAGAAUCAAAAUAAUCUUGUACUGUGCGCCAAUGUGCGAUAGUGUUAUCUCUAAAGACAUAAUAAGUAGGGACCAGCCGAUAUGGAUUUUUGGAGGCUGGUGCCGAUACUAAUUAUUAGGGGAGAGGGAAAUCCAAUUACCCAUUAAUCGGACGAUUUUUUCAAUUUUUUAUUAAGUUUUAAAAAACAUAUGUAUACUAUAGAUAAACUGUAGGCUACUGCUCUUCUAGCCGACAGGAAGACCGACUGAUCAAACUUGGACCAGAAAAGCGUUUUCAAAUAUCCCCCCUGCCGCCAAUCUCAAUCUCAUGUUACUCAUUUCCGGUCUGCUCUCAUCUGGAGACAUGCAGCUGCCUCAGUAAGAGAAGUAGCUCGAUCAUGUAAUGUGCACUGUUGUUUAUUCUACCGUUACUGGCACGGCUAACAGUGUAGCAAGGCAAAUAGCAGACGGCUAACUCUAACUUUGGGUUGAACUGAAACUUAUUGACUUAUUGUGUACUUCACAAAAACCGUUGAGGUGGACCACUUUCCUCCGUGCGUCCCUGAGCUGCCUGCUUCAGAUCUGUCACUGCUGUGCUGUGAGGUAGUUAGUGGAUGAAGAUUGUCAUGAGGACGCUGCGCCAUCUACAGGAUAAGUCGGGGAACUUUUCAAAUGACGGAACAUUUCCGAAGUGAAACCGAAUCUUAUUCUUGGUAUUUUGUUUCUGAAAAAAUUGGCGAAAAUCGUUGAGUCUUGGCCGAUUACUGAUUAGUCUCAAACAGGCUUAAAUUGGCCGAUUAAAUCGGCUUGCUGAUAAAUUGGUCGGGCCCUAAUAAUAACAAACUUGGUUUUUCACAGAAAAGCACUUUAAAGUUGUCUUUUUUCCUUUGAGCCAUGCUUUCAGACACCACUGCAGUAGUAUUGCAGCAUUCAUUUGAAUAAACUGGCACAAAAGCCAAGAUCAUAGAAUAUAUAUGAUCACAUUCAUUUGACCCCCAAAUGAAGACACUGGUAAGGAUCACUUAACACUGUUAAUAUGGACUCAGCUGUUGUGAAAUUCAAAAUAAUAAAAGUAACUGAUGCCUUUCAUCUGAAUAAUCAAUGAAAAUGACAUAUCCAUUAAAUAAGACAGGUGCAGAAGAAAUGAGUGAGUUUAUCAAAAUUUGCACUCAUACCAACCUCAUUGACAUCACUUCACUGUUUUGCAGUGUUAUUUCAUAAGAGAGGGAGAAGAAGUGCGAGCUAACUCCUGCAGCCUCCCUGCAGUAAUUACAGUUAUUGGCAGUGUUUCAGUGCAACUUUUCAAGUACUAUAGUUUUCACUUUGGACAUACAUCUUCAUCUGUCUCACACCUUGAUGUUAGUGUGUAAAGUAGAGAGGAUUAGUGAGUAUAAAAUAUCCAUCAGCCUCCAGUCUGAGUGAGCUCUGCGUAUGUUGUUUCUCCAGCACAGACUGACGAAAACUGUGCAAUUAAAAGGUUAAAAGAAAGACAAAGAGGUAGGAGAUGAAUAGAGAGAGAGGACAGGAGGGCAGCUGCAUGAAUGAAUGAAUGAAUGAAUGACCUCAUCAUGGCCUGGACCUGCUGUUCAGAGGGAUUAUGGGUAGACCCUGGAGAGCACAUAAAUGGGAUUGAUUGAAGAGAAUCUGAGAGGCUGAAGAAACACAAAGAUCAGUUUGUCUUUAAAGACAAAUGUCAGGGCAUGUGGUACCUCUUUCUAAUCAGUCAGCCAUUUAUAUGUACAGCAUUUUAACCAUGGAUGUUGGCAGAUUACUCACUGGUGAUUUUUAGAUUAGCUUUUCAUAAAGGUGGACAGUGUUGCUUUCAAGACUAUCACAGUGGUCAGCCUUUUAUGUUGUAAAAAUUGCAAGAAAGGUGUUAUUUGAUGGGAUAACUGGGAAAAACAAGACCAAAAAAACUGGACACUACUUUGAUUCAAUGAAAAUUGAGUAAAACUCAACUCAGAUGUAUGAUUUGUCACCAUCCUCAGACCCAGUGUUUAAAAGAAGAUGGUUAACGUCAGUACCAAUUGAAACCUAGCCUGUAUGUUCCCUCCUAAGUCCCCCAAAACACUCCAAUUCACACAAUAAAUUCACAACUUACUGAAAAGUGAGUCAUUACAAGCUGACACCUGCAUGAGUUUCUUUAAUUUUAGAAUAACAACUGAUAAAUAUAUGUAUGUUAGGACACAAAGCUGGUUUGGUUUUUUACUUUGCAGUUAAGGACUGUCCAGGAGUCACAUUCAGAGCAGAAUAUGCAUUUUUUUAGCACACACACCAGAUGCUGCAGCGUGACCCUGAGCCUCUUUCCUGCAUCCUGACAUCACUUUAUGCUCCAGGAUGUUGUAUUUGUAAAAGAAGCUGCACAUAAUCGACUAUGAUGUAACUGCAAGUCAAAGAAAAGGAAAGUACACCCCCCAUCCCCCGAUAAGAAUAAUGUGUUUCGAACUGUGCCUCCUGCUCUGCGGAGCCUGCAGCCACAACAUUGUGGGGGAUUGAAAUGCUGAGAUGCACCAUUGAUGUGAACGAGAGAGAGGGAGAGAGAAAGAGAGAGAGAGAGAGAGAGAGAGAGAGAGAGAGAGAGAGAGAGAGAGAGUUCACAGUAAACACACAGCUCCUAUGGCAGAUCCGUUCCGCUUUAUCACUACGCUGUUGCGCACUGGAGAGUAGAGAAGGGAGCAAAAAGAGUCGGACCACCAGCCGGGUUUGGAUCAGCUGUUGCUGGAGUUUGGUAUGAAGUGAUGCUCCUGCGCUCCUAGCAGCGAGAGGAGAAAAAAAGCAGGGGAGGAAGAGAGAAGGGGGGAAAGACGCCGGUUUGUUGCUGUCGUUGACAUCGUAUGGGGACAUGAACAGUGUGGAUCCAGCGUCUACCAAACUGUUGACUUUCAAUCAGCGGUAAUGCUUCUCUUCACCGUGUUUUCUGCAUGCCUCCUCUCAUCUGUUGAAUGCCCUGUAGUUGCGCUGUUUCCCUGCAGCAGUGGCAGAUUUUAACGCAGCCCUGAGCAAUUUAGCCAAAGCAGGGGACGCCUGUGCCAAGCUUUCUUGGGUGCGUAAAGUACCAAAUUGCGCUCUUCUAUUGGCUAAUAAUGAUGCACCAGUCGACUGUUUGUGUCUAGAUUUCACACUUUUCUAGUUAUUUGUCGAGUGCAUGACUUAUUGAUCUUUUUCCAUUCACUCCUGGCAAACUGAGCGUCACUGAAUCCACAAGUCUCUCCGGGAGUGGAGGUCCUGACGCUCUUCAGCAGCUACAGCAGCGUCUAAUUAAACCACAGACGAAGCUGCAUCAUGCGCAGCUUUGUCGCCACUUUUAUGAGAUGAAACCGAAUCUACUGCUGAAUACUUGAGCUACAAAUCUCCUUUUCUCCCAAAGGAAAGACAUUUCAGCAUGUACAUGGAAAUAUAUGAAUAAUUCAUGUCAUGCGUUGCGGUUAAAGGCAGCAGCUCUGGCUCUGUGUGUGACAGCGACAGAAUAACGUAGAAAGGCAGCAGGCUCUGGCUUAAACUGUGCAGCUGAGUUCAGACGCAGUCCAAGGUUACUCUCUAGUAGCUCAUUUCAAGGCUCAUAUCUGAAAAUGCCGCCACUGCAGCUCUCAAUACGGGCAUCAUGAAAAAGCUGCAGUGACUCCAAUGCAAAGAGAAAGGGAGAUAAUAUAGUGAGAAUACAGCACAGCUCUUAUGGCACAGUGCUGCCAAUAACAGAGAGGCUUUAACCAUGCUGCACCAAGUGAGCCAAGAGGGGGGAGAGAAGAGCCAAAGAUGUCCUGAAAUGUUCAUUAUACGCUCUAGUGACUCGUCAUAUUGCUGGAAUGGCUCGUUAUGGCAGGAAUUAGGCUUUUCUCUCUCUCUUCAGCAUCUCUGUCAGCUCAUUCUCAUAAUGAUCACAGCAUGCUUUUCUAGAUUUCAUACAAAAAUGACUUUUUAUUGUGAAAAAUCCAAAGGAUCUGUUGGGGAAGUAUAUAAUAGGUUAGUAUUAGUCUGUACUUCAAAUAUAGAGUGAAAAGCAGCAUCUCUGACUCAUAGUGUUUGGUUCAGUAUGCACCAGUUGAGUUUAAAUUGGACCAAAGACGGUUUUCAUGACAGUUUUAUUUAUUUAUGUCUCAAGUGGACUUGAAGCUCCAGUGGGGGGAUAUGAUAUAAACUGGAAUUCAUUUUAAUGCCUUUUUAUGAUACCGAAAUGCAAACAAGACUGUAGGCGAGAAGUAGGGAUGUAACGAUAUGAAAUGAAAAUUAUAUGAAAAUUUAACAUCACGGUUAUUGUGACCAAAAUUAUCACGGUUAUCAAUAUUAUCACGGUAUUGUUGAAAUAUGUUAAAAAUGUUUAAAAAGUACUUAUACACGCCCUGAAAUCAUUUAAUAAAGUUUUAUUUUGAAAAAAAACCCAAUCAAAAUAACACGCAAAAGAACUUUUCCUUAACCUUAAAUAACAGAGGAACGAUAAUCUUAGAAAAUUAAAGAUGGGGCCUUAAAAGAGCCAGAGGUAAUCAACACUAGCACUAGUAAUAUCAAAGUACAAAGUAAUGUGCCAGUGACAUAAACAUUGACAUAAUAACAAAUAAAUAAAAUUUAAAUAAAAUGACAUUUCUUAUUGUGCAAAUUGUAAGAAUCUUCAGUGCUCAAAAAGAUCUACUCUUACAAAUAUAAAACAGAGCAACACUACUUUAUGGAACAAUACAACCACAUGUAAACAAAUGAGUAAUGCAGGUGUUUAAAAUAACAUAAAAUAUAUCAACAAAUCAAAUGAACCACACUGAUUGUCCGUUUUCUCCACAAUAAGGUGCUGCUGCUGACUUUGUUCACUACUUGUGAUUGAAAUGCAAAAAUGUCGUCAUAUUUACUUUCCUGGUUUGAGAGUAGUGAUCUGCGAGGGGAAACGAUGUGCCCGCUGGCACUGAAUAGCCUCUCAGAUGGCACGCUGGUUGCUGAGAUGCACAAAAGCUUCCUGGCAACCCUUGCAACUCUAUGUAGAAGCCGAAAUAUGCCCAGACUUUGGACUUCAUUUUCUCUGACAGCGGAAAAAUCUCUGCAACACGGUCAGCAGAACUUCCCGCCGCCAUAUUUACUAGUUGCAUACUGCGCAAUGCGCUUGCGCGCUGCAUGUUGUGUCCGAAGGUUUAUCAUUUUACCGGUAAUCGUUACAUCUCUGGCGACAAGGUUGAUGAUCAUAUAAUCGUGUUUUAUGUUCCAUUCGAGCAAUUUCAACAUGAAAUAGUCAUGUUGAAAGACACAUGUGACUGUCAGAAGUCAGCAGGAUGAGAUUGUUUAGUGUAUGUGGAGGAUAAGAUAGGAUAAGAUAAGCAAAGAUUGCUUUGUCCCCAGGGGGCGCCAAAAAUAACACCAACCAAUAGUUCCUCACUGUAGCUUUAAGCUACACUUGAAGGAAAUUGUCUUCAAAACAGUUAAUUUACACCAUGAUUAUGAUAUAAUUCCAACAUUUCAUGCCCAUGAUAAUCGUGCCCUAUUACAAAGGUACGUUCUCAUCUAUUGGCAUACAUAAAUAAAAAAAAACACACAGAAACAAUCAUGACUUUUAGAUACUUCGUGUAGAAAAACUGGUAAAAUUCAACAUUUGCACCACCUCAUGUGCCUUUUCCUGCACUUCAUUGUUCUUCUCGGUCUUAUGCUUGCAGCUAACCCUGUUAGCAUUGAGGUUUUUUAGUGUAUUUGGCUUUGCUUUCCAACACAAUCUCAGAAAGAGUAACUUUAUGGAGCAGUUUAAGACUCCUAAGAGACACACAGUGUUUGAUAUAAGUGCUUAAAGGAUUGAACUUGUCUGGAGCAGCACUGGGAGGUUUGGUAUGAUGGCCAGUCCUGUGAUUUAUACUCCACAUCUCACUGUAUUGUAAGGAGCCUUUUAGUGGCCACUGUCCAUUGUCUAGUGACAGAAACCACAAUUUGUAACCUUUCCCGUACUCCAUUACUGAGGGCAGCAGUUUGAGUAAUGAAUAUCCAUUUUACUUCUUUCCGUGUCAGAGUGAUUUCUCUUCAGUCUGGGCUGUAGGAGUCAUUUUUCUUUGGCUAACAGCCACUGCGCUGUUGGGAAUCUUGAGCUGCUGUGGUGCAGAGUUCAAAUGAUGAUGUCAAAAUGUUCGGGUAGAUUUGAAGACAGGAUGAUGAUUUCAGGUGUGUCAUAUCUGUGAGCAUGUCAGAGUCUGCGUGUAGCAGCUUUAUGAACCUCUGCAAACACAUAUGUGGUUUUGUGCAAUAUAAUAUCUUUAGCAUGACUGCAGCAAUCAUAACAGGGCCAACUAUGGAGCUCCACUGCACAUAAAAAUAAACAAAGCAACACAUUAUUUCAUAAGCUUGACCAGUAACCCCAAUUAACUUCCAGUCAUCAUCCAUUUCUAUUUAAAUGCAUGAUUUACCAUCGGCCUUGUGGCCAGAACUCGUUUUAAGAGGACACUGUCUCAUUUGUUUGUCAUGCUUUUAUUUUGAUAGCUUUUCUGUCUUGCUCCCUGCUUUGUCAAAUAGUGCUUUUAUUUUGAAAUGUCGCCUACUUGCAGUGGAUUGUAAGUGACAAAGCUGAAGGAAAAUAGUGAAAGAAAGGUUAGAAAGCCUACAUUUUCAGUCGAUUCAUAUCCUGGAGAGGCACAAGCUUUUUUUCCUUGGAUUCACAAUGACAUUUAUCGUCAGUACUGGUUGGUCACAGCAGCCCCAAAACAGACAGUGAUCAACAGUCCACCUGUAAUAACUAAAUGAUUAAGUCUAAGCAGGAACUCAUGGCUAUGAAAAGUUUAGUGACUUAUAUGUAAAUGUUUGUUAUUAUAUUUCAUUUCUAACAUGAUUCCUCCUGUUAAAAAAAGACAUUGUUUUAGUUUGAUGCUGACAUUAAUUUUCAUUUUUAAAGUUUGACCCAUGUCUUGUCUGUAUUAACAGAGGGUACAGGCCUUACUUAGCUUCAAGUGCCAAGUUUUUGUCCCCACUUUUGGAGAUCAGCUGCGUCGUCCAUCUAUUAAGUAGUCCAUAUUUCAAUGCAAGUUUCAGGUUGAUAUGUACAUUGUUUGCUUUGCUUUUGACCGUAAUUAUUUCCGGCAUAAUGAAUAUUGGAUGAAUAUUAUUAAUUUCAUUUUAACCAAAAGGCUACUUUCUGCUAGAGAAAUGCUUAAGUAGUGACAUUCACAAGAAUACGCUGCAGGGUGUGUUCGUGUCUGUGAACAGGGCUGAUUUUUUAUCAAUGCUGAUAUUCAACAGAUGGCAGAGCUACAUUUUAACCUGGGUUUGGUGGAAUUACACAGUGGAUGAUGGGAAUUAUUUGAGUGGUGUAACAAGCAUUAAAGAAUAGUUUAUUUUAAAAAAUUGGUGGAAAAUUUUAAAAUUAAUCUUAAAUGAAAGCCAAGAUUUGGAGAUCUGACAAUUUGGAGUAAGUAGCUACACAUUUGAGGCCAUCUUAGACUCUAGUUUUGAAUUGCAGUUUAAGAAUAUAAAGCAACUUUUUUCAUUUAAGAUUCCUUGAUUUAAUCUCUGCACACUGUUCUUGAAAAAAGAACAUUUCUUCUCCGCUGCAUGGCACCCCUGCAGCUCAGCUGACGGGUACAUGUUCCUCAUCAGACGUGAGGCACUUUAUUUCCUCACCUCAUUCCACCUCUUUACAGGCGUUAAAACAGCUUUUUAGUUUGGCAGAAACCGCCUUCUGCAGAAACACCUCCUCCUUCACCACCCUUUUUACUUCUGUGUUAAAAUGUCUCGUUUUUAAAGUGUAAAAGCUAUGACACUUUUUUUUCGAUUUAUACAAGGACAAAGGAACCUCAACCUUGCAACUGCACUGUUCCUUUGAGCAUUCAAUAACACUUCUGGUGCCUAGGUGUUGCGGUUUAGUUCAGUGAAUCAAGUCCUGAAAAAGGCUGCUUUAAAGUGUGAUUUCACCAGAGCUGCAAAGCGAGACCAAACUGUCCAUCCAUCUCGGUUUUUUAAACAUCACAAGACACCAAGAUUCUCAGGAAGGAGAUUAGUUUCUGUAGUGGGCUGGGAUUCAUCGCAAAGGUGGGUGGGGUUGAAUCACUUAAUCAUCGUCCUCCAAGGUGCAAACCUCUCAGUGACCCCCUUUCAGAGGGAAGGUGGCUGGAGAAGAGAUAACAACUUCAGCAAGAAGGGAAAAAAAGCAUGAUGCUGUGAUGCUCAAGCAGACCCCACCCUGUCGCUCCUAUGUAAAGGAGGCGAGCAUGCAGUGGGAGAGGGGGUUAAAGACUCAGUGAUGGAUAGAUCCUGUAAGGAAGACACACUUUAAAAUGCGUCCUUUAAGCUUGUGUCUACAUUAUGUAUUAACUGCUCCACUCUGCCUUUAUUUCCUCUGCAGAGAGGGAACGAAACCCUGCCAGGGAGAGAAAAGUCAGGGGGAGAUAGAAAGGAGUGGGGGAUGUGGUCAGGAGAGAAAAGGCAGUAAAAAGCAGGCAGGUCAAAUUGUUUGUGCAAGAACACACUAGCAUAUUGUUUUGCUGUUUUGCAUGUUGUGAAGAUUCCUGGCACCAUAAAUUCGGCGAAGUCUGGUUUGAAAUUUGCAGGUAGAUGCCAGUUCAGUGCGAAAUCAAGACUUAUUAAAUGAGUAUAUUGAAGGAGAGGCGGUAGCAGCACAGGAAAACCCUUCCCAAGCUGCCAUAGUCUGAUAUUUUAUUUAAAAAAAAACAAAAGGAGUUUUUGACGGAUUAUGAAGCAAAUUAGAAUUAACAUGCUGCCUCGUUAUGACCUGAGUUAAUGAGAUAAUCAGCGACAGGAUUGGCAAUUUCUACUCUUCAACAAUUGUACCUCUUCUAGAGCAAAUAUUCACAGUGAGAGAUAUUUCUGUGUUAAAGUACAGUAAAUUACUGUGAAUGUGCCAAAAUCCUGCUGUUCUUUAUUCCAGAGAGGAGUCGAAGAGUUCAAAAGAUGACUUUGUCAGACUUGUGUUGCUGCUUUUUAUGAAUUAGAAGUAGCCUUUGACUUGUCUGUGUGUGCGCAUUGGCAUAUUAGACCAUCAGUCAGCCCUCCUAGCCAGUCUCCAUCUAUCACUUGGGCAUAAUUCAAUCAAGACCGGGGUCUUAAUCAGAGCUGGGCUGGCCGGCGCUCCUGGCCAGUCACUGUGCCACUGGCAGAGCCUUGCACUCAGACAAACACUCAGACAGAGAAAAGAAAGAGAAGGAGAGAAUAAGAGAGAUCAUUAGAAUAAAUGUCAAGUAGCAGGAGCAUGAAUUAGAUGACUAUGUGAGAUCUAGAUGCCUGUAUUUCCAAUUGUGUCAUGUCACAGUGCAUGUAUGGUUAUAUUAUGUGAUGGAGGCCGUGUGUUUGACUAUGCGUUUAUAUUGCAGCUCUGCCUCGGAGGACUUGGGCUGCAGGCGUGGAGACUUCAGCAGGAAGCAUUACGGCUCGGUCGAGCUGGUGAGUCCCACCCAUGAUGCACUCAUCUGUUUGAUGCUCUCUUUGUGUGGCAGCCUGUACACCUCCUCCUUUUCUUUUACCUCAUCCUCCCUGCUCGGGUUUACCCUCCCUCUCUGACUCUCUUUCUCUGCUCUUGUUGCUCUGUCUUUUCUGUUGGCCUGGAUGGACGACAGAAGGGGACUGAUGAGUCAUGACGUUACUAGGUGUGGUCCAGCGGUGUGCUCUGCCAGCAUGGAUCACAGUGGGUGCUCCAGUAAAAGUGAUGCAGGUCUCUUCCCCCUGCGCACCCUUCAAAGUUAAUUUGUUUUGUUUUGACACUGCUGGUGUAAGGCCGCAGCACAGUGUGUGUCUUUGUGGUUGAUUACAAAGCUGUCGAGUCAUUGUUGCUUCUGGGGAAUGUGAGUCUGUGUCUGUACAUCCUGAUAGCCCAGAGGAGCAGGAAGUCCUGGAGUUUGGCACUGCCAUUGUACUUCCUAGCAGAGACAUAUUGUGGGUUUGUCCAUGAGUGCUGCACCACCACGUGUGUGGCAGAUUAGUGUUGAAGAGAAACCACAUGCUGCCUAUCAGCUCUAGCAGACUGACUGUGUGCACAAUGCUGCUGUGUGUGGGGGUGUGUGCGAGAAAAAGAGAGAGAGAGGGCAGCAUCCAAACACCGCGGUAAGUGUGAGCCAGGGUGAGGUCACAGAUAGCCUUAAUAUUCAAAAUAGGCCUGUCACGAAGUAGCAAGCGAUAACUGCAUCUCUUUCUGCUCUUGAGUUGUAUGACUACUUUGAGGAUCGAAUCAAAUGCUUUUUACUGUUAAGUUUGAGUAACUAAGUGAUAUGAAGGAGUAACUUUAAAACUUCAAAGUCAUAUGCAAUAAUAGACAAGUAAAGGAUACGUAUCUAUUUUUAUAGAUGUCUUCUUCAUGGGUUUGAAGGCAGUGAGUGGGCUGCAACUGCUGAUCAGUCUCUCCUUUAUACUCUGAUUUUAUAAGCUAUGAUGUGAUCUGAUACAAAUUGAUAUGAUAAAAUACAAUAUGGGAUACAAUAUGAUGCAAUACAGCAAAAUAUGAUACAGGAUGGUGUGAUACAAUGCAACAUGAUUCAAUAUAAUACAAUACUUUAUGGUAUAAUAUGAUAUGAUCAUAUAAUAAGAUACGAUGCAAUGAUACAUCACAAUAGGAUACAAUACAACACUAAACAAUAUGAUAUGAUGCAAUAUGAGACAUUGUGAUGAUAUUCAACGCUAUGCGAUCUGAUAUGAUACUAUACAAUGUCAUGCUAUACUGUACAUGAUAUGAUAUAAUAGGAUAUGAUACAGUAUGAUUAAAUCUUACACUGUAUACGAUGCAUCAUGAUACUUUAUAAUGUGAUAUGACAAGACAAUGUGGAUAUGAUAUGAUAUGAUAUGAUAUGAUUUGAUAUGAUGUGAUGUGAUGUGAAAUGAUAUAGGGAUGCACGAUAUUUAUCAGACUGAUUAAAUAUCGGCCGAUUUUGGGGGAAAUUACGUCAUUUUUUAUCGUUUCGAUAGGUGCAUUUUUCCGAUAUAAAGGUCCGAUAUAUUAAUGAAAUUACGAGUAACGUUUGCAGGCGGAGUAGCCGCCCGGCCGGGACGUGCCAGUCACGCCAUCUAUUGCGCCUUACUAGCAUGUUCCAAGCCUGUCCCUGUCACUGGCCGACUGAUAACAAAAUGUCUUCACCAGCGUGGUCGUUUUUCUCAGUGGCAGAAGAUGACAACAGCAUUGCUGUUUGCAAAACCUGUUCAGCGAGGAUUCCAUGAGUAGGAAAGAAGACGUCAAGUUUUAACACAACGAAUCUGAUAGCUCAUCUGAAAAGUCGCCAUUGCGGCGAAGCGACAUUGAAAGAAUUUGAGGCAGCCGCUGAAGCUGCUAGCGGUGCUAAAGCUAAAACAACAACACUAGGGAGGGUCGAUGUCCCCAUCAGCAGGCGUUUGAAAACUGCAAAAGCUUUUCAAGAGACAGCGAAAAGGCUAAAGGCUUUGUUUUUGUGCUUUAUUCUUCUUCUGUUAAUUCAGAUUCAAGCCUUUCUCGCAGAGCCCACAAUUCCUGGAUCUAACAGCCCCAUGGACUACUGGAGAAGCAACAAAGCCCGGUUCCCAGACCUUGCCUCACUAGCACGGAAAUACCUGUCCUCUCCUUGCACCAGCAUAGACAGUGAACGUUUGUUUUCUGCUGCUGCAAAUGUUAUUGAUGAAAACAGAAACAGACUUGGAUGUGAGAAGGCGGGGAUGCUUCUAUUUGUUAAGAAAAAUCUCCCACUGAUGCCCUCACCUAGAAAGUAGAAAAGGAAAUGCAGAGAUAGACAGUGAAAGUGAAAAAAAUAGUUUGGGGGGAGGUUAAGAAAUGUUGAAGGAGGAAAUCGUUUAAGUGUUUUUUCUUUCUUAAAUUUUGAACAAAAGGAAUUUUUCUAUCAUGCCUGAUGCAGUCACAGCAUUAAUAUUUCUGUAAAUCUUUGGUCGAUAAUUCACUUUAUUUUUGAGGAUGCACUUUCAUUUUUUUGCUGCACAUCGCACUUUGCACUUUGAUUUAUUUAUUCAAUUACAUUUUUGUAAUUGAGGUUGACAUUUAAGUCAAUACAUUUAAUUUUGUAUUAAAAAAAUACUUGACUUACCUCCAAAAUUCCUUUACAGAUAAACCAUUGUUCUGUUGAACAAUUCAGGGGAUGCGCUUUUUUGGUAAAUAAAUGAAAUAGUUCUGCCUUUUGCUCAAUUAUUGUGAUUUAUAGCAAAUGACCUCAUAUUUUUGUAAUGACAUGAAAAAAUAAACAUCUGAAGAGCCAAAAACUUUUCUUUGUUGUUCUAGAUAGGCCAGAGCAACAAAAAUAUCAGUUUUCAAUCGCUGCAUCCUGCAGAAACUGCAGAUUAUGUGAAGAUUAUAAUAAAUAUAAAAAUAUGAAUUUAUCGGUUAUCAGUUUUGGCAUCGGCCAUGAGAAGAAGGAACUUAUCAGUUAACAGUAUUGGUUGAAAUUUUCAUAUCGUGCAUCACUAAUAUGAUAUGAUACGAUACGAUAUGAAACUGGAGGAGAUGAGAUGAUUAGAUAUUAUACUGUAUAUGGUUGGACAUGAUGCCAUAUAAUACAAUAUAUGAUUUGAAACUACAUAGUAUGAGAUGAUACACUAUCAUACCUUAUCAUAAAUUAUAUUUCACACAGUGGUUUUAAAGGAUAUCAUUUCAUAACAUAUCAUGUCACAUUGUAUGGCACUGUACUAAACAUGCACUCAAUCAAUUUACGAUUUCCCUAAUUUUUUGGGGGAUUGGUGGUCAUCUAAUCCUUACAUAUGAAAUCAAUCUUAUCUACCAAUCUUAUCAACUCCAAAUGGUCUGAGAGUCAGCCAUUGUUGUUUUUUACUUUGCCAGACUGACAGGCCCGCUCUCAAGGUCAAGUGUGCGUUAGCUGUACAGGUAAACAAUGGUCACCCAGAGCAUGGUCAACCAAGCAUGUUGUCUGUUUGGCAGUAUUACACAGAAAUAGAUUUGCAGUUUGUUAUUUAUGUAAGGCCAAAAUAAGAUGAGAUUAUUGAAGGUGUAUGCUGUAAGUUAUAAAAAAUGGUAUCAGCCUAAAUUGCUAUCGACAGGUCAGGCUUUUUAAAGAUCAAUGAUUGGCCUAAAGAUUGUGAUCGGUGCACUCCUACACUGUACCAUAUCAUAUUUUACAAUAUCAUUUUGUAUUGUGUUCGACAGAUUGUAAAGGAUGUAUCAUAUCAUAUCCUAUCUUAUCAUCCAACUGUCACCUAUUGAAAACUUGGCGCCAUUCAGUUUUUAUCAAUAUUUUAUACACAGCCUCAACUCUUAAGGGAACUGUGGUUGUAUUGUAUUACAUCAUGUUGUUUUGUAUCAUGUUGCAUCAUAUUGCAUUGAGAUGCAACAAGGCAAAUCGAAUUUUAUAAAUUGCAUCAUUCAGAAUAAAAAAUAUCAAGAAUAAAUCUGCUGUUAGUGGGCAGAAGCUGUAAGCCCAACCAAACUUGUAGGUGGACAGCCAUCACAUGACAAGCCAAUACCUUUUUCCAUUACUCUCCGCUGCUCUGAUAAUGCUUCAGAAACAUCCACCAUUCAAUUCUUAGUGCUUUGACCAAAACUCAAGCUCAAAACUCAUAUGUGAGAUCAGUAAAUGUGCGAUGGAUGGUAUGAUAAAAUGGCGUUAAGAAGCGAAGAGGUUGUGUAACAUAAACUCUUAAAAUUAAACUUUAGAGCACCAGCAACAUACUCAAAAAGCUCCUUUGAUGUAGCUUUGACUAGUAAUUUAUGUAAAUUGGCAUCAGCAUGGCCUCCUCUUUGCUGAUUAGACGCCAGUUAGGCCAAUAAGUAAUGCUGAGAAAUGAUUGCUAAUUCAGAACAAGCAUCUUAGUCUCAUUGAAAUUCUUUGAAAUAAUUCUCUGCAGCAUGAUUCUGUUUUUAUUACAUGGUAUUUCUUAGGUGGAUAAGAAGCUGUGGGAUGUGUUUAAUAAAAGAGUAAGUAGAGAAUGAUAAUGUUAACCACAAAACCACACGAUGCCUUGCAUGGAUUUGAGCCGAAAUCUUUGUUCUCUGACUCUGCAGUAAAAUUUCUCCUUUUGUUUUGCUGUUAAAAAGAAAUUUAAUUGGUUUUGUGAGUACACACGAGAAAGUGUUUCUCUGGACUUGUGCAGCUCAUGCUGUUUAAGGUUGUGUCUCCGGGGGAGGAUUGAGCAAAGGUCGAAGGAAGAAAUGGAGGAAAUUCAGGUCCCCGUGCAUUUCGGUCGACAAACAGCUCCUUGUGUUGACAGAGUUGGAUCUGUGUGCUCAUAGUGUGUAUGUCUGCCCAACGUGAAUCAGCAGGGUAUUAGCAUCUGACAUUUCCAUAAAAGUCAGAGAAGUCAUGAUAAUGAGGAGGGUGUGAUUGUUUCACUUCCACGUGCAUGCAUUCACAGUUCUGGUAAUGUGUUGACAUUUGUUGCACUUUGACUUACUUCUUAUAUUACAUAGCUUUACUGUAUAUAAUAAUCAUAAUAAUAAUAAUAAUAAUAACUUUAUCUGUCAGACAAGUAGAGGUUCUCCAUACUGGCAUUGUUGUAUGUGUCCGAUAGUACUUGUUUUUAUGCAGAAUACAGGAACUUUGAUUUUACCUCAGUGUCAAUCGGCAAAGGUGAAAUGUGCUUGACCUUGUUUUUACAGCAGGAUUUGAUUUGAUAUGUCUGAUCAAACUCAAGAUUUAAAUGUUUUUACUUCUUUGUAGAGAUGUUUGUUUUGGAUGAAAAGCUACUGCAUAAAAAUACAUAUAAGACAUAAAUCUCACUACAUGCUUUUUCACUGGCAGGUACCACUAGUGACACUGUUGAGAAAUACAACAUGGUUGUAUUGGGGUUUUGACAAAUUGGAAUCAAGUAUUUAUUAAUACAGCUGGGUAAUUAACUUAGGCUGAGAUUCUGAGGCCACAUGUAACAUGAUGGGACAUUGCAAAUCCUUGAAUUUCUCUGGAGCCAUAUGUUGACUUUGAAGCUCAUCCCUGCAGGACUUAUUAAAAGCAUGAACUCAGACACUAGGGCUGGGUGAUAAACCGAAAAUUUACCAAUACUGAAAUCUACGACAGUAACCAACGUCAUUUUGCCCAUGUCAAUAUAUUUCAUGUCAAAAAAAUGAAUGAAUAAAAGUUGGUUUUUGAUGUGUGUAGGUAGGCUAUGGUCUCAUGUCCCUUUAAGAUGCUGUCUGACAUCAGAGACGUGACUCCACCACAUCCAGUCUAAAGCGAAGUGGAAAAGACAGGUGAGGAGAUGGAGGAUGGUUCGAAAGUUGUAGCAGCUGGAAGUGGACAAAGUUAAUGUGGGAGGGGGUGAGCAGCUUGUGGAGUAGUUAUCGUCCAUUUAUCAUUAUUGAGGUGAACUGCUCAAUAUAUCGUGAUAUUGAUUUGAGGCCAUAUCAUCCAGCUCUAUCAGACACUUACUUUCUAUCUAAAGAAAUAAUCUCAUCUAUGUUUUUUCUACAGAAAUGUUAAUGAAAGUUGUCAUUCAAAGCCCUUACAAUAAAAAAAUAAUAGCAUUGUAGCUAAAUAAACUACUGUGCCUAUUAGGUUAAGUCACAGCACCCUUGCCCUUCCAACUUCAAGCUAUACCAUCCUUUGUGUUGGUUGGCAAGACAUGAAUUUUGACCACAGUGUGUUUUAUAAAAAAGUGUUUUCAAAUGUCUUAACACAAGUAAGGGACACUGAUUCAAAGCAGGGUCCCCCUAAUAAGAUAGACCAGUAUAAGCGGAGCUGUGACUCAUCCUGUCUGUUUGUUUUAUUUUUGGCAUCACUGAAGAGCAUCGGGAGCAGUUGCCAAUAAGAUGAGGUACCUCCACAGGCUCUAUCACGGUAAUAUGAUUCACCAAGUCCACACACAGAGAAGCCUCUUUUGGCAUUACAGUCCUGUCACACGUUAGAUUAGAAGUGUCUUUUCAAUUGCAGAGAGACAUCAGGAUUGCUUUCACUAAAUUUUUCUCUCUAUUAGAGCAUCAGGGCGAGCAUCCAAUUUCUGAAAGGUAGCGAGCUGAAUGCCUCAAUCCUUUCAGCAAAGCACAGUAGCGCGCUGAGCUAAAUACUCACAAAAGAGACACAUGCUCACAGAAAUUACUCCAGCAUUCAGAUGUUAAGCAGGUAUAAAGUUUGCUAUGGUCAGCCACAGCUUAAAGUGUUUAUAAGUUAACAUACUAGAGUUAUGGCUGCUCACUAUUUUGAGACCACAGGUGUUAGGGCUAAAUUUUUUAACUUAAAUAAUCAAUGGAUUUCUGGACAUUUCAACAAAAUUAAAAAAAGGCGCUCUGUUUGUGAGAAAAUGUGAGAGGACCAUGAGGUUUCAUCCCCAGGAGAGCUAAUAUACCUGUUCAAACUUUUGUACCAAUCUAAUCCAAAGGAUGUUAGAGAUAUUUAAUAGGGUAAUGUCAAACUUUGACUUCUGUUGGAAGUAAAAUCCUCUGAUCACUUAAAUCAUUGUGAAUUAUCUACUGGGGACAAUGAAUGUCUGCUUUUUCAAAUUCCAUUUAAAUACAUAAAUGGUUGUUGAGCUAAGCGUGAAAUAUAAUCUAAUCCAGACACACGGAUUCAUAUUUUAACCUACAUAUACCCUUCAAGGGAUAUUCCUGUGAAAAAUUAAGUUAAGGUCAAACACACUGUAACAGUAAGUUAGACAACCUCGUCGAGAGAUGAAUGUUGCCGACUGCUUGCUUCUCUAGUUAAACCAACUUUAUUAACGACCACAGAUAGCAAUACAGAGAGCCAUGCGCUCAACCGAAACGCCACUCUAUAGCCACAAAUAAUGCUCAGAACAGCACCUAACUUCAUCAAAAGUACAUAUAGGUUCCCAGCCAUAGUACUAGCCACCAAACAUCUUUUUAUCUUUGCCUAAUUUCUUUAGCAAAGAGACUAAACACAACUAAGUUACUCUCUUCCAGCAGCUGCUUAUUUUUAUGGAGACCUCUGGGUCUUCAUGGAAAUGCGAUCAGACUGGGAUGCUAAGGCAAAAGAACUUCUGUGUCUGCAGAGCAAAAUGAUUAAUAUGGUGAUUAUUACUUCAAGGAAAGGAGAAAAUAAUGAUCAUAAAUGAUCUUCCUUGAGCUGCGUCACCCCGCUGCAGUCGAUGGACUGGCUCGAGGUCUCGCUACAAACAAGCGGCUGCUGGAAGAGAGACGGUGAGUUGUGUUUAGUGCAGGAAUGGGAAUACCUUGUGGUAUCUAGCGGUUAGAUUCUAGACUGAGAUGCUCUUUUGCUCACUACUCAUGUCCGCAAAGGGAUAGCAGCCUUUGAGGACAAAAAGCUUGGGUGAUGCAUGAUAGGUGUAAUCCUCUAUUUAACAAGUUUUUACCUUUUAAAGAGUCUAUCGAUAAAUUACAUUGAUAAAUCUCCUGUUUUGAAGGCAGAUCAAUAAAUCAGUUCUUGCCAUACUGGGACAAGGACAGUUGUCAGGUCUAAUCGCCUAAUCAUGCUUUACUGUAGCUUGAUUCAACUGUGCAUUUACCGACUGACACAUUUGGGGUCCACUUAAAAAAAAAAAAGGUUUCCAGGGCAUUGAACUGUCAUUAUUCAAGAGCUUGAAAGGAAGGCGAUGACAGACAGGCGAGAAGUAAACUCUGGCUGUCAUUAAAGCUGUGUGAGCUUGCACACAUGCAGAUGUUGGUUUUCUUUCUAAUUGUGUGUCACUGUGCAUUUCUCCUCGUUGUCUGGUUAGCAGCAGUUCUCAUCUCUGAAUACGACUAAGACUGGUGUGUGUAUGUGCUCAUGUGCGUGUUCAUGUGUGUGAGUGUGUGAAGGGUGAGCUGUCAGUCUUGCAGAGCGCCUGGCGAGCAGAUGGGUCCACUCCCACCUGCCUACCAGUGUUACUGUCAGUGCCUCAGAGGCUUUUGACUGCACUGUCACAUUGAAUUAUUCCCAUUCUGUGUGUGUGUGUGUGUGUGUGUGUGUGUGUGUGUGUGUGUGUGUGUGUGUGUGUGUGUGUGUGUGUGUGUGUGUGUGUGUGUGUGUGUCUGUGUGCAUCUCACUGUGUGUGACAGUGUGUCUAUCAGUGUCUUUAUUGACACUAACGCAAAAGCAAAAACAAAACAGCGGCCUCUGUGGCCAUAAGCGGUAUUACAAGAAGACGUCCGACUCUCUUCAUGAGAAAAUCAGCAGUUUUUCUUUGUUUUUGUGUAGUUCUUGAUUUAGUACAUUUUAUAAGACUUUAAAGGACUAACCUAGCUUACAGAAAGUGUCACAGGUUAAAGGUCACCAUGGACCAACUUGUGUUGUUGUCAGCCUUUAAAGUGUUUCAUGGUUUUGCAUUGAGCUGUUAUGUUACGUACUGUAUGUCUCUGCAAACGUGAUAUUUGAAAUUGCAGUUAAGAGCAAAACCAGAUAACUGUUGCAGAACUGUAGCUACACUGUGGAAAUGAAUGAGGUCCAGUAAUAUAUGUAUGUUGUUUGUAUUGUUCUUGUUUUGUUGUUUUGUUUUUGUCUUGUAGACUGUUGUGAGAUGUUGUGGUUAUUGAUGUUGUUUGUGACUGUGCACUGCGAUAGAGAGUUAAUUAUAAAUGUAAACUCCAGGAAGAAUAGCGGUGGCCUUAGCCAAAGCUUAUGAAGAUCUAAAUAAAUGAAAUGAAAUGAAAUCUCUACCCACAUUACACAGGAACAAACACCAGCGAAGUAUCUCAGGUUUCCAUUCUCAAGUGUUGUGUUUUUUUAGUUCAAUUACCCGCACCCUUAAUCUGGGCUUGGCAAAAUUGAAGCUUAUCCUAGCAUUUCUAGACUAUGCUUAAUUGUUUUCCUCUUCUGUUUCUAAAAUGUGGUCACUUAUUGUCAGAAUCCUUGACAGUAAUUGAUUGUUGUGCAAGAAUCUGACUUAAAACCAAAGUAAGGAGUUUUUCGCCUGUUAUGAAAAAGACUGAAAUCAACACAGAUGCAACUUUAUGAUCAACCAAAGCAGACAAGACUACCAUCAAUAAGACUGACAGUUUCUAUAUCAACAUUUUUAAAGGUUGAAACUGUGUUGAUAGCACAUUGAACAAACAGCCUUUCCUGUAUUUUGAAGAAAAAGUAUCCAUAGUUACCAACACACAAAUGAAAGACAGCAGGAUGAUUAUUUUAGAAGAGAAUAAUAACAUGUUUGUACAGGAAGAUAUCAGCAAAAUGAUAACUCAUGCAUCUUUUCCCAGAGAAGGCACUAAAACCACCACAAACUUAAAGUUCCUUACAGUAGCUUUAAUCAGUUCCGAUGUUAUUUAUGGUGUCUUUGUCCUUGAAGAUCCAAAGGUUUCAUUAUGAACACCUCCAGAACCUUUGAGCUGUCACAGCGGUUUCUUAUCCAAACAUCCACAGAUUUAGCUCUCUCCUCAAACCUCACAUUCCCAUCCCUCCAUCUGUCCCCUCUCCUCCCAUUGUCUCUCAUAAAUAAAGAAGCUGCAGCACAGCGCUCUGCUGCUGCUGUGCUUAGAAUUCAAUGCUGCAUCUGCCCGCUCUUGAGGGCCCUCAAGCUGCUGCACCCUGCUGGUGUUACCCCUGGGUGAGUGGGUGGGCUGAUGAUUUCAGUCCUAGUAAUUAGAUUAGUCAUCACCGGUGCUGCUUAGGUAUAGACAGGAAAAUAUUGAUAUGAUGCUGCUGUACGGCUGGAUUUGUGCUUGCUUUAAUAAUAAUAAACUUCAGUUAUAGAGCACCUUUAAAAACCUGAUAACAUAGUGCUUUUCAAGGGUAGUCUGUAUUCAGAGCAGGCAAAGUCCACUAUUGUUACUAGAAAAACCAUUAAAACAUAAUUAAUGUCUAUUAAAGCAAAAAAAAAAAAAAGAUUGUACUGAUAUACUUCAUCCUUUAAGCAACAAGAUUUGGAGGCUUACAUGCCAGUUUGAGGAAGACAGACUGAAGCAGUGACAGCUAGCUUUUUGCCCCUGUUGAGCCAUUCAGUGACUUCAGUCGCCAAGUUUCACUUCCUCAUUUGUAUGCGGCCGCUGUAGUAUUUUUGCUCUGAAAUGUCUGAGUCAGUGUUUGACCUCAGUGUCACACACAUACGCCUCCUUGUUCUCUGUAAUGCCUGUGAAACUUGUUGUGAUACCUACUUCAAACCUUGACAGAGAUAAAGUCGAGGCUUGCUCCAUUUUGUCUGACUCUAUACUUACUUGAAGACCUGUCCUUGUUGGCUAGUCGUGUUAGUUAAGUACAGAGUGAAGAAUUCGCUAAUACAUGAUUAACACUUCGAACGCCGCUGGAUUGCCGGCGAUCCCACAUGACACCAUUAAAAUUGCUUACAGUUUCUCUGGAACUAUUCCAUGUAUCUCUAUUAGGGCCCAACCGAUUUAUCGGCGAGACGAUUAAAUCGGCUAGCCCAUUUUAGACUAAUCGGCCAAAACUCGCCGAUUUUCGCCAAUAUUUUCAGAAAUAAAAUGCGGAGAAUAAGAUUCGGUUUCACUUGGAAAAUGUUCCGCCAUUUGAAAAGUUCCCUGACUUAUCCGGUAGAUGGUGCAGCGACCUCAUGACAAUCUUCAUCCACUAACUACCUCACAGCACAGCAGAGUGACGGUAAAUAAACUACUUUUUGAAAUACACAAUAAGUCAACAAGUUUCAGUUCAGCCCACUUCACGAUGUUCCCCGCUGUGCUGGUCUCGGUCACGCUGAGUAAACGGUGAAGCACCAUGUAAUGUGCAAGCUAAAGUUUGAGUUAGCCAUCUGCUAUUAGCCUUGCUACACUGUUAGCCGUGCCAGUAACGGUAGAAUAAACAACAGCACACAUUUGGUGAUAAAGCAACUUCUCUUACUGAGGCAGCUGCAUGUCUCCAGAUGAGACCGGACCGGAAAUGUGUCUUCAUUGAAAUGCAAUCAGACCGAGACGCUAAGGCAGAAGAACUACCACGUCUGCAGUGCAAAAUGAUUAAUAUGGUGAUUAUUACUUCAAGGAAGUAAUAAAGAAAUGAUCAUAAAUGUUCUUCCUUGAGCUGCGACACCCCGCAGCAGUUGAUGGACUUGCCUGAGGUCUUGGUACAAACAAGUGGCUGCUGGAAGAGAGUCAGUGAGUGGUGUUUCGUCUCUUUGCUAAAGAAAUUAGGCAAAGCUAAAAAGAUGUUUGGUGGCUAGUGCUAUGGCUGGGACCCUAUAUGUUCUGUAGAUGAAGUUAGGUGCUGUUCUGAGCAUUAUUUGUGGCUAUAGAGUGGCCUUUUGGUUGAGGUUAGUUUAUGGCUUCUCAGAACACUGUAUUGCCAUCGGUCGUUACUUAAGUUGGUAUAACUAGAGAAGCAAGCGGUCGGCAACAUUCAUCAGAUUCAGCCAGAAUAUCCCUUUAAAUCGUACAUCCUUUAAAACAACAUAAGCCUUGAAGAUAUGCACACAUUUGCAAAUGAGGGGUGUGGCUGAAUAACAAGUGGGCAUGUUAUAAACUGUCUUGGCCUGUGUCUAUUUAAAGUAGGUUGACUAAAAGCUUGGCUGAGUCAGCAUUUCCCUUAUUUAUUAAUUUCCUCUACCCCUCAUAUUUUGACCUCCUUUCUUUAUCUUCUGUCCUGGCUUUUCUUUUUUUUUUUUUUGUCUCGGUCCCUCUUGACUCUCCUACCCUGACGGAGCACCUGCCUCACUUGUCACUUACUACUCCCCUCCUCUCUGCCAUCUCCUGUGCCACCCACGCCUCUGUGUUCCCAGCCUUCCUGGAGGGUUGUGAGUGUGCAUGAACAGGCCCACUGAUGAGAUCAAUUAUCUAUCAGCAGUCACAAAAGUAUUGAUUUAAAUUUCUGAACACUCAUGCACGUACACACAGACACACGCAUACAUUUCUGCCUUUCGCUGCGGCGCUCCUUUGUCCUGUGAGCCUUGGGGAAAUCAGAGGCUCUCUGAGUACAACGUGAGCUUGAUUGUGUUUGUGAAAUGUUCAAGCCAUGCCCUAAAAUGGGAGCUGUUUAAGUGUGUGUUUUAAAAGAGUGAGUGUGCAUGUUUCUGUGUGGGUUUGUGCAUCCUAGCUCCGUCCAUAAAGCUGGAAAGCCCUGGCCUUUUUCCCAUGGGGUUAUGCAUCCAGGAGACGGCUAUUAUUCUUUUAUCAUUCAGCUUUUUGUAGUCAUUACACAACGCUCUUUGCCUCUCAUUCCCAGUGGUCUCAUCCUUCAUUCUGUCCUUCUGCCUCCUCUCUUUCUAUACAUUUGAUGCCCUUUCUUUUUCCUCCCCUCUCCCCUCAUCUUCCCCUCUUGCUCCCUGGAAGUGAUGAGGUGGUUUAUGGGUUGUUUGUUAAAGCGUAGAAGCAUAACAGCUCCCCCCGUUUCUCCCUAGUUUCUCCGUGUCUGCCUCCCCUGGCCCACUGAGAAUCGUUUGAGGGCAGCUUUUCCCUCCUUUGCCACUCUUCUGUUGCAUGAUUUAGAGGCUUCAUGGAGCAUGCAUGUGUGCGCACAUAGACACACACAUACAUGGACUCUCUGGGUCGCUUAAUUGCUCUAUUUCUUGCUCAUUUUUUAUCCCCUCACCCAAAAAACCAGCAGAAAGUCACUUCACACAGCAACACAAACACUUAUCGGAUCGCACAUUUAAUACAGAAUGUCUCACUUUUUUUUUUCCCCACAUACACGAGGGAGGCGGUACAUCACUGUGCCUGAACACUGCAUUGGUUUCCCCUCCAUUAUCCUGCGAUUGGACAGUUAAUGUUGCAGGAGGCGAGAGAAAUGGAGGGAGAUAGGGGCCUAUAGCUGCAGCAUUCGCUUUCCAUUUUCUGCUCACAUGAAACAGCAGGAAUGGUUUACUUACAGACUAUAAAAACGCGCAAAUAAGCACAAACAAGAGCCCCCACAGCAGGAAAAAGCAGGAAAUAUAUUUGUUUACAGGUCUUGUAAUAUGCAUAUGAAAGGCGACAGAGCAGUAUAUUCUGCAGCCUCUCUAAGACACAGCCAAUUACUGCGCCAGCACCUCUCUGUCGUUUAUCAGAGCCUUACACCUGCAGUAAACACGCUGCACUGACAACCGCUGGGUUAUAUUAUCUCAUUACAUGCAGUAUAGCAUGUUGGAAAAUGUGCUAGCUGUUAUUCUUGCUCUUCAAAACUAGGACCUGUUCUGUUCAGAUCAGACCAUUUGCUUUAAUGCCUUACAUACUCUGUCUGAUCAUAAGACACCAUGGAGUUGUUUAAUUAAAAAAGUAUUCAUCAUUAAAUAUCAACAAUUUUCUUUCAGUAAUGGAAAAAUUCCAACUAAACUCAAUUCAGCUUAGUUCAGCGUCAUUCAACUCUACUUAAAACUCCUGUGAGGACUUUUUUGACAUCUCUGAAAUAGACUGAAGUUCAUAUUGAUGCUUUUUAUGAUAUCAAAAAGCACACAAGACCACAGUGACAAGAUAACAAUUUUCAUACACUACUUUUUGAUGCCUGAAACUAGUGCGAGAGGGUUGAUGUCAGCCAAGAAGCUGAAGAAUCAGCCCUAAUUUGAAUUUUAUACAAUAGAUAAAGAUAAAUGAUAAAUUGACUGUCAAAAGCCAACAGGAAGAGAUUAUUGUCAGAGGAUGCUAUUUAAGCUUGUAAACGACAUGAUAAACACAGACUGCUUUGUCCACAGGGGGCGCCAAAAUUGACACAAACUGAAAGUUCCUCACUGGAGCUUUAACUAAAACAAAUUAAGUCAGCUUCACUUAACCAUAACAAACAGAAACAAAACAAACAAAACAAACUUAACUAGAAAUAAAACAAACCAAGUUAAUUUAAAUCAAGUUUAACUAAACACAACUUAUUUAAACAAAUCCAAACCAAACUUAAUGCAAUGAAAUCAAAGUCAAAACAAAUCUAACUUGACUUAACUGAACUAAACUCUUAUUCCCCUCCCAUCAGUCAAGUGCCAUAUAACUGAAAUGUUAUACAGCGAGUGUUACUGAUAAUGGAACAUUUUACUGUCAAAACGGAUGAAUCUUUGUGUCAGGUAACUCUUAUUUCACAAAGGCAGCAGAGACCACUUUAUCCUCAAGGAGAACAAAUCAAAAUUUCCUCACAGGAGCUUCAAAAUCUUCAAAUUCAUAGCAGUUUGAGGAUUCAGAGUUGUCACAGCACAAAGACAUGAAUCUUGGUAUUUAUUUAAAUCACACAAUAUUAUAAAAAAAAAUUCAGCAAGUCACUUAAAGAAAGCUCAUUUAUGGUCUAUACAAAUAUCAAACAGUGUGAUUUUAACGACAGUGUCUUCUGAAAAUACAUUUAUUAAGAUGUCAAAUGUUCUGUAUGACGUACAAAAACAUGCAUCAGACGAGCUAAUAUCUCAGGAUCUAAUGUAGGAGGGUUUUAAUCUUCAAGCUACAUUACUGUCCAUUAGGUUUAAUUGGGCUUGAACAAUUAGUCAGUGUGACAGUUGUUAUUAAUGACUUUAUUCAGGACAUGAAGUUCCCGCCUUCCCUCAUUUGCCCACAGGAAUGCUUUGAAUGGACUUCAUCUCUCUUUCUCUCUCUGUUUUCAUGAUAAGUGCUCUCUUGGCGCUCUCUCUUCCCUUUGUACUGUCUGACAUGAUCUAAUGAGCCGCUAGAGUAGGGCACACCACCUACUCUUCAAAAACUCAUAAACACAGAGCUCCGCUUUGAUUUGUGCUGGUCAUACCAGCCAUUCAUAAAAUGGUUUUGGAUGUCUGUUUAUCAUGGUGUAUGGACCCCGAGAGCAGGAAACUUUCUGAUCAGUGCUGGAUGCUGUGUGUUGGUACAUGAACAUAAACACUGUGCUGGAUAUGGGUCCUAUCCUGGUUUGAGCUUUUUCUUUCCUUUGUGGGCACUUUGUAUUGUAAAGUUGAGGGUGUUAUCUCCUUUUGGGGUCCUCAAAGAAGUUAUUGUUGACGUUCAGCUGACUGAAGAUAAUACUGAUGCCUUUAUAUGAGCUACCAAAUGAAGAGGACAAAUAAGCAUGAAGGAUACUAUUUCUAUACUGUUGUUUUUUAACGUCUUAAGAUGCUACAGAGGGUGAGACAUGUUACUGAAACAGUUUUUUUAUUGUAGUACUAUAAGAGAAAGUCACCAUGAGCGAUGAAUCUGGCUGUUUUAAGAAAGCAGAAUGAAUUUUUAUUUUCUUGUCAAAAAGCACCAUAUGAAUAUCUAAUGCUGCAUUCUAGUUGUACUCGGAAGUCAGGAUUUCUGAGCUCCGAGUCGGAAAUUCAUCUGGAAUGCCCCCCUGAAGUCGGAUUUCCAACUCAAAAAGUCAGACGAUCCUCGCCAACCCGACUUGACGACAACGUCAUAAAUCAAGAUGGCAGCGCCGUGCAUUUACAACGAAGACUUGCAGUAAAAGCUCUCGUAAUGUGUUAUUUAUUAGCACUUUUGUGAAAUUAAAAGAGUGGUAUAUGUUGUACUGCCCAACGUCUUACUUUGAACACAGUGCACAGGUGUUUGUCAAGUAAAUACUGUGUUGUAUGUUGUUUACAACUGGUAAAGCUAACAACAACUAACAACAGCUGUCAACGGCUAACAACAGCUCACAACCACUAACAAUGACUGACAACGGCCAACAACAGCUAACAGUAGGCAUCCAUCUUGGUUUUCCCACUUGUUAACUGGAACGCCAUCAACUCGGGUGUAACGUCAUUCCCAGCUCCAAUGUCCGGCUUCUGAGAUAACUGGAACACAUCAUAAGUUGUGUAUUUUCAAUAGGGGAUUGACAGGAUUGACACUUACCUUAAGUAACUCACAGGAGCUUUAAUAUACCCAGCCCCUCGGCUGACUGGUAUUUUGCUCUUAAUCUCUCUAAAAGCAGCAGAUUGGGGUUGUGGAAAAGUCAGUGAAUGUUUCAACAUUAACAGUGUGUUUUUGUUAAGUUUAAAGAUAUCUUGCUUCUUGUUUUAUCUCAUAUUUUCAUUGUAUCUGGAAAAAAAAAUCACAGACCCUCUCAGCCUUUCAAACGACUCCUCCCACUCUACAUGCUAAACUGUCAGUUGUUUUUAUAACAACCUUCUGUACUUCAAAGAGGUCAGUUAAGAGGUUUCGAUGUCUAGUCUCGCUCUCAGUGUCCUCCUCCUCAUCCUCCAGUCGGCCAUCUGGACAGAUCACAGUGUGUGCUUCGCAGGGACACACUCAAACAACCGUGUCAGAACUAUUUUUUAAAACACACGUAUUGGCAGAGCGGAGACCUCUAUCGGCGAGGGGAGCAAAAUAGAGCUCGACUGUCACAAUGGUCAAAGAGCACAGGGCAAGGAGGCAGAGGAGGGAAGCAUGAGGAGGAAAGAGCAAGACAGGGAGGAGACUCUGUAGGGUCUGUUGCCUGGCAACCACAGAUCAUCUUCUGAAACAGUGCUGGGGUUAAAUAGGGAAGAAGGAUUGAAGAAAGGUGGCAAAUCACAGAGAAUCAGCUGAUAGCAGCAAACGUGUGAAUCUACUUAUGUUGAGAUCUUAGUGUCACAUCUAGCAACAGCAUUUAAACACAAACAGCUUAAUUGAAUUGUAGGUAGUGAGUUAUUAGAGAUGGAUUUGUAGCUGUCGUAAACCAGUUUUCUCAGAUAAAGUCUUUCUAUUGUUAAAACACAUAAAGCUGAACCUAACCCUGGAAAAGAAUAAAACAUGUUGCAGCAAAAAAGAAAGCUGACAGCAAACAGGAGACUCUGGUGAUGAGGGAUUAUUUAUACAUUCAGAUUAAAUGUCUGAAAAAGAUGAAAAAGGGUAAUGAUGUUAGGGAAACUCCUGUUUAAAUAAAAGCAACCAUGGUAUUAAAUCUAAAGUGUUUAGCAUAAUAAUAAUAACUUUUGUUAUUAACUUUUUGGCUUUUGUUGUUUUCUUUUCUGAACACAUCCAUGCUGCAGGAUCUUUUGCUACCCAGUCCUAAUGGGAAAAUUAUCUGAAUACAUUAUAUACUUGAUACAGUUACAGGCUGUGUCUAAUAUUGUGACUCAAAUAUUGUUAUGAGUGCUAGGAAAGUCAAGUCAAGUCAAUGUUUAUUUAUAAAGCACCUUUAAAGACAGCAGUCAAACAAAGUGCUGUACAUUAGAUAAAUAAAAGAAGUAAAUAAAUAGAUAACAAUAAAAAAUAAAAUUAAAAACAGUAGAAUAAAAUACAGACAGUAAAAGAAUAAAAGCUACAGUGCCUCUGAUUCCUGUGUGCUCAUUUAUUAAAAGCAAGGGAGAAAAGGUGGGUUGAAUGAGCUGAAGGCAGAUGAUGGAUGACUUGUCCAAGCCUGCAUAUAAGGAGUUGCAGUAGUCUAUUCGUGAAGUUAUAAAGGCAUGAAUAGUUUUUUCAAGAUCAACCUUUAAGAAAUAAUUUUUAGUCUUUGCUAAAAGACGAAGCAGUAAAAAGCUUGUUUUAACAACAGCAGUGAUCUGACUAUCAAGGAAAAACUCUACUUGCCGUAUCUGAAGACAAAGAAAAUACCCUAGUGGACAAAUGUUUACCUCCAUAAGUCUUAAACAGAGGGCUGACUAGUGUGGAAGCUGAAAUCUAAGUUUGGGCUUGUCUGAUUUCUCUACUUUUGGAAUAUUUUGCAUGUAAAUAAAUGAAAAAGCAUAUUGAGUUCUUGGGUAACAAACGGGGUUUACUGUCCCUUAUGUCUCAUUCAGCUUUGUGCAGGAAAGCCAGUGAGCUUACACCUCCUUUAGAUCUUGUUUAUGCUGCUUAAACAGCAUACACCCUGUCCUCCCCUGCCCUCUCUUGCACCACUCACUCUUCCACUAUCACUGACUGUCCCAUUUUGUGCUCAUAACGUCUCCUCUACCACUCAGUAGUAGAGAGAGGUGAGUCAGCAAGAGCCAGAUAAUUCAGGGCGAUAAGUGGAGGAUGGCGGAUGUAGGAGGAAAAAGGAAAUCAAGCAUGGAAACGGGUUUUAACUGAGUGGAGAUGAAGAAAUUACUGCAAAAAGUUGAGUUGUUAUUAUUAGCGAUAAAGAGGUGUGAUGAUGAAUCUGCACAGCUUGAAAGCACCACCGCUGUCGGACUCAUACUGCUGUUGUCACAUGGAGUUGAUGUGUCUGCCACGGUUCCUCUUUUGCCAGCUUUAAUGUAUUUAUGACCUGCUUCUUACUGUCUGCCACAAGUCAUGGUUUGUCAGGUGCCUUAUUUUAAGCAUUGCCUCCCUCUUUGUCUCCCCCUCAGCUAAUUUCCAGUGACGCAGAUGGGGCCAUCCAGAGGGCAGGGCGCUUCAGGGUGGAGAACGGCUCUACUGAUGAGGUAAAGAAUACCCUUUUGUGCGCCAAUACAUCCCACCUAGUAGAUGGAGAAUAAAUCAAAAUAUGGUCUUUUGUAUGUCUUUAUUUGGAUAGUCUUUCCAAAAUUAUUCUUCUAUGUCUGUAAACCAUGAAGCAUUAGCCUGGUGAAGGUUGGAGAACCAGCUAGCAUGGCCAUGUCAAAAAUGAGCUUUGGGGAGGUUAACGAACUGUAACCAUAACUUUAAGUGUCAUGAGCAAGUAGGAAAAACCAUCCUUCUGUUAACUAACACUAAGAAGGUCUAUACUCUUGCCGCUUAAAGUCCCAUUCUGACUUUAAGCGGCAAGCUUUAAGGAGUUUUUUUUACUUCUUAAAGUGUUCUCAGUGGUCUUUAAAUUGUGAUUAUGAAGUUUUUACCAAAAAUCGCAUUACCCAUUUCAUUUUAAAGGGCUUUUCUUCUGCAGAGCUUCAGUAGAUCAUUAGCAAUUCCAGACCUGGCUGCAGAAACAAAUGAGAGGGGGGGCAUUACAUUACUUUUUUCAGGGGGGCACUCUUAUUUAAACCUUUAUUUUAUCAGCUUCAAUGUCCUUACACACUGGGACAGAUGCAAAUAUAGGACGCGAAAUUAUGAAAUAUUUGGAGGCGAAUUUCGACGCGCCCAUUUCCCUCGUCUUCACGUUACACGUUACUGGUAUAGUAGAAGAAACAGGUCACAUAGGAGCUAUUCAGCUCUCGGACACUGAUCUCUUUGGGGAAACGAUGAAAGCUAAUAUCAUGAUUGGCUUACUUACGAACAUUGCAAUCCGCUAACGCACAUGCUUGUUCUGCGAUUGUCCUCUUUAUUUCUCCUCUAUAUGCAGAGUGUGGCCUACAUAGCAGGGCUCUGGGGGUGGAUUUUGGAUUGGUUAAGUAUGAAAUCUCACUGUUUCUGAACCUGCCAUUUGGGUCUGCCAGAGAUUUACAGUAAUUGAAUGAAAAAAUACUCAGAAAAGCAAUUUCGCAUUUAGUUUUCUCAUUAUAUGUCCUGUCGCAUCAGAAAAAUAUCAUAUGAACAUAUAAAAAUUAAGAAAAACAUGAUUUUCAUCGGAGUGGGUCUUUAAGGUAAGAAACCAUUGUACAUAAGUCAAAAUGUAAUCACAGGAUGAUAAUUGAGACAUUCCCUCCAACUCCUAACUUUUAUUUCAUCUAGAGUGUGUGUAGUUUCCUGCCAGCUGAAAAUCAUUUUGAGUCUGAGAAAGUUGGAGGGGAAGACAAUUUCAGCACGAUAUGCAGCCUGUAAUGAGGAGACCAGCUGCUCCCUGCUUCACCUUAAUAUGUCAGUGUAGGAAAGUUUGGCUUAUUAAAAAGUUGUUGGUUAACUUGCAACUCUUACGACUUCAACUUUGUUUUACAAUGAUAUAACACAGGUGGAUUAAACUGCCUCUACAGUUUGGUAUAUUUGAGAAUGUAAUGUUCUUAUAAGAUGAAAUAACCUUUCCCAGAAUCGCUCUUUUUAACAGAGAAACUCUCUGCGUCUCAGCUUGGACUGUACAUGCUCUCUCUGCUGGGUUGUUUGUUCAUAACACCAUUUUUUUCCAGAGAAGACUGCUGUGAUUCAAGCUGUGACCAUCAUGUUGACAUCACGCUGUGUGUAUUUCUGUGUAUAUGUGUGGGUGACAAACAGACGUCGGACUACACUCCAGGCAGCUGGAGGAGAACUGAUGUCCACCUGGAGAAUCCAGAGUACCACACCAGAUGGUUCUUUAAAUACUUCCUGGGAAAAGGUCAGUCCUUCUCUGCUGCGCUAUUUUAUAAAAACAACACACUCGCACAUGUAAAGCGAGAGAUACAAGGAGGUGAGGAAGGUGAGGGGACGCUGCAGACAUAAAACCUCCCCAUGAAUGUUUUUCUUUUUUCUUCUCUGAUCCGUGGGGUUGCUUCUUAUCUCACGCAGUCAGCCUUGUCUGCAUGUUGCUCCGCUUUUCAUUCAAGGCCAGAGCUUGUUAGCAUCCAACCAUAUCCCCACUGAGAGUCUCAACGACACUCUAAUCUUAUACACCACCCAGGGAUGAAGUCUGUGGAGAGUGUACAUCUUCAGCAGCAUCAGGCGAAGCAAAAGCUUCCCUUCAGGAGAUAACACAAUUAGGAUGGGACUGCCGGUACAGUGAGGCAGGAGUAUUCACAUGAGCUGGCCCCUGGGAUGGUUCAAUAAUGCAUUAGAAUUUGUCACCUUCCUUCUUCGCCCUCGUAACCCUCAACACCCCCCAUACCUCAUUAACACCCAGCCUGUUCUCAGUAUAGGUGACAAAGCAAGUUGUUUAACCUAGAGAUCAUUGUGUGAGGAGUCUUUGAAGUGACUUCAUAUCAGGAAGAUUGCCAUCAGCUGAAAAGCAGAGAGACAGGACAGGGGCUUGAAAUAGAUGGAGAUAAUUAUGAAAGGAAAGUAUCACAGCAAGUGGAAUGCUCUCCUCUUCCAGCAAGGGUCUGAUCACUGCUACGGCAUGGGAAGUUCAGUUGGCUCACCCACUUUGGACUGCAGCUGAACCAUCUGCGUCUCACAGCCUGAUCACCGUACAACAUGAGCUCUGGGCCAAUUAUUCCAACAUGAGCAGAUCCUGUCUGGUGAUGCAUCCAAUAAAAUCACUCAAUUCUCGAUUUUCUAAUAGUUAGGUGAGGCAGAUUGUCUUUGUUUCGCCGUUUUCUCACAUGAGGUCUGGAGAUAAGACUCGAUUGGAUUUAAUCCUUCCUUCUCAGCGAGGAACAGCUCAAGGUUCCUGAACUAAUAAGUAUUUAAUUGCAGCCCAGUUUUGCAAAGUCAAAGCUUACCUGGGGCAUAAAAAGUGUGAAUUAAAAAGGCCAAGUAGAGAAAGGAAAUGAAUAAAGAAACUGUUGGAAGAAAAUAUUAGAGAGAAAGCCCCGUAGAGAAGAGACAAAGGAAAGGACACAGAAAUGGAGGCAGGGACCUUGCCUCUAAUUAGGUUUGGAGGUCUGUUUGUUAUUGUCUCUAAGGUUGUUACCCUGUCAACUGGAGAGGUGGAGGCAGGAAUGUAUGACCCAGCCAUGGUGUGUUAGAAGAUCUUUGUAUGCGCUCAUGUCUGACAGAGGAAACAGGAGAUGGGGGGGGUUAAAAAUGAAAGGGUGGCGAAGAUAAUGGAUGAAAAGAAAGAAUGUAGGAGAAAAGACGGCAAAACACGAGGGCCGGCAAAACACGAGGGGAUGAAAAGGGAAUCUGAAUAUCUUAACAACAUAACAGCAAACUACAGAGUCCCCGAAGCUCCAAGAAGUAAAAUUUAAUAUAUUGUGCACGCUAUAAAUAUCUCGCUGAUACAAGUUAUCAUCUUGUCCAUAUAUUGCUUUCUGUAGAACAAGUGAAUUAUCUCGUGCACACAAUGUAGUUAUCUUUUUGGAAGAGCUUACUAUCACAAACUAAUUCAAUUUGCACACAAUAAUUUCCUUUGUAUUUUUUCAGUUCACCAGAACUACGUGGGCACAGAUGCAGAGAAGAAUCCCUUCUACCUGUCGGUGGUCCUCUCAGACCAGAACAACCAGCGGGUCCCUCAGUACAGAGCCAUCCUCUGGAGAAAGACCGUGAGUUCACAACUACAAAACUCCCUGCCACACUAAAGGAAGUUCACCAAAUCAGUAAAAGUUUCAAUAUAACAACAACAACAACAACAACAAAGUUUGGGUAACUUUUGAAGUUUUUGAUUCACACCAGUCCAUCCUGAAACUUUAUCUGUAAAGUAAUUUGUUUCUAAAGUUGGGAGUAAUAAAUGCAUUAUAUCUGUUUUAAGUGGAGUCUGGUCACAUUAUUUUGGACCAGGAAAUGGAAAUACUUAAGCGAAAGUACAAGGGCCCGACUGAUUUAUCGUCGAGUCGAUUAAACCUAUUUGAGACUAAUCGGUGAUUGGCCAUAAUCGAGGUAGUUUAAAACACUUUUCUGGUCAGAGUUUGAUCAGUCGGUCUUCCUGUUGGCGUGAAGAGCAGUAGCCUACAGUAUAUCUACACUAUAUAGUACACUGUAGAUAUCUACAGUAUUUAUGUAUAUUUUUUAUAACUUCAUAAAAAAAAUUUUUUAAAUCGUCUGAUUAAUCGGUAAUCCCCCCCCUCCCCACAAUAUUCGGUAUCGGCAUCGACCCCAAAAAAUCCAUAAUGAUCGGGCCCUAGAAAGUACUACUUAGUACUGAGUACUCAGAUGUUUAGAGCUCAGAUUAACUUUAAACUAGAACAUUUUCUACCAGUUUACACAGUUUAUGAUGGUCCUUUUUUCCAGGAUUUAAUUAUGUGAAAAAACAAAAAUGUGUCUUAGAUGUCCAUGAAACUCCCCUGAGUCAGUGUGUGUGUGUGUGUGUGUGUGUGUGUGUGUGUGUGUGUGUGUGUGUGUGUGUGUGUGUGUGUGUGUGUGUGUGUGUGUGUGUGUGUUUGUGUAAGAUGCAUGUUGCGUGUUUGUGGUUGGGUGACUCAGCUUCAUGACCAAGACAGCUUGUUACUAAUUUUGGCCUCUGGCGUCAUCUGGAACCUGAUUAGGGUGCUGCACCUCCGCAGACUGAUCACAUUGAUUCAUCUCCUUUCUGUCUGACUCCAACUGGAACAGGAUGUUGCAGUUGAGGCUGAACAGAUCUACCCUGUUCGUCUGUGCUGCUCUGGUUUAAUCUGGUCCCGUUCUAAUUGCUCUGUGACUGAUUGGAAAAUAUCUUAUUAGCAGUUUCUUGUCGUGGAUUUUCUCUUACAAGUAACGGAGGAGCACAGCAACAGGUUUAGUUCCCCAGGAUGAGGGCGAGUGAAGCCCACUGCGCUCAGAGUUUCUAAUCCCUGAUCUGUGUCUUUCUUGUUCUUCUCCCAGGGCACGCUGAAGAUCAGCCUCCCCUACAGCCCGACAAAAACACUAUCAGUCAAAUCCAUCCUAAGGUGAGAGGUGCUGCCUGGAGCUUUGACUUUAAUAUUGCUGGUUAUCGCAUGAUGUUGGUGGGAUAAAAAGGUUGUUUUACUGAACAUGGCUGACAACAUAUUGGCCCUAGGAACCAAAGCUGCAAAAACACAAUAUUGUAAAAAAGUAAUGAAGAGAAAAAGAGUCUGCAGUGGAUCAUGAUUGUGUUUUAUAGCAGUGAGAUACAUUUUAGCGCCAAAAUGUGGAGACUCUCAAAAAUUUGGCAGAAAGUCUUCUGAUAGCAACAGUAUUAAAACCAAGAAGCAAAAUGAUCUUUUUUAAAUAUUAAUCUCGCAUCAAAUGUACAAGAGGAACAUAUAAUGACAUAUAGCAUUUAGAUUCAUUAUGCUCCCUUGCUCACCCCUCCUAUCAGUCAACUUGUAAAAGAGACAAUGUCCUUUUAGGACAAAAAGCUCCUGUCAUUUUAAACGUGAUCCUCCACUUUACAAGUUUUAACCAUCUAAAACUUAUUGUAUAUAAUUUUCUUUUUUCCACAAAAACACUCACUUUUCUUCCUCAUGAACUGGUGCACAAAAGUCAUAUGGUCCCUCUCUUUAUGUAGACACAUAGGGCAUAUUCUAAAUUAACGUAAAAUACAGUUUUUAUAUCCAGGUAAUUUAAACACAACUUUGAACAAUAUAUUCCAUUUUUAAAAAGUCAGUUGUGUCAAAUUUAGCUAGAUUCUGCGUACUGCACCUUUAAAAAGAGAAACACUGUGUAGACAUAAUCUGAAAAUGAAUUCUAAGUGAUAAAUGUCAAAACAUUUAGUACUGAAAGUUUUUAAUCAGUCAUGUAUGAUGAAUUUAUUAAAAGCCUGUCUAGGUGUUGCAUAUUUUAAACAAUGUUAUUACUUAUAGGUACUUUCAUUUGAGACUUAUCAUAAAAUUAUUUUCUUAUCAUGAUCCACUGUAAAUAAUUAAAAAUAAAUGUGAAAAUUACUGUUAGAAAUGAGAAAAAAAGCACUUCAUAUGGUCAGUGCAGUGGGUUACAUGUUGCCCUGACAUCCUCUUGUCCUGCAAAACCAAUCAUAAAGAAUAAAUUAUUAGUUUAGAUGUUAGGAGUAUAUAUGGCACGUGAAUAAAAGACAACAUUGUAAAAUAAGUUCAAUUGGUUUACUUCAAUAUUUAAAGCUCAUAUGAGAAGUUUUUGAUGUUAAUAGAUAGACCUGUGUACGUCUAUAUUGAAGCUUUAUUGUGAUAUCUAAAAAAAAAAAUCGCAUCAGUGGAUAGACUGAUAGUUUUUAAUGGCUGAAAUCAGUAAACAGCUGCUUUUUUAGACAUUUUCAUCAGUCGACAGUUCCAUGUUUGUAGUGAGUUCAUUAGUGAGCUGUAACAGGAUACAGAUACAGUGAAGUCAUGAAACAGUAGACUGUAAAUUCCUCCGGCUGAGCAGCGUCACACUCUGAAUGAGAACGAAUGAUACAAACAGGAAGAGAAAGCCCCUAAAUCAAGUCUCACAUGUUUUUCUGUGUAACACUGCAGGCUGUUUGUCUUCCAUCAAUCCUUAAUACUUCUUUCUUCUUUUUUUCAUCUCCUCUUUCCUCCAUCCUUUAUUUACUGCCAGUGCGAUGAACAUGGACAGGUUUGAGAAGGGCCCCAGGGAGAUCCUCAACCCGGAGAUUCAGAAGGUGAGAGUAACACCAGAACAUCAUAGCACCGGGUCAGCCGCACCCAAACUAAACUAAAAUGUAUCCUCAGGCUGUGUCGCCUCUCUUCUUGCAGAGCUGCUCAGUGCGAAUGAUAAUUGUUGUGUCAUCUUUCCUCAGGAUCUGCUGGUGUUGGAGGAACAAGAGGUACGGGGACGGAACUGCUUCACACUUCAGCUCAUAAUCAGCUGUUUAUUUUUGGAUGAUUGUGUUUUUUUUGUGUGUGUGUGGUUACAGUCUGCUUGUCUGGUCUCCUUUUGUUAUGCUGAAAGUUUACAUAUCAGAACAGAGGCACAACUUUGAUAUCACUGUUUAACAGAGAAAAGCUGCUGCAGUACUGAUGAGAGCUGUGUAAUAUUUCCUCACUUCUCUGAGAUAUGAUAAGAUGCAGCUCAAACAAAGACGUGCUUUGGAUCUUGUGCAUGCUUUACGUUGUAAAUCUUGAGCUGAGUUUUGUUAUUUUUUCAGUGUUUGGCACUUUGAAGUCCUUUCCUGACGUAGUGAUAAAACAGUGGAGGAAUUUUUUGAUUAUUUUAACUCAGCUUCGAUUUUUUUCAGGGAUCCGUCAACUUCAAAUUUGGCGUCCUGUUUGCCAGAGAUGGGCAGCUCACAGACGAUGAGAUGUUUAGCAAUGGUAAAUCCAGGUCUUGUCUUAUUUUAUCCAUCCCAGUUAAAAGGAGAGUCCUGAAUGUUUGGAGAAAAAAUUCACAAGCUUGCCAAGAGGUAGAUAAGAAUUUUAUUUCAUUCCCUUCAGAGCUGGACACAGGAGUAAGAUAAUUUAGCUUGGCGUAAAAACAGUAAAAAAGAACUAGAUCAAAUUUUUCUGCAUGAAUCAGAUUGUUGUUUAUCACUCACUGUCUUCCUUCCAUCCAGUCUGACUUGACUAAGACAAGCUUCAAAUGUUAGCUUUAUGUGACUGCCAACCGGACUCUCUGUGUUUGUUUCAGAGACGGGGAGUGAGAGCUUUGAGAAGUUUCUCAAUCUUCUGGGUGAUUCCAUUACGCUGCAGGGAUGGGCAGGUUACCGCGGAGGGCUAGACACAAAGAGUAAGAGAUCAUCCAGAGAAAUCACUUCAUAUACAUGUUACUCUGAGAGUCUUUCAACAUAUUUUAAUGUAAAUCUUUGCUGCCUUUCCUGCAGAUGACACUACAGGGACUAAGUCCAUCUACACAGUAUAUCAGGGCCAUGAGCUCAUGUUCCAUGUGUCCACCAUGUUACCCUACUCUAAAGAGAACAAACAGCAGGUGAGCUUUUUUGGAAAUACCCAGACUUUUCCUCCGGUGUUAUUGUGAAGCUGAUUGAAGAGUAUUUAUGAAUUGUAAAGAAUCACACAGGCUGAGAUUUUGUUACUCUUCAAGUCAUGGUUGACGAUCUGAGAAGCAGUUGAAAAAAACUGAGCCGUUGAGACAUAUUUGAAAGAAGCGUCCCACCCCCCACACAAAAAACUUCUCCCCUCUGUGCUCCAGAUUAACUCCCUGCCAAACCUGUAUCGCCCUCCCUACGACACACCCCCUCUGGUAGAGCAAGAAGCUAACCGGCAAAAGAUCCUACGCUAGCUUCAAAUAGGAUUCACCAUGUCGGAUUGCUCGUGACUAGCGGCAGUAAACGCCAGCUCUGCUAGCGAGCACAGUCUGCAGCUGCCUGAACAGCUACAGUGUUGACAUUCCUCUCUUGGUCACAUUUCCUCUUCGUCUCUGCCCUUUCUCCUGUUGGUUAACAUUUUCUAAGUACUUUCGGCGGUGGGGCAAGCGGAAGUGUUUUUCUGUCCUGCGCCAUCACAGCUCCUGUAGCUGAGCUGCUACGCUACUUUUAGCCGCUCAGACCUCUGAGGAGGGCGGAGAGAGUGGGAGGGGACGAGUCAGAACUAUGGAAGAGGGGUGUGUCGAAUACAGCGAGGUGAUUGGAUGGCGAGGCAGAGCAGGACAUUAACCAAUAGGAGCUGUCCAGAAUGGAUGGCUGCCAUAGGUCAAUGUUUUUGCAGCCCUGCACCUGCUUGGUUAAACAGAUUUUUUCCAUUCUUUUUUAUCUUCACUUUGUGGAGAUCACACUAUAGGACUAUGAUCACCAUAUAAACGGGGUUCAUAAUAAUGACCAAAUUCUCCAAUCAUCAACCAUGCCUUUAAGUCCCUACUAUGUCACAGUUUGUUGUUUCUUGAUGUCUGUUUUCUUUAAUUUGGUUGAUGUCUCUUUCACUCAGAUCCUCAGUGAAUCUCCAAAUAAGCUAAUAAUAAACUAAUAUUUAUCAUUCCUGCUGUGUUGUUUCCUGAUGCUGUCAGGAGAUUAGGCUGUAACUCCUUUCUGAUUUGUGUUGUGUGUGAUUGGUUGGUCUCCAGUGUCAGCUCUGAUACUCAGAAUUAAUAACUGUUUCACUAAGUUUCAACCAAUUAGAAUCAGGUAUUUAAAGCUCCUGUGAGGGACUUUGUGUUGAUUUUGGUGCCCCCUGUGGACAAAGUAAUCUGUACUUAUCUUGUCUUAUACAUGUUUAAUUAGUGCAUUUAAGAUAAACACCAAUCCCGAUGACUGUUAAUGGUCAAAUGUGUCACUACUGUUAGUAUUUAAUGUGAAAAAGGUAACAAACAGGACUGACCUCCGGACACCUACCCCUUCACACAGGUUUCAGGCAUUAAGUCUUUUCACUGACGGUCUUGUUUGCUUUUGUAUAUAAGAGAAAUGCAUCAAUAAGAAUUUUCUUAAGAUUUAAAAAAAGGCUUCAAACAGAGGCUUUAAUAAAGCCACAUGAUGAGAAAGAAAUAAUAUGUAAUGAUAGGAUGCAAACACCAAAGAUUAACAUGGUAAACAUCAUCCCUCUUAACAUGUGCGUCAUAGCAUCAUUAUUGCAAGCGUUGUGACUUUUGAAUCGAGAAGAAGAGUCGAGUACUGUGAAGCUGAAAGUGUUGCUGUUUAAUCUUCUAAAGGAGACAUUAAAACAAAUCAGAGGAGGGAAGUCGUUAAUACAUUUGGGGUUCUUCACACCUGCUGCCUCUGUGACAAAAGUUUCCUUUCUCUUUUUUCUUGUCUCGUUUUUGUCACUGCUCAUUUUAAGGAUUUAAAUCCUUUUUUUUUUUUUUCAUUUCUCUCCGAGCUAACUGCCUAAGCUGAGCCCCUUUGGUUAUACCCUAAGACUAAUAUUAGUCAAUCUGUAACUGAACAUCAGUCAUGGGUUUCAUCUUCCUGUCAUUUUGCAGUGAAAACACCCCACUUUGAUAAAGCACUGAUGGAAAGCAGGCACAAUAAUGCAGAAUGGAAAUCUGCCCACUUCAGAAAUAAGGGACAUUAUUGCUUUACUGUAGCGCUCCAUUCUGCAAUGCCAAUACUGGUACAGUUUAAAUAGGCUGGUGCUUAGCAGAUCUGACGGAUAAUUGGAUUUCUCCUCAAGAUAGAAAAAUACAUUCUGGUGGUCAAUAAUAAAGGAGCAGUCUGUACUUGUUGGUCUGUUGCUUUAGUCUUAUACAAGGCUGUUUGUGAAUGAUCUACCUGAGCACACAGUCGCUCCACAAGGUCUGAUCAGUCUAAUUGGGGAAGAUGUAUCUGUUAUUGCUCCUGUGAUAUGAAGGUAUUAAAAGUAAUAAGAAAUUAACAGGAUACCCUUUGGGAAGCAUGACCAUUUCAUUUAAAGGCAUGGUUGACGAUCUGAGAAGCGGUUGAAAAAUACUGAGCCGUUGAAGCAGAUUUGAAAAUAGCGUCCCAUUCCUAACACACAAACCUCUCCCCUCUGUGCUCCAUGAUAACUCAUCCCCAAACCUGUAUCGCCCUCCCCUGACACACCCCCUCUGGCAGGUCAAGAAGCCUCAAAAAGAUUCUACGCUAGCUUCAAAUAGGAUUCACCAUGUCAGAGUGCUCGUGACUAGCGGCAGUAAAGGUCCUUACACACCGGGACCGACGCGAAUAUACGAAAUAUUCAGAGGCGAAUUUGAUGCACCUGACUAUACACAUCAAGUGCGAUGCAAUUUUGCGACUUUCCAGGGGAAAAAAAGACUCGUCCCAGGUGGAAGCAAGUGGACUGACACAGUUCAGUUCUGAUUAGACACUAGUGUUGAGAUGUCUGUCUGUCAUGAUAGCAUGUACUGAGUCGGGGCCAGUACCAGAUAAACACAUUAAACUAUAAUCCAUAAACGUAAGGUAACAACUGAGACCUAAUGGUGCUGUGACAGCAACGCGAUUGAGUUUGAGACAGUGACAGUGACAGUUGUAUCUGAACAGGGUAGCUUACGAGCUAAAGUUACUUAGCACAGAUGAAGGUUAAAACAAAGAUGUUUAGCAAACUGUCAAAGCACACAAACCAUCGUCAAAUGGUUCCAACACUAUGACUCUCCACGCGUUGUCCUUCAGGUCGUUAUCUCUGUAAUAUUUGUGUUUUUUAUCAAAAAGCACUCUGUUCUCCGACACAUAAACGAUCAGCCGGUCAACCAUGUUGGAUAUACCGGUGAAUCUGACAUUGCAACAACACCCAAUCUGAAUGGUCAGAAGCGGACACACAGUAUGUGAAACUUUAGAAAAUUUGACUGUGGUAUGAAAACAUAAAUGCCGCAAUAUUGCAGGAUGGGAAAAUGUCGCUGAUGUGAACGCUUGUAUUGACAGGAUACGAAAAAAAAAUAUUGACGUCCAAAAUAAUCACAUGAAAAAUACAGUCCCGUUGUGAAAGGAUCUUAAAUGCCAGCUCUGCUAGCGAGCACCGUCUGCAGCUGCCUGGACAGCUACCGUGUUGACAUUGCAGAGACUAACAAGAGUAUUUAUGUAAUAUGUGCCAUAGGCCUGGACGAUAUAGAAAAAAAGCAUAUCGAUAAAAAAUAAAUCAUAUUGGUCGAUAUCGAUAAUUAUCGAUAUAAUUAUUAUAAUUAUUUAACACAUAUUUUAAUUGCAGCCCUGGAUGUUUUAUGCUAUUGCUUAAUGACGUACUUUUAAUAAAGAACACACAAGCACUGAAAUCAAAUUCAAACCUUUUUUCAACCACCUUUUUAUUUUUUUUUUACCACAACUGAAAGUUUUUUAAAAAAGAACUUAAAAAAAGAAAUCAACUUAAGUGGCCUGAGUGACUUCAGUAAAUACUGACAAACAUAAAGACUAAAGUGACCAGAAAAUCUGAUAAAUAAAUAUUUAAAUAGUCUUUUGAUGAAAAUAAACAAAACAAACAAAUAUAUAAAUAAACAGAAUAGCUUUAGGUGGGAAUAGCAUACUACCAGUUUUAACUGUGUGAGAAACUGCCCACAGCCUGGUGUCUGAACACUGAAAUAUUUCUCCCGGGGUCGGGAGAUUUAUUUUUUUUAAUUAUCAUGUGAUUGACUUAAUACGCAAACUGAGCACGAGAAGCAGGACUUAUCCACGCCGGUGUUGUGUCGUAGAAUGCACCCCUGCCGAACGCACCCCCUGCUAGUAGCCAUGAUCCAAAUACUCGCGUCCUUAUAAAAUAUGAGCUCAUUUGCUUCCACUUUAAGAAGCUAAUGAGUGGACGGGAUGCAGGGUUGCAUUCUACAGCACAACACCGGAACGUAUUUCCUCCGCACCCUUCUCAGCUUUUUAACCCCUGACCCAUUUUCAUGCCUGAAGCGCUGUGUUUGAGAAAUACUUGCGGCCGGGCACUUCAUAUCGCGGGUCAAGAGUGGCUAGAAGCUGGUCGAAGCCAGGCUUUUCAACGGUAGUUAUUGGCAGUAUGUCCCUCGCUAUGGAUCAUGUUACUGCAUGGGUGAUGUCCUUAUGCCGCUUGGACGCUUUGUCGUAGUUUUGGCAAGAAACGAAGUCCAGUUUGGUCUGCUUCACUUGCUUUGUGCUGGUGCUGGCAGCGGUUCCAGAGGAUUCCUCCGACGACGACGUGGAGCCGCGGCGCGGCCGACACAGCUCGUACUCCCGCAGGUGCGAUCGGUUUAGAUGGUAGAACAAGUUGAUUGUGUUACCAGACUUGGUUUUUACUAAUUCUCUGCAAAUUUUGCAAACGACCGCUGUUCGCUUUUUGUCAGACUUGUAAAAACCAAAACAUUGCCAUGCUGGUGAACUACUGAAACCUUUUUUCGGGACAAUGUCCUCAGCUUCUCCUUGCUGUAACAUUAUUUCUAAUACACGUGCUGUCUGUUGUGGUUUGAGAGGGGCUGGGCUUGGUGCCGUAGCAUACCUGGGUCUGCGUUUGUGAUUGGUUGGGAGGAAGUAAUGACUGUAGUAAAAGCUACAUGAUAGGCUAUGAUGAGAAAGAAAGGGAAACUGUGUUUUUCUAUCGAACUUUUUAUCGACCCGUUUUUUUUCUAUCGCACCACACGUCUAUCGAUCGAUAUAUAUUGUUAUCGAAUUAUCGUCCAGCACUAAUGUGCCACGAUAGAAGGCAAAAAUUACCUGUUCAACAAAAACUCUGCUGUCUCUGCGUCUGUUUUCAGGCCCAAACCCUGGCCGAGCUUUCUCCACCACUCAAAGAAUGAAACGAUGUUUAUUCGAUUUAGAUUCCUUCCUCUUAGUCUCUGCCCCUUUUUUCUGUCGGUUUGCAUUUUCUUAGCACUUUCAGGGGUGGAGCUAGCAGAAGUGAUUUUUUUGCGUCCUGUUCCAUCACAGCCCCUGUUGCUAAGCUGCUACGCUACUUUUAGCCGCUCAGAGCUCUGAAGAGGUUGGAGAGAGUGGGAGGGGACGAGUCAGAAACAUGGUAGAGGGGUGUGUCGAAUACAGCAAGGUGAUUGGAUGGAGAGGCGGAGUAGGAGAUUGACCAAUAGGAGCUGUCCGGACGGAUGGCUCCCAUUGGUCCAUGUUUUUGCAGCCCUGCACCUGCUAAGGUGAACAGAUUUUUUCCAUUCUUUUUUUUUCUUCACUUUGUGGAGAUCGCACUAUAGGACCAUGAUCGCCAAAUAAAUGAGGUUCAUAAUAAUUACCAAUCUCUCAAUCGUCAACCAUGCCUUUAACUAAAAAGUUUGUAAAUUCUGGUGUAAAAGUUAGGUAACAAGUCGUGUUUUUAACAUAAAUCUAACCUCAAAACUACAAAAAGAUGUCAUGUGAGAAUUCUUUUUAAAAUAACAACACCGCUAUAUUGUUGCAUAGCAGUAUCUCACAUAUCUUGUAUCCCUGUUUGCCUGCAUUCAUCCAAAAUCAAAUCAAAGAAAAGAGAAAAUCAGGGCAGGAGAUCACUGUAUUAAUGACAAUGGAAGGUUUUGAGGAUGGUUUUUGUUCAUAUAUUUUGUCCGUUCUCUGCUGCAGGUGGAGAGGAAGAGACACAUUGGAAAUGACAUUGUUACCAUAGUGUUCCAGGAAGGGGAUGACGCAUCGUCAUCCUUCAAACCGUCUAUGAUCCGAUCGCACUUCACCCGUAUCCUUCACGAGGACAACUGUCAUAGCAAUAAAGAGGUCGCCAAGGACGAGACGGAAAUUACUUUAGACCUUUAACACUCAAACAGUUCAGGAUUGUUUUUGUGUCUCCUUUAAGUGAAAUCAGAGUUUCCUUAACUUUCUCACCAGAUAUUUUUGCAUUAGUUAGGUAUAAUAGCCAGAAUGACAGUUACAGGUGAGUACUCUGAGUCACACUGUGGUUUCUGGUGUUAAGUCUAAAGCUGUUUUUUCACAUAUGCUCAUCCCUCCACUGGAAAUGACCUUGAAAUAUGGGGAUUAGGGUUAGCUGCAUGAGAAAGCAGCCAAAUCUUUACUCAAACUUUACCUGGAUUUUCUGCCAGGCACAAAUACAGUUUUCUCUGGGACACUGCAGGUGAUAGUAAGGGAAAUUUACAUAAAGAACGUUAAAAGUAGGAGUGAUUUCUAUCAAAUGGUAUACAAGAAAUCUGCUUUGAGUGUUAAUCGAUAUACGUAUCUGCCUCUUUUCACAGGUUGAAGAUAUUCUCAGAGGAAAGUGUUCCACUCUUUGGACCCCCUCUUCCAUCUCCACCUGUGUUUACUGAUCACCAAGAAUUCAGGGACUUUUUAUUAGUCAAAUGUAAGAAAAAGGAACAAAAACCAAAUCAAAAAACACCCAAGAAAAAAGCACCUUCAUUUCUUUCUUCUGGUUUUCUUCUUCAGUAAUCAAUGGAGAGAAAGCCACACUGGAGACGCCAACGUUUGCUCAGAAGCGUCAGCGGACCCUGGACAUGUUGAUCCGCUCGCUUUACCAAGACCUCAUGCCCGACCUGCACAAGGUACGUACACCUGCAGUCUGACCAAGACUGUGUUUUCUAGUCUUUUCUUUGAUUUAUAUACUUCUUGUCCAUCCCAGUUGUGUCACUUGAGCAACUGUAUCCACUGCUGAGCUUUAUUCUGACGUACUCUACUGCAGCCCUCAGUCUCUCUCUGCAUACUGCACCACAACGACAAGAUACCACUGCAAUGCUGACUUUCUCCCUCUCUCUGCUAACACCACUUUUGUUCUUAAAACUCUUUUUUUUCUCUCUUUUUUCACUGUCGCUAGAAACAACACUUAGUUUCACUGCUGCUGUUCUAACCCCCUGCCAGGGUCCACCUCUAAGACCCUCUCUGCUUUCUCUCUGUCUGUGUCUGUGUGUGGGUGCCAAAUCAUGGGUGCUGGCGUUCCAUGUUUAGGUUCCCUUUUCUCCUCAGAACAUGUUAAACCGGCGGUCCUUCAGCGAUGUACUGCCCGAGUCUCCAAAGUCGGCACGCAAGAAAGAAGAGGCGCGGCAGGCGGAGUUUGUCAGGAUAGGGCAGGUAAUAAACAUGUGAAACACCCCCCUUACACACACACGUACAUAUAACGGGGUGACCAAUCAAAGCCCUGCAGUAGGGAGGUAGACACGCCCACCAGUACACACUCCAGAAACUGAUCUCCAACUGAGUUCAGAGUUUUCUUUCAUUUUCUGCAGAGAAACUCUCAACUGAUGAGGAGAGAGCAGGGUUUCUGAAAUUACUAAUAAGAUUUCCUAAAAUGAAGACAUCUUUCACUUUCAGCUGAACUUCAACAACAACUUCCACUGGAGUAGUAUCAGGAGGAGAUAAUCAGGAUGAACAGAUGGAAUAAUUACAGCAGACAAAAUCUGUUCCAAUGUACACAUGAGCAGCUGUUGUUGUUUAUUGACGGUGUCUGCAGGCUCUAAGAGAUUUGUGACAGAUUUGACUGUGUGACAAAGUAGUAUCUGCACGUAUUAAUACAAGGCUGCGUACUGAACACAGCUCUGAAGUUGACCUUGUGUAACCCUGGGAGAGGAUAAAGGGAAUCGUCGAUCAGAUAAUAUCAUUCAUUGAGUUUGUUCUGUUGUGAAAAAAGAUCAUGAAUGAGGAUGAUGAGAUGCUGGUUUAGCUCAACACAUUUGUAACGCUCAGGGUCUAGAGUGUAAAACAUGGAUGUCGUCUUCGUGACGUCACCUGUAGUUUUCUGGAGUGACGUUUUGAAGCCAGGUACAAAAAAGGAUUAGGAAAAACAAUGAAAAUAAAUAAAGUCAAACAAAGGCUGUGCACUAAACUGUAUAAUAGAUGGUAGAUGGACCUCUUAUGGGGGUAGUUCAUGUCGAACAAAUCUUGUGAUUCCUGCUAAAAAUUGAAAGUGCAUACAUACUUAUCCAGUACUUAGAGGAUGUGUUACAGCUCAUGUUAAGGACAUGUUCAAUUUGAGCUGUAAUCUGGUCCUUUUCUGUGCUGCUACAGUCUAUUUCUUAUUUUGCCACAAUGAUGUAACAAACAGGGUUUGCUAGAUGGAGGCAAAUUGAACUGUUAUUGAAGGAGAAGCUGCAGUCAUCUUUAUUAACCGCCUACUCUCGUUUGAAAGUGGGAUCUGUGACACGCCAUGAUGGACUUAGUCAAGAGAUAUGAUUCCUGACAGACAGCAGGGUGAACUGCUUCCAGGGGGUCAGGGUGAGAUGAUGAUGUAAGACCUGGUCAAUAAGUCCACUGUUGAGUGGUCAUUACCGGUCUGAUAUAAUGAUGAUUGCUGUUCUGUUCUGGAUACCAUAAAACUGUAAUUUUCCAGGUACAAAUUCUGGGAACAUGAAACAGAUAAGCACGAGAGAACUGGUACUGACCCUGGAUCACAUUCUUAAAAUGAUCCACUGCCUGUUGUAGUUUGAUUUACCGGAUAAAACAGAGUGCUUCGACCUAUUUCUUUGAAACCUAUGUACAAAUCUGUGGUACUUUUUCUUUCUAUGACAGACAUUAACAGUCUAAAGCAAAGACCCUUAAAGGUGGGGUAGGCAGGAAUCCAUUAAAGAAGCAUCUUUUUUUGUGGUGUAUAUACAAAAAAGCUUUUAAUAUCAGUCAAUAGCUAUUAGUUAUUGAUGACAUUUGGUAAUAUAAUGAUAUCACUGUGUUUUAUUAUGUCUGUGUUGUCAACAUCUUAAAAUUUCAGAACGCUCUGCUCUUUCUGACUGUAAACAAAGCCAUUCCCCCUUCCCCCAACCUGAUUGGUUGUGAGGCAGACGCUGCUCCCCCGUGUUGUUCACAAGCCCAAACAAAGUUAGCGUGCUUCAAUAUCGGACAGUAGAAACCAACCAGAAAGUACAGAAAAUUGUCUGAAUCCUCCUUUAGCUACGACUGCCAACACAAGCAAGAAAACGAAGUAAAUAUGAGAGACUCUGGCAGAAUAAUGGGCGCUUAAAAUGGAGGUAGACCACCUGAACAAGAGCGAAGAAUGCAGGUCAACAAUGAUGGGGGGAUGCUUUGGGAUCUUACAGACCCUGUAACCUUUCUGCUUGACAUGGAAACCGCUUUAACAAAGUAAACCAAGUGUCUGUAACAGAAGUGUUUCUUGUCAAACGGGACCUGUUGUAGCGUGAUGUAGCGCCACUAAACUGUUUACCUCGGGUCCUGGACUAUGUCACUUAGUCCUAGUUAUAGAAGUCCUGCAAACAUUGUGUUUGCUGGUAGUCUGUUGGCAUCUACAGUAGCACCAAUGCUGUUUACUUUCAUGUUGACUGGGCCCCAUUUGUAAUUAUCUGAAGUAUUUAUCUGCAUUAUAUCUGAAUUUAAUUGAAACGAUACGAACAGGCAGGAGCGUCUGUUUGUGGGCGGGGCUUGAUGGAGCAGAGAUUGCGGGAAGAGGAGGAGCUGAGGGAAAAACUGGUUGGGAGGGGUAGAGUUUACAUUCAAGAUUUCUCCCAAAAACUGGCACCUCCUCAGAUCCUGCCUACCCCACCUUUAAACCAAUCACAGUAUUUUCCCUAAACAUGGUGAUCCGUUUAACCAUGUCUACUUGUUAAUGUUAAAGGAGGAAGAUGUGAUGUCAACUUUAUUGCAGGAUUGGCAGAGUAGAGGAGGAAUAGGAUCAGGAAAGAUAGCCGACACCAACAGAGAAGACUUGUGAAAAAUAUAUGAUUGUCUGCUUCAAAUCAGGACUUGAAUCUACUCUGCUGUCGACAGUACUUAGUCGAGUGACCGCUGACAUUUCAUCAGCAAGGUUAAAUGUGUGUUUCUGUGCACAGCUUGGCUGCACUCAUGCAAUAUUUAGAGGUGAUCUUUUGGCUUCAUUUAUUACAUCGGGAGGACAUAGAUGCGUGUUGUCCAUAAUAAUACACAGUCUUUGGUCUGGAAUUGUUUGCACAAUAGUUACCACAGUAGGAGAAAGUAUUUUGUAUUGAACCUUAACAUGGUUAUUUCACAGUUAUGCAGUCUCUCAACGGGCCAUAAUCGAAUAUAUUUUACAUUUAGCGGUCUAACAGUGUGAGAGAACAACAGUUUGCAGGAGUUUUUUUUCUGUGUUACCCAUAAAGUGAAGUCUCAUGAACUUGUUUGACUCUUGUUGUCAGAGAAAAGACACUCAGAGGGACCAGAAUACAACAGAGGAGCAAAGCUGUCAUGUUUUAUUUUUAAGUUUAAAUUAGAUAAACACUUUAUAGAUAGAGAUCUGCAUUCUAGAAAGCUAUGUGUACUCUAGAUGAGCAAAGCCAGCUCUUUGUUUGCAUCAGCUCUUAAGAUGUAUUUUUCCUUCUGCACUAUUUUCUGUCUCUUCUUUUCUUAGUUUGUUGUUUCUGUGUUUUACCUUUGUCCUUCUCUGUGUCUUCUCCCUUGUUUGUCUUGUUUCUGUCACUCUUUGCUCAUAAACAAGAAGUCAGCCAUCGACACUCUGCUCUGUAACGUGUGAAGACAAAGGAAGCUAGACGUGUUCAGUCAUUGAUUGCUCUGAUUUGUCGAGACAAGGCGUUUGUCCUCAACUUAACUAUCUCUGUGUAUGUUCACCCUCUGUGUUAGCAUAUUAUGCAGACUGAUUUCAGACUGAUAAGUCGGAUUAUGUACUUCUUACGGGUAUUUUCUUCCUACGCUGCACUGAUGAACCAUUGUGUUGUUAAUUGGUGUUGAUUGGAUUAUCUCCAGAUUGCCUGUUUACGCAGAUGUGUGUAAGCGGCUGACUGGAGAUAGCUGGUUGCUGCUUGAGCAUUUGGGUAGAAUGAAUUCUGGUUAAAAUUUCAAUGCACUGAUAUUCAUAAAGACUUAUUUUAACAGUUGUCAGACAUUUUCUUUCCUCCUCAGUGAGCUGCUGUCACAAUUUAGUCUAAAUAAGCUGAAAAAAGGGACUCGGCAGCAGCAGGCUAGUUAUGCAAAGAAGUGAUGGAGUAGAAGGGUGUUAUAUUCGACAAACUCACACUGCUGCUGUCCUUAUUUUAAUACAUUUAUAUGCACAUUUUACAGGCUGUGGACAGUCCACCCUUUAUUUAAAGCAGGGUCGUUUUAACACCAAGCAUAUGAUUGAUUAUUGAAGCUUAAUAAAGCAAAAGAGAAACCUAUUUUGCUAUAUGUAACACAUGCAAGCAGUGCUGCAGUGAUAUACCUUUAUUCUGUACUGUACUUUUUAUGAAUACACUUCGUCUCAUUAGCUUCUUUUCAUAUUUAAAGCUCCAGUGAGGAGUUUUUAGACCUUUAUGAAAUACAGUGAAAUUCAUAUUGAUGCCUGUUUAUGACAUACAAGAACAAACAAGACCAUCAGUGACAUGAUAUCUGAUUUUUAUAUCCUAAUUCAUAAUACCUGGUAUCAGUGCUAGGAGGUCACUAAAACUGCCCUUUUUUACAGUUUCCACCUAAAAUGCUUGACUGUCAAAGGUCGGCAGAAUGAGAUUUCAAAUACAAAUAGAUAAAAGUCACUGCUUCAGCAUGUAGAGGACAAGCCAAGCAAAAACUGAUUUGUCCACAGGGGGCACCGAAACUGACGUGAACAGAAAGUUCCUCACAGUAGCUUUAAGAUUUUAUCAAAAUUUAUGAAAACCUUCUCAGAUAGUCUACUGAUGAUAAAUAUGCAGCAUCAAUAAAAUCUACUAUUCAAGCCCCAAAGUAGUUAAAAAACCCCAGCCACUUCCACCAGCUCCUCCGGGGGGAUUCCCAGGCGUUCUCAGGCCAGGAGAGAGAUAUAAUCCCUCCACCUUGUCCUGGGCCGGCCACGAGGUCUCCUCCCGGUGGGACAUGUCUGGAACACCUCUAACAAGAGGCGUCCAGAAGGCAUCCUAACCAGAUGCCCAAGCCACCUCAGCUGACUCCUCUCAAUGUGGAGGAGCAGCGGUUCUAGUCUGAGCACCUCCUAAGUGUCCGAGCUCCUUAACCUAUCUCUAAGGCUGAGCCCGGCCACCCUGCGAAGGAAACCCAUUUCGGCCGCUUGUAUCCGUGAUCUUAUUCUUUCGGUCAUUACCCAGAGUUCAUGGCCAUAGAUGAGGAUCGGCACGUAGAUCGACCGGUAAAUCGAGCCAUACCGGCAAUGUAAAAAUGUUUGCUUGUAAGAAAUAAUUGAUUUUGACUUAAGUGGUCCUGACUGAACAAAGGUUCAAGAAUCGUCGCCAAAAAUUAAAACGUAGCCUCUUUAAACAUUUGUCUUUAUCCCAAGAGUCUUUGAAGGAGCCAAAUUCAUAGUUUUUAUCGAAAUUAGUUCACAUUUAGAAGUUCCACAUACACAGGUCUGUAUCAGUUCUCUUUCCUGACUUGGAUUUCAAAUAUAGGACUUUUUAUUUUCACUGGAGGAUUUUCUGUAUUCUUCUUUUAGUGCCCGUACUUCAAUAAAUGAUCUGAGACUUUCCUCCAGGCAGAGCUGCAAGCCAAAGUAUUCACAAGUGACAGAUGUCUCUCUGCUGUGUGUGUGUGUGUGUGUGUGUGUGUGUGUGUGUGUGUGUGUGUGUGUGUGUGUGUGUGUGUGUGUGUGUGUGUGUGUAUCAUAUCUGAUGCUGUUUCAUCUUCAGGCUCUGAAGCUGAAGACUAUUGUGAGAGGAGACGCACCAACCAGCCUGGUUACUACAGGCCUGUGCAGAAAGGAGGUAAGAGAGCGUCUUUGAGAAAAUCUGAACUUAUAGAUAAUUCAGUGACAGAGAAUUUUUGUACAGAUUGAAAAAGAAAGUUUAAUUAUUUUCUCAUAAAGUUGUGAGAAAGUAAAUUUCUUUGAGAGUGGUAGUUAAAUCACACUGAUGAGGUGCUGAAGGGCCAAAUAACUAGAGACAAUUUAAUAAAACGCUCCACGUUCCUGACUUUCGUACAGACAGCUGGCUGCUCACUGUAAACUAAUACUAUGACUUUAUCACCCCUAUAUUCUCAAAAUUUAAUACUUUAUUCUCAUUGUAUCAUGACUUUACUACAAGUAUAUUUUUAUAACAAUAUGACUACAGUACAGCUGGAUUUUUUACUAUAGAGAAAAAAAAAAUAGUUAUUUUUUUUUCCUAUGAGAAAAUGACUUAGACAAAAAAAUUUUUUAAGUCUAAUGCUUAAAAAAAUAUACAUUUUCUUCACUGUGGCCCUUAUUUUCCAUUUUAGAUUUCAGUAUUCGAUUUUGUUGCAACAAAUAAAUUUUUCUGUCCAAAUUUUGGCAGAAACAGUUUAGUCUCAAUUUUUCGAGCCACAAAUAAGACAAAAAAGAAAAACUGUAUCCACUCUCAAGAUUAAACUUUAUAACAGGGUUAUCUCAUUUUUUAUGAUAAAAAAAAACACAAGAUAACUUUUUUGGUAUAAAUACUAUAGAAAAGGGAUUAUCUUAAUUAACAACUGAAUUGACUGACUGCUGUAUUUACCACUUAACAGUUUUUAGACAUCACUUAUUGUGCUCACCUGUUGAAGCACCUGAAGGGAGUUUUUAACCAGUCAUAGAAACAGACUGAAAUUAAUAUUGACACGUCCUCAUAAACUAUGAAAGCAAAUGAAUAGACCAGGAUUAUUAAUUGCGGUUUCUAUAAAGUUAUUGUCAAUGCACUGGUGUUGGUGUCAGAAGUGGUUCUCAGUAAGCUGCUGAACUCACACAGUUUUAGCCUUUCAUUCAAAGAUUUUCAGAGAAGUAGACUAUGCUUGACUCAAAAAGACAAUGGGAUACUUAUCGUUGGAAAAAAAACUAAGUGACACAUAACACAGAGAAAAAUAUGCAAAAAGAGGAGCAGCUUAGUCCACAGGGGGAGCACAAAAAUCAACAUCAACCUCAAGUUUAUGCCAGGAGCUUUAAAAACUGCAAUAACAGUAAAAUAAAAUGAAUUUAGUAAACACCACACAGUAUAAUUGUCUCAUUUCUCCGCUCAUUUCUCAACCUUUUCUUCGUGAUGAACGUCCUCUUGUCUCAUUUCGCAUACUUACACUUGAUAAAAUGCAGAAAUAAAAAAAAAACAAGCUUAAAUCACUGAAAUUAACAAUUUACAAAAGCUUUUAGCCUGUCAAAGACAAAGCUGAAGAGCCUCAUAUUAGUUUGAAAGUGUUUGCCGUUUGAUGAUAAUGUUUUUUAUGGUGUUUCUUUCAAGCAGACAUCAGUUCAUAUGUGUCUCUAUGUGUUUUUGUGUCCGUAUGCUGCAGCCGUGGGAGUCCCAGCCGUUCUGCAGCACAUUCCCCUACGAGAUCGUGUGCAGCGACUCGUGGGGUCAGUCUCUACUGGUUGCUACCGACACAGCGGGGGUCAUGCUGCUGGAUGGUGAGAUCAUCCCUGAUCAAUAUCUCCCUAUGUCCUUCAAAAUAAAAGCCACCCAUGCGUAUCCAUUCAAUACCUCGCUCAGCUGAACGCUGCGGCAGACAUUUUGAUAAUAAAGAUGUUCUUGUUUCAGGGCCUGAUCCAGCUCUACCUAAUGCUGGUGAGUGUUUUAUCAUUCAUCCCAAGUUCUGAAUACAACAUAUAGAGUUUUUAUGUUUUGAUUUGUAAAUUUGACCACCUUUUAUUUGCUUUCUGUGUGUAUUUUUGAGCAUUAAGACAAAAAUAGCUUUUUUAUUCUGCUUUUUAAGGCUUCAUCUAGCAUGGUCUUACCAUGAGAAGCUCCCCUAAAAAAGUACAAAGUUCCUGGCGACAUGAAAUGUACACUGUAUUAAAAAUUUUGCAUUGCCCUUUAAUUGGUGAAUUUUAACUGGAGUUACACACACUAUUUAAGACUGAUCAUCCUUUAGCUUAAAAUUUCUGUAAUUUCUUAAGUGUGUUUGUAAGGAAGUUAUAAGGUUUAGCGUCUGCACCCUGUCAAAAAUAAUUUCGAUAGGCACUAAUAAAAAUUCUCAGCUUUGUCAUUUAAAAUAAUUUCAGAUUCGUUUUGAUGUUUGUUGUUUCUCAGAGCCCCAGGUGCUCCCUCCGGUGCAGGUGUUCGACAAAACCAUGGUGGUGAAGCAGAUGCACGUUCUCGAGCCUCAGGACCUGCUCAUCACCAGGGCGGACAAAGGUAGACCACAGAUAAAUCAGAUUCUCCUUAGCACCCCCACCCUGGUCAUCAGCACCCGUUUCAUCCCCGCUUUCAUGUCAUGUACCACAAUUUUUUUUCUCAUUACUCCUUCUUUUUGCUCUUAUUCCACCUCUGUCAUGUCUCUCUGCGCUGUUGAGUAUGUACUUACCCUUUCCACCUCCAUCGGCCGAGUGAACACAUCGAUCUCUGGCUGUGAUCUGAGGAAGCUGACCUAUAGAGAACCAAACCCCGCUGGGCUUUUGUGUGUCUGUGUGUGUGUACAAAAGGGUGUGUGUCUGUUUAUCCUGUAGGAGUGUAUCGACCGCGGGGGAAUAUAUUGGGCAGACGCUAUAGCAACAUGUAGACCUGAAAGCAUAAAAAGAACCAGAAUAGUCUCUUUGUAGAGUCAGACAUCUCCUCGGUUCAUCUCAACAGAGCCUCCAAUUGAUUAGCGUAAAGACAGUUAGCUUACUAUAAUAUUGAGUUUCUUAGUUUUGACGAUGAUAAAGUGACAGCAGCACCAACCUUCAUCUCAACUGCGAUGAAACCUCUGAAAGGUCUGAGUAAUCCUCUCCAUGAUCCGAUUUUGUGGGAGGAGGCUUAAAAAAGAGAGAGACAGCAAAUUAAGAGUAACCUUCAUACAAGACGGAUGUGACUUCUGUGUAAUGUUUCCAGGGAAGGACGCUCGGCUCUAUGUGUUCAGGCUGAGCUCGCUCAAGAGGGGCCUGGAGGAGAAGCAGCUGGUCCGGAGCAAGUGUGACAGCCGAGAGAACAAACUGGAGAAAACUAAAGGUAACAGGAAUACACAAAACAUCGAGAAAAAUAAACUUUUACAUAAACCCACAUAAGGAGCUUAGAUUUUUAAACCAGAUCAAUUCACUCUGAUACAACAAAAAUAUGGAGAAUCAGAAGAUGGGCUCACAGUAUAAUGCCUCCUUAUGCUUGCAGGUUUAAAUUUGGAGCAUCAGCUUUCUCAUUAAAUUGCUGUAGACUUUAAAAACUUUAAUGACAAUAAUCCUGCUUAUAAAAUCUUCUCAACAAAUUUCAAACAUGCACACAGCUGAGUCCCUGUCUGAUGAAAAAUUAGCUAUCAGCGGCUGACUGCAAUCCCCUGAUACCCCCUCCUUAAAAAAUCAAUGCAUCUAUUUAAACCAGGGCUGCACUUCAUUUUAGCUCAGCGUGUUUUUAACUACAAUUUCAUAUUGCAACAAAUGCGUAGCUUGUUAUACUGAGGUACAUGGACUUUUCUGUAUCUAUGUCUUGUGCCAUGGGGUUUUACACUUAUUAAUUGGAGUAUGUAAAGGCUCAACAAGACGCAAAAAUUGAAAAUAGCAAAAGCAGCAAACUCUAUAAAGACAAAAAAAAAAAAGACAGAAAUUACAAAAAAUACAUAGUUCACACAAAGUACUUGCAAAGCUUUGAAAAUUUCAUUUAUUCAUUUAUUUUCAUACUCUUUCUCUUUCACACUGAGAUCAUUUUAAGCAACAGUUGCUGUUUGGCGCCGAUGUCUUUCUCGUUGAAGUGCAAGCUCCAAUUUAGAGAAGCUAUAGCCCUUCCUGCAGUAGUGAUGGGCACAGCAGUUCUUUUGGGUGUACUGAAUCACUAGAAUCAGUUCAGGAGGCAGGAGGAGCCUGCGACUCCGACCUCCUGAACUGAUACACAGCUGAACAGUUCAGGAUUCAGUUCAAUUCAGAGCUUCUGGGACCAGGAGACAAGAGUGUUUGGCUUUGUUGCUUAAACAGGUUUGUAAAAAGAACUUGUUUAUAAGUCAUAUUGUUUUAAGUGUACUGUCCUAUGGUAUACAAUUUAUCAGGUCUGCUCGGAAAUUGGGCUCAGUGAGUGAUUCGUUCACCGAACAUUUAGAAGAAUUCACACUGAACAUGGAUCAUUCCCGCACAAACUGCUGCAAUGAUUGGAUGCUGCGGGUUUUAUGCACUACUUGUUACAUGUUAUGUCCUAUUGUAUGCAAGUUGUUCUGGUGGCAAAAAAAGUUUGUUUUAUCCGCCAAAAAUGAUUACAGAGAAUGUAGUUUAAUGUGUGAUUUGUUUACCAAGUGAUUCAGGCGUGAGUGCAUGCAGUCCCUCAUUCGCCGGCUGCUCGCCCAGCAAUGCUGCGUGUUAUAGCAGCUGCUCGGUUCAGUACGUUCACUUAAAAGAUUCGGUUCCUCUGAACGAAUCAUUCGCAAAUGACAACUCUAUCCAGCAGUCACUGGAUCGACAAUUGGCCACCGUUUGCUGCAUUUUUUCCAACAAUCUACUCCCCACAUUUUCUUGCCUCUCUUCUGCUGUUCAGUCAAAAAGAGGCCUCACCUCAGUUGAAGUUCUCAGCUUGAUUUCUCGUCAAAAGGAGCCAAGCUGUUCAGGAUCCUAUUAGGGUUAAUUUUACCAUAAUUUUUUCAAGUACCUCUUGACAAAAAAAAACUAUCCCCUAAAAUUGCAUCAAUAUCAAACCUAUAUUUCUUUUCAUUUAAUUAACCACAAAUUAAGAAAUAAUGCAACUGACAUACAGAGAGUGCUCUCAUUUCAUAUUAUCCGAAUUCCAACCUUAUUCAUCGACAGCUUCGGCUGAAAGAUCACUGAAAAAUAUUUCACAGUCUACUGCAAAUAUGAAUUUUCAGGAUAAUGUGUAAUCACAAAAAGAAAAUAACAUUUAACAAGUUAACUCAGGGUAUUGUGACCUUUCAAAAGGUCAUUUCAGUAGUACAAACACAUGACCUUUAACCCUCUGCAGCUGUGGGACCAGCUGACCAUGCAGCCUGCAUUGAUCUGUUGGAUCUCUCCUUCCUGCCCCCUCCUGUUUUGUCCCAGGUUGUCAUUUGUACUCCAUCAACACUCAUCACAGCUCGGAGCUGAGGAUAGUAGCAGCCAUCAGGAACAAACUCCUCCUCAUCACCAGGAAACAUCCACGGUUCGAGGGCUUUAGCGCCGUGGCAGCGGGGGCAGACUCUCCGGUGGAGGAGUUUCAGUACAUACGGGUACAACAAAGUCCAAAUAAAUACACUGAAAUAAACAAAUGUGAAAAGUGAGAGUAAAUAGCUGUAAUGCAGAGUCUUCAAAAGCAUUACAGGAACAACUCGGAACAUUAUAGCACAAGAAUCAACCCUAAAGAAGCAAGAAAAAAUGGCUUAUUCGUGACUAGAUUAAAAAGAGGUCAUUUUAAUUAUCCCUCUCACAUUACUGAGGUUGUGAAACUCUCUCUGCCAUGAGCAGAGUCAGAUGGUCUGAGUCUCUUUAAGCUUUUAGGGUAAAAAUAAAAAAUGUGGUUAUGUUUCUGUUGUGGUAAUUAAACUCAUCAGUGCAUGAAGGCGCGGGAAUCAAUCCUGAACUGUCGAUCUUUCAGGAGAUCUGUCUGUGUGAUCCGCCGGUGGUAAUGGCGUUGGUGGACGGGCCGACGGGAGAAAACGACAACAUGAUCUGUGUGGCCUACAAACAUCAGUUUGACCUGAUCAAUGAGAGCACAGGAGAUGCCUACAGGCUACAUCAUGUAGACGCCAACAGGGUGAGGCACACAUAUACACACACUCACACAAACACACACACAUGUUACAAGGCUGCUUGGAUGAGUCAACAUGCUGUCAUUCACUGCCUCCAGCUGGAGAUGAGAAAUAAAUGAGGACGCUGAAGGAUGAACAGCUGCUUUCUUUUAACUGUUUUAUUAUUCUGCUACAACCAUUUUUCAUGUUCAAGAGGAACCACAACAAGUGACAAAUUAGUGAGAAAAUUGCUGCAGAAAUCUGUCUUUUACUUCAUGCAGAUUUUAACCAUUUUCAUCAACAUCCCUUUGUGCAAAUAGUUUCUCUGCUUUGACCUCUGGAUCUCAUACAAAAUGUUUCCUUUACACUGACUCGUCUCUGCCCGCAGGUAAAUUAUGUAGCAGCCAUUGAUGUGUAUGAAGACGGGGAGGCGGGUCUACUCUUGUGUUACAACUGUGAGUCUCCCAUUUACUCUGCAUGUUUCGGCUGUUAUUUGAUUCACGCCUGCGUCUCUGCUGUCAGAGCUCAGCCUUGCUCAGAUGCUGUACCUCUCUAGAAUAUUAAAUUAUACCACAAACUCCCUCAGAAUAGUAAAAUCUAAGAAGAAAUGUAACCCUCCACUAUUGGGAGAAACAGGGGCCUAGACAUUUUUGACUGGGGUGGCCCUCACCCAUGCAGGGGUGGCCUAAGCAAAUUCCAAAAUUCAUCAAAGGAAAGCCAUUUAUUCACCUCUCUGUUUUAAUGUCCAUAUUUAUGUUUUUGAAUUAGUUUCUGGAUUAAUGAGUUCAGAGUAAGCAAACAUUUUCGCUGUCUGCUCGCUUUAUCUUGUUUUUGACAGUCCAAAUUAAAAGUCAGUUUGAUAAACCACAGAGGGAAAGUGAUUGCUAUGUUUCCUCUCCAUAGUUUUUCACAAUAUUUUUGCCCCAUCAUGUCUGUUCUCAAAACAGCUAAAGAAAAAAACAAAAGCUAGAGAGCAUAAGUGAACAAGAUUUAACUCAAAUGAUGUAGUUAAUAAGAUAAGGAUAACAAACCUCAAAUUUGACAAGUUUUAUUUAAAUUGAAUUACCAAGUACCCUAUUAUAUCUACUUGAAUUCACAAUACAGUGAAAUAUUAUAAAGAGAUGAUAUUUCUUCAGUUAUUUUUUAAUACUGUUAAGUAACACAACACUAUGGUAAUACCGAAGUCUCAAUACCAUGAUUCUGUAAGGCUCAGAAAACUAGAAAAAUAAUUUUUUCUCUCAAAUUCAGUGUUUACCUAUGUUUCAUUCCAAAUCUUAAGGUCCUUACACACUGGGACCGACGCAAAUACACAACGCGAAAUCAGGAAAUAUUCAGAGGUGAAUUUUGACGCGUGGGGGGGCACUGACACAACAGCAGACUGACUGUUUUUCAGUUCUGAUUAGACACUAGUGUUUAGAUGGCUGUCUGUCAUGAUAGCAUGUGCUGAGUCGGGGCCAGUACCAGAUAAGCAUAUGAAACUAUAAUCCAUAAACGUAAGGUAACAACCAAGACCUAAUGGUGCUGUGAAAGUAGGGCUGGGGCGACUCGUCAACGUAAUCGACAUAAUCGAUUACAAAAAUUUGUCAACGCAAAUAUACAAGCGUUGACGCAACGGAUGAUGAUGUAGACUAUGGUUACUUCAGGUAACGGUAGAAGCAUGGACGGCAAACGAGCUCCACUUAAUGGGGUCGAUUUCAAACCUACCUUUUUUAUUACCAUUUGUUAUUGUUAAUCUACAAAUGGUAAUUAAUCGAAAAAAUAAUCGUUAGUUGAUAGAAAAAUAAUUGUUAGGUGCAGCCCUAUGUGACAGCAACGCAAUUGAGUUUGAGACAGUGAAAAUACAUAUGGUAUGUUGUAUCUGAACAGGUUAGCUAAUGAGCUAAAGUUACUUAGCACAGACGAAAGUUAAAACAAAGAUGUUUAGAAAACUGUUAAAGCACACAAACCAUCGUCAUAUGAGAAAUCCGACGCUACGACUCUCCACAAGUUGUCCUUCAGGUCGUUCUCUAAUGCUUGUGUUUUUUAUCAAUAAGCACUCUGUUCUCCAACACAUAAACAAUCAGCCGGUCGGCCAUGUUGGAUAUACCAGUGAAUCUGACGUCGCAACAACACAAAAUCUGAUCGGUCAGAAGCGGACACACAGUAUGCAAAACUUUGGAAAAAUGGACCGUGAUCCGAAAUAAUGCUGCAAUAUCACAGGACAUGAAAACAUCUCUGAUAUUGACAGGAUAGGGGUUUGAAAAAAAUAUUGACGUCCGAAAUAAUCGUGCAAAAAAAAAACGGUCCCGGUGUGAAAGGAACUUUAUUCCAACCAAGUUGAGACAGUGUGUAAAAUAUUGUUAAAAAUCAAAUCAAAUCAAAUCAUUUAAACUCAAUAUUUUAUUUAACGAUAAAGAAAAUUCUGCCAUAUUGAAAAGCUAGUAGCAGCCAGCUACAACUAGGCCAGUCGUGAUUUUUUACAAUUUUUACCACCUGCCCCUAACAUGGCAAACUGACGAUGAUACCAGAGGUGACCAAUCAGAUUUCUGGGCUGAACCACCCCCUGGUUCUUCUCUAAACACACCCCCGUGUUUAAGUUAUCUCUUUGUAUUUUUUGAGUCACAACAUAAUUUUGUCACCAGCUGUUGUUCAAAAUAGGCGAAAAAGCAAACAAAAACAAUAAACAGAAAUAAAUUAGUCCUUUAUUUUGAAAGGUAAACCUCUUUCCUGUCUUUUUUUUUUACAGAUAUUUGCUAUUAUAAGAAAGUCUGUCCGUUUAACGGCUCCACACCGAUGAUCCAGUCCAACACCUCAGACUUCCACUUCAGCUGGAACCAGAUGCCCAACGCUAUCGGUAUGUUACCACAGAAACAACACUCCACCUGAUCCAGCCGGCACUUCCUGCUCCGGCCUGGCCUGAGGCUUGCUGUCACCAUGGUAACACCAUGUGUGGUUACAAGCAUCCAAUUGGCUGAUGUGAUUAUUUGUGUGUAUAUUUGUGUGUGUGUUUGUGUUUGUGUGCGUGUGUGUGUGUGUGUGUGUGUGUGUGUGUGUGUGUGUGUGUGUGUGUGUGUGUGUGUGUGUGUGUGUGUCUGUGGAUGUUUUUAUGAAUGCAGAGAGGGAACACAAUCAGUGGUAAAACUGUAACCUUGACCCUGUUGAUAACACGCAGCUCCACUGUGUUCCCUGCUGUCACACACUCAUAUUCAGAUACACAGUCACACAUUUAAACAAGCAGUAACAAAAGGUGUGAAACGUAUUAGAGAGCCUUGGCUUAAGCUACUCCCAAAAGUAUUUAAAAAUUUGCAAGGAGUCUGAAUAAAGAGCCACCAAAAAUAAAUCACCAAACUCUGAAGUUCCUCUCAGUGCAGAGCAUGUUUUCGCUCAUUAUCUGUCAGUGUCUUGUUGUUUUACUGAGUCUUCCAUGGGAUAAUUACAGAUAAUUACAAAUGGGGCUCAGUUAACGUGAAAGUAAAAAGCAUUGGUGCUACUGUAGAUGCCAACAGACUACCAGCAAACACAAUGUUUGCAGGACUUCUACAGCUAGGAUAAAGUGACAUAGUCCAGGACCGGAGGUAAACAGUUUAGUGGUGCUACAACAUGCAGCAGGUCCUGUUUGACAAGAAACACUUCUGUUACAGACACUUGACUUACUUUGUUAAAGCAGUUUACCUGUACAGCAGAAAGGUUACAGGGUCCGGAAGAUCCUGAAGCAUCCCUCAUCAUUGUUGACCCGGCUUUUUAGCUCUUGUCAGAGUGGUCAACCUCCUUUUAAAGUGCCCAUUAGCGCCUCUCAACCAAUCAGGACAGGGGAGGCGGGGAAUAGCUCUCUUUACAGUCAGAAAGAGUGGAGCGCUCUGAAAUUUUAAAAUGUUGACUACAUGGACAUAACAAAACACAGCUAUAUCAUGAUAUUCCCAAAGGUCAUCAAUAACUAAUAGCUAUUAAAUAAUAUUAAAAGCUUUUUUGUAUAUACACCACAAAAAAAGAUGCUUCUUUAACAGAUUUCUGCCUACCCCACCUUUAAGCAUGUAGAGGAGAAGAAAAACAAAGUUUGUUCACAGGGAGCACCAAAUUGACACAAACUUAAAUCCCUCACAGGAGUUUUAACAAAAGCUUUCUAUAAAACUGUAGUUCUCUAUCUUUCUUUGGCAGCUCACUCCCACCCAGUAGCUUUGUUAGUUAGGGGGUGGCAACAUGGUUUCCUCCACGCUGUGCUGCAGUUUGCUCUCACCUUGUCAUACAUUUCACAUCAAAAGAGUGGAGAGGGAGCAGUAAGAACCUCCUGGAGAGCCACUCAGCUUGAAUCUAGUGCCUCUUUUUUCCUUCCAAGCAUCAGCGGCUAAUGAUGGCAUUUCAAAAUGUCAGUCUGUGUGACACUAUUAAAUGUCUCUUCUUGUAGGGGCUGAAAAGCUGAACAAAUAGAAAAAGUUGUUUUUCCGUUUAAUCGGCUGAAAGCUUGGUUGAAGUCUGACUAUCUGUUGCUGAUAUUAUCAUAUGUCCAUGUCCUCUUGGCAGUUUGUGCAUUCCCCUACAUCCUGGCGUUCACAACCGACUCCAUCGAGAUCCGGCUGGUGGUCAACGGCAACCUCGUGUACACGGCGGUGGUCCCAGAGCUACAGUUAGCGUCCUCACGGGUCAGUGUUAAUUCAGCUGUUAUUGUGUGUCAAAACCUGCCAUAAGAUGAGUCAUAAUGCUGUAAAAUUCAUAACAAGUGGAACUAAAACACACUCGGCUCACGAUGGUAAGAGCCCUUUAAUCUUGAGAGUGUGUCAGUGUAAGCUGGCCCAACUCUACAUCGUAAAAGUAGCUGUCUCAGCUCUCUCAUUUCAAUCAAUCUUUAUUACUCUUGUGGGAAAUAUGGCUGGCAAUCUGCAAAGCUACGGAGCAAUAAUGCAUUCAUAAUUCAUACGCUAAGAUAAUGUAAAAGAGACCAUGGUGCACCUGAUAAAACAGAUACCUUUACCUCCUCUGUCCUCAUUUAAUCUUCUUGUAUUUUCGUCAUGUUUCACUUUACUUCUCGAUCCUUUGUGUCCACUUUCUGUCCUAAAUAUUUCAGGGCAUCAGCGCUUAUUCACUCACUCUAUUGUUUUACUUCCUCUCUCUUACUCAUUCUCACAGUCGGACAUCUAUUUUCUUUCAUCUGCUCCGGUGAGCUCAGCCUCAAACUGCAGUUCAAGAGACACCAGUUCCCAGAGUUCCCCACAGACACCCACUGGCUACGAGAUGCCCGUGUUCCCCUCGCCACUCGGUGACGGUAAGCCCCGCACAGGGAACGCACCAGAGGAUGUUGAUUUUAGUGCUUCGCUGUUAAAGGUUCCCAAAUGUCAGUGUUGCCUGCAGACCUGUUUGACUUUGGAUAACUGCGGUGUUAGCCAAAAGCACCGGAGCAAUUUACAUAAACUCGUCUCAGCAGAAAGGUUCAUCAAAGGUGCAAAUUUCACCCCCAAGACUUCCUUCUUUUUUUACAGUUGGUUGUGUGAAGUUUCUUCAAGGGCAAGAUUUUUAAUUGCCUUUAUCUUUCCCAUCAUUCCCCCCUUUAUACUGACAAAGUCAAGUCUGUUACUGAAGUGAAAAUUAAUUUUUGGUGCAAAGCUGACACUCUGCAUUAACCAGAUGCUCAGGGAGUUCUUUUUGAGCAACAUUUCUUUACUCCAAGUCAAACAAAACACCACUAAUAAACUAAUAGUUUUAGAGAACUAAGGCAGCCCUGUGAUUAGUCCACGAGUACCACUAUGUUUUCCUCAUUUACAACAUUCCUGGUUGCUCUCUGCUUACAUUGAUUUAGCAUGUAGGCAGAGAAUUGCCGAGGACAAUGAACACUUUAACCAAGAAUUGAAUAGAGCCCUUGUUAGAAAAAGCCCUUGUUAACAUGACCAAAUUGCUGAUAGACAGUUAGAUGUACAGCUGUUGGAUUUAAAGCUUGGUUUACCUGAAGCUGCUCCAAAUUUAUGUGCAGGAAUUCUAACUUUUGGGGGGAAUCCCAUGUCAUGUAUCUGAUAGGCGUCCUGGUAUUUCUGACUUCCAAGAUCGAACAGAGUGCACUAAAUUAUGUCUUUCAGUGAUAUUUAGGAACCACAAGGAAGGUAAUUGUUUAAAAAAUUGCUCUAAGAUUGCAAAAUCAACAUUUUUAAGUGUCCUCAGAAUUUUCAGUCGACCCUUAUGCAAUUUAGAUGUGAAGAAAAUGUGACGAAUCAAAGUCUCAUCAAUCAAAUCCUGCACAUGGAUUUUUAUGCUGUGUUUAAAUAGUAGUAAUAGUGGGUUGCAAAAAACACGUGAAACCUUCUUAUCAGUUUUAAUGUAAAAAUAAUUUUAACUGGGUUCUACAACUUUCCCUGCACUGUCAGGAUUCAAGUUUCUUCAACCACUAAUAAUAAAAACGGAGAAACCGAUCACCCACCGAGUUCCAGUCAUGACCAGUGGUCAGUGUCUGCAGAGAAAAAAUAUUGCUUUAUAGGAAGAUAGAGGAUCAAUAUAAUCGCCUCCCUCCCAACCUCCAGCACACUUUCACUCCCCUCUAUCUGUCUUUGUGGAUACGACCAUUCAGUCUCCCCUCCCCCUGCAACCAGACUGUUACAGAUAUCUGUAAAUGGGGCAUAUUCCUGAUGCACAGCUAUCAUUAACACACACAGGUUUGUCAUUCAGCUGAUGGCAAAGUCAAUUUUUUUCAUUAGACUUUCUAGCUCUUAUAAGUGACACAAAGUCAUCCUCGGGUGGGUUUGUGUGAUUCUGACAGCCACAGUGAAGGACAAAGCCUCGGGAAAACAAUUAUUAAAAUGUGCGACGGCUUCUGCUCCUGCACCAUCAAGGCAGAUAUUUCCUGUUUUCCUCGGGGGAGCGGGUAUUUACAGGUCCCAUUAAGUCUAACAAGGUGGACGGUUUGUCUGUCGCUGCUGCAAUUAGCAGAGGACGGGCUUUGUGCUUUUAAGCUGGUUCUGGUAAUCAUUUCUCUCAAAGGGUUUCUAAUUUUCUUUCCUGUUUUAGCAAGUAAUGCAUAUGAAUCUGCAUCAUUUACCAUAUCCACAUAGUGGCCAUUUUCCUCUGACGUCAAACGCUUUCUUUAGGAAACAGCUUGUGCUCGCAUUCACACACUUUUUUGCCAUUUAUAUUGUGAUGAAUUGACUGGAUGCUAACAGGUGGUGUUGUGUUGGAUAAAAAGUAGGGCCCGACCGAUAUGGAUUUUUUGGGGCCAAUGCCGAUACCGAUUACUAGGGGGGGAAAAUGUCGGAUUACCAAUCAAUCGGACGAUUUUGUAAAUUUUUUAUGAAGUUAUGAAAAAUACAUGUAUACUGUAGAUACCUACAGUAUACUAUAUACUGUAGGCUAUUGCUCUUCACACCGACAGGAAGACUAACUGAUCAAACUCGGACCAGAAAAGCCUUUUCAACUACCCCCCUGCUGCCGCCGAUAGGCGUUACACAUUUCCGGUCCAGUCUCAUCUGGAGACAUGCAGCUGCCUCAUUAAGAGAAAAAGCUCGAUCACCUAAUGUGCACUGUUUAUUGUUUAUUCUACCGUUACUGGCCCGGCUAACAGUGUAGUAAGAGUAGUAGCAGGUGGCUAACUCUAACUGAAACUUGUUGACUUAUUGUGUAUUUCACAAACUGGUUUAUUCGCCGUUGAGUCGGACCACUCUCCUCUGUGCAUCCCUGAGCUGCCUGCUUUAGAUCCGUCACUCUGCUGUGCUGUUAGGGAGUUAGUGGAUGAACAUUGUCACGAGGUCGCUGCGCCAUCUACAGGAUAAGUCAGGGAACUUUUCAAAUGGCGAAACAUUUUCGAAGUGAAACCGAAUCUUAUUCUCUGCAUUUUAUUUCUGAAAAUAUCGUUGAAUAUCGUCGAGUUUUGACCGAUUACCGAUGAGUCUCAAACGGGCUAAAAUCGGCCGAUUUAAUCGGCUCACCGAUAAAGGGCAGCACACUUUUAUCUGAGGCUGCCCUGAAUGCAUCAAUCUAAGACAGUGCAAGUCGAUCAACGUAAAUAUUAUAUCUCACAUUCGUUUCCCUUUCAUUAAAAGCUCAUUUUGCAACAAACACUGCUUAGAUAUAGUUUACAGCUUAAACUGACCUGAAUCAUCCCAAAUUGUAAAGUAAGAGUAUCCAGUGUCUGUGAGGCUCAGCAGAAACACAGGACAAUCUUCGGUUGCCUGGCAACUUUUGACAAAUAUAGUGAUCCAAUUCAUGAAUGAACGUGGACCAUCAAACCACGGGAGACUGACAAGAACCUUUCUGCUGUAUGACAAUACGGGAGGUGGGUGGGAGAUAGGUCUGAAAUACGGGAGAGUCCUGGGAAAAAAACAGAAGUGUUGGCAGGUGUGUGAUGGUUGCUCACUCAUGAUUAUAGCUGCUGUCUGCCUUUCUUAUUCAGUGGCUAAUAGGUUAUCAAAUUUGAUAUUUCGUCAAUAAUAUGCCAUUCAGUGCCUCUCCUGUGAUACCAUGACACUUCGAUGUAUUUUUGCUAGUGCUUCGGUAGCUGAGUAAUAGCUCGUGCCUAAUUGUAGCUAACCAUUUGUUUUAACCUGCAAACUCUUUCUCAGGAUUCUCACCGUUUACUGCCUUUCAGCCGCCUGUUAACCUUAAAAUUAUAGAGUUUAGAACAACACUUAUGUGCACACUUCGAGCAUAACAUCGACAUCAUAGCUAAAUGGCCACCAAACGUGGUCAAUUGGACACCUACUUUGUGUUUGUGUUUGUGUGUGUGUGUGUUCCUUGGCGUAUGUUACCAUGUGUGAUCAGUUUGUGUAACCCUCUUCUUCAUCCCUGGUUCAGAUUCUAUACGGAUCCCCUAUGGUACCAAGCUUUCCCUGUACAUGUCUAAGGAUGCCGAAGGUACUGCAGGAUUCUCCCGCAACUCGUUUCCUUAGUCCAUGAAAAUGCUCACAGUGCUGCCCCACUAACAUGCACACACUCCCAGAGUGUAUCACCCUGUCUGCUCUUCCACGGCAGCAUGUUGACUUGAACGUUGGUUGAAUGUUAAGUGAACAUUAUGUCUUCCCCAUCCCCCUCCUUUUCUGUUUUAACUAAUUAAAGCGUCAGCAAUAGGAGAAAGUGUAAGGGAGUGAAAAGUGAUAGAGUGCAAAGUGCAUAAAAGUGAGUAAGAUAAGAUAACGUCCAUCACAGUGGAGGGCUCUGAAAUUACAAGACGGAAAGGUGUGCAUUAGUGAGGGAGGGAGAAGGAGGGGUUGUGUACAAGCUGAAGGUCGGGAGAAAAAGGGAAAGAGGGAAGGAGAAGACACGUCUGCCGCAGCAUGAUUUACAGAUUGCACUGUCGCCAUGGAGACUUUUGUCAGCCCCUCUCUUCGAUCCAAAGUGGUGGUCCAAACAGCGGUGCCACAAUCUGAGCAGGGUGAGAGUAGGGAGUGUAGCGAUGAGAGAAAGAAGAGGAGGGCAAGGACAAGGGAGGAAAGGGGUGCUGACAAAAAUCCCAUCCUCGAACUGCCUGUGCGCCUGCUGUAUCUGCUCCUCGGGGAGAGAUUCAUCUGAUGUAAUCGCAUCAGUAAUGUGAACAAGAUUCUCUUACUGAUGUGGCUGUUUACCUCCAUCCACCUGCAUUCAUUGGCCUAAAAUCUGCAGUAAAAUACUUUCUUUCUCUGGAGAAGCGUACUUCAAUAAGUGCUCGAAAUUUCAAUGUUUACAUUCAGUCUAUUUCCAAGUGUGAUGGAGUUUGACACUUCCCCUGGUCCAGAAACACACGUGGAAUAUAUUAGUCUUUGGGACGAUAUAUUCUGAAAUAACUGCAUGUUUUUUGCUCUUUUGGUUUGUUAUUUUGUGGCUGUAUGAUAGCAAGGGUACAGCAAAGAGGAUCUCUAACAACACUAACUCAGUGUACCUGUCAAACAUCAGCAGUGACCCUCUAUUUUCUCUGUGGCUUUUCACUCACCUCUCACCCGCUGACAUUUCAGAUGAGACGCUCCUGUUUGUGUAACAGUGCAUCCCCAUUUAUUCAGUAUCAUCUACCAGCCGGUCUCAAUGGAGCUGAGUGUAGCUACUCAACUGCAACACUGCUCCCUGUUGGCAAUGUUUGGCAUUGCAAGUCGCCUCACUGCAGCUGUUUUGUGGGCUUUCUGUGUGUUCGCCAUUUGAAAACCUCCAAACAUCUUUUUAAUGUGUCCCAAACAGACUCUGAGUGUUUGUAGUCUCUGCUGAAUAUUAGAUGCCCCAGAAUUAAUGGCUUCAAUUCGACUGUUAUGUUACAUUAGCUCUCUGUGCUGAGGAUGAUUAACUUAAAAAUGAAAGGCUCUUUCACUAAAUAAAGCCAUUAAUCACUUCAGAUUACUGUCAUCUGACGAGGGAAUAUGAGCUCUUCAACCUCAAGAUCUGUCAAAUUGAAAAUUAUGGAAGGGUGUAGGCAAUGUGUAGGCACUAAAAGCCUAAAUGUUGUAUCAUAAUACCAAUCAUAUAUAUAAAUAUAUGGAGAGAGAGGGAGAAAGUACCACUACUGUAACUAUCUUUUAGCUCAAUACUAUCAUAGCAUUUUGAAUGCUUUGUUAGUUUCCAAGUAUAUAAGCAAAUGUUUGUCUGAAUGAAGUAAUAAUUGAUGUUAGAAACACCCAAGUGACAGACAAACAGCACAUCCCUCAGAGGCUCUUAACCAUCUGGUUGAAAAAGUGUGUAAUCAGCUCUGAUUUAUUUUCAUUCAGAGUAAUUAGAGUCACUUAGGAACCUGGAAAUACAACUAUAAAAGAUUUGCCUUGUAUUUAUCUUUUAUGGACUGAUUCCUUUAUUGAUUAAAUGUCAACAAAAUCAGUAGAUACUGAUAAAGGAACGCAACAGUCUUUGAAGCUUUAAGGCACUCCACAUAAUGAGAUAUUAAGACACUUAAAAGUUUAGCAUUAUGGUCUUUUACAUGCUUGCUGUACACAAUAAAACAUGAAAAAUGGUGUGCCAUUGCUACUUGCACCAUGAUUUUGAGUUGUUGCUCUGCUAUGGUUAAAUUCUAUCUGCAGCAAUCCCAUACAAAUUUAUGCUCUUUAACUUCUACACCUGUCUUGCACAUUGCAUGCAUGUGUUAUCAACAGCAUGUGGAGACAUAACGCUUAUCAAUAUGUAACCCAGUUCACAUGUAUUUCAAUCCAGAAUGUAAUCAUUUUGUGGUUUUUUUUAGAGGAAACCAGCAGAUAAUUUUCUCAUACUCUGUCUCUGCACCAUCACUUUUCCCUCGGUACAGCCCCCCCCCCAGAGAAUUGUGGAGCAGUACAGUUACAGUUGCAUCUUUUAGCCCCACUCUUGCCUCCUCACCUCUCCUAAUGUUUCCAGAUUGAUCCACAGUGAGGGUAACUUCUUCAUUAACACUUAACCUGAGAACCAACAAGGUUCAACAAACAUAACUUUAAGGACAGAGCAACCAUAGAAGAGCAACUAUUUGACAUCACCAAAAUUGCACAAUUUCUACAAAAAGACAAUCAGUUGGCAAUGAACAAAAUACAUUAAAAGUAACAAAAUGUGCAAAAGUAAUGGCCUUCCUUAUUUAUCCAAUGAGCCAAAAACAUGUAAGAAUGCUUCAGGUUCGUCACACUUUGUCAUAUCUGCCACACAUCCCCCUUCUUUUAUCUUUUUUUGACAUCUCAUCUUUGCUCGUAUUGACUCUCUCAUCAUGUCUUUUGUCACCUGCCUCCCCCCUUUUUUCCUCACUUUACCUGCUGCUUUCUCAUUUUCCCGUCCUUUCUCUCCUUCUGGGUUCCUUAUUUUCAGGUGAAGCAUCAUGUAAACAUAUGUUCAAGAUCCCACUUUGCAACUUGGUGGGCCGCAGCAUUGAAAGACCCCUCAAGUCCCCUCUGGUCAACAAGGUUCUGACAACACCGGUUCCAGCCAUGGUGCCCCCAAGUCCUCUCAUUUCAGCGCCGCAUUCGCUAUCAUUGUCCCGCAUGGAGAUCAAAGAGAUAGCCAGCCGUACACGAAAGGAGCUGCUCGGUAAAAUUAACUCUUACUUCUUCUCUGGGAUGAAAUCAAAGUGUUUGAAAAAUGUUUGCAUAUUAGAUUUUUUUUGCUAGGUAUCAGCAAGUUACGCUUCAGGCUGGCAUUUUUAAUAAAAAGUACUACCUUGUCAAGUACAGGAGAAGUGUUAAGGUGUGCAAAUUUGUCCACAGAGGGCGCCAAAAUCAACACAGACCAAAAGUUCCUCACAGAAGCUUUAAAAUAACCCAACUGUAAAACUCACAAAUGUACAUUUUUGAGGUAAAAUGUUUUCAUGUGUGAAAAGAAAAGUAGUGACACCCGUAGAUCACCCCCUGCAUUACUCCCAUAAAAUAUACAACUUGUUGUGUUUAUAUAUUUUUUUUUUAACAGAUUGUCUGCACUUCAUUUAAAAGCUAGGGUAUGAAGUUUAAAGUUGCUUACAUAAGGGUUAUUUUAUCCUGAAGGAUCUAGGCUAGCUGCUUCUGUGCUUUCUAGUUUUUAAGCUAAGUUAAGCAUUUUCUUUCCAAGAGAUCAAAUAAGUGUCACAAACAUUUUCUGUUACUUCAUCUCAAAAAGGCUUGACAGAGGAGCCGAGUGGGAAGCCAGACAGUGGAACAGUCAAACAGAGGAGGAUGAGCAAGAAGAACACUGAGGAAGAGCCCAAAGCGCGAGUGCUGACAUCAACAAACAGUGACAGGUAAUAGUGACUGAUUCAACCGUGAAAAAACUGGAAAUGUGUAACAGCUGCUUUAUUUUUAACCCUCCUCCAAUGUUAGGGUCUGCACAAACCCGUUUUUGAUUUUAAAUGCUUAAAAGAACCACAUUAAUUAGCUUUUUUGCAUCAAGACUUUUUAACUUUGUCAUGAACCUAUAUUUCAACAAAAUAAAAAUUAAAGUGACUGAAUUAUAAAAUGCUUUUAUUAAAAUGAUGGCACUUGUCGUGUUAGGGUCGCUGUUGACCUGGUUAGAUUUAUAUCUAAUAAUUAGAGCAAAAACUAAAAUCUUAAGUGCACUGUCAGGCACCACAUUGACCGUCAGAUCCUCUCCCAAUCAUCUGAGAUUUAGGAAAUUCUCAUAUUUCUGUGUUUUUCCCUGCACAAAAAACAACGUCCGGCAUGUCCAGACAUGUGAGAUCAAUCAGUGUAGAUGUCUGUGUGAGGGCUAUACUGACAAAAAAAGGUCUAGAGGCUCAUUACAAAAAUAUUAUAGGCCAUAUUUUAAUGGAUAAUGAAGCCUAACAAGGUAACCUAGAGAUGAGAACCAAACUGGAUGAUAGUGAAAUGUUUUUACUGUAAUUUACAGCUGAUUUAAGAAACGGGUCAAACUGACCCUUAACACUGUGAGUGCGUAGUAAAAGCUAACUCAGGAGGAAGGUUAAAGAGGUUUAUGUCUUUUAUGUCUGUGCUCAACAGGUUAGCCUCAGAGUCUUUAGACUCAGACCUGGACGUCCAGCUCCAUUGUUCAUCCAGUUCAGAGGCGGAGCCAGAGAAGGUGGUGCUGCGAGCGGAUAGCCCGACUCUCGCUAAUGCCUUCGCCCCCUCUACAUCCUUUGAAGAAGAUGUCCUGGACCUAAAGUGAAGACAAUCCCAUCAUGCACUCCUCUGCCCUCACACUCCUGAAAUGUCACAUUAUUUUGGUUUCUUUGGUUGGUCUGCUUAUAAUUUGUUGUUUGUUGACGUCUUUGUUUAUAUCCCAGUAUCCCCAGUCUCCCAUUCAUCAGAUGAGAUGGGCGCAGACUAGCGGGAGUUGGUUAACGUGUCUGUGCGUGUGUUUGUUUUCACGAACAGUCCCUCUGCCACUGUGUGUCGGUUGUUUGUGUUGCCCUGCAGCAAAUAACCCAAAGAGUCUAUGAAGUUGUGCAAAACGCCGUGGUUUAUUCAGAGCUCUGCAGCAGCCUUGAGGUAAAGCUAACGGUUUGAUCCCAAACCACAAACUGAAUGUAAAUCUACGCACCGAGGCACGACAAAAAUCUUACCCCCAAUGCCGUCUGAAGUUGCUGGAGCUUAUUAUGUGUUGUAUAGUAUGUGAUUAUUUCCAAUCCACUAUCAGAUAUUGUAUGAUAUGCAUUUGUAUGUGUACAUCUGUUUAUACACAAAAAUGCUCACAAUGACAGGUGUGUAUGCCAGUCAUGCCUGUGAUGCAUAUUUAUAGAUAUAUAUAGAAAUCCAUUUUAUUCCCAUAGUAAGUAAAAAAAAAGAUGUUUUAUGCUCUCUGCACAUACGUCCUUAUUCCUCUCCUUUUUCACAGUUUACAGGUAGACAGGGCUGGAGGCAAAGUCUCCCACAAGUGCCAUUCCCCAGCAUCGUCCACUGAACAACACCUCUAACAGCCACCGUAUUAUGGUGUCUGACAGUAGCAGCCAUGAUUGCAGUCCAAUCUACAUCACUAUAGUAACUCACAAACCAUUUACAUUUAACUCCACUAACUGGAGGCGCUCACUGAAAGCCACACGCACACAACCUUAAAUCUGCAUGAUCUGCCUUUGCUACAAGUAUUGUAUCUUCUGCACCAAAAAAAAAAUAGCUUCUUAGGAAACCAAGAGGUCUGCAGCGUCAUACCAAACAUAUCAGCGUAAAGAAAGCUACAGCUUGAAUCAAAGAGACUGUAGACAUUAGGAGAAUCAAGGGGAAGGGUCAAAGGUAUAACAAUAGGUCAAAAAAGGCUAAAGUACAACUUCUAGACUAAUUUGAAGUUUAAAUGAGUGAUUUUCACAUGACAAAAAGAAAAGCCAGAAUUUUGUGAAUAAAUAGAAACAAAUCUAAACUUAAAUAACUCCAUUUGUAAACAAAAUCAAAUGAUCAUAAUUUAAAUAAUAUUUUUAAGCUCUUUUCUGUAUUUUGAACGCACAAAAGGUGGUAGCCUAAAUUUUUUACAUUUUCUUGACUAUCAAACCUCUAAUCUGAUCAUAAAAAACAGAAGUUUCCUCUGCAGGGUUUCUCAAGAAGUUAAGUUCCCCUGUUAGCAUGGAUUUAAAGAAACAAAUUGUGUCAUGUUGUCUCAUUUGGACACAUUUAAUCUGUCUUCAGAAAACUUCAAGUUACUCUCCGGAUACGAUAAAUUCUGUCCACUUAUCUGAAAAAACAGGACGAACCCAAUUUGGAUGACCUGAUUCUGAGAUGCAAAACACCUGGUCCGGAUUAAACCUUUGCACAACUCUGCCUAGGAAGUUCGCUGCUUGAAUUCCUGACACAACUUCAUGAGGGUGCAUAAAAUGAGAGUGGGUUUGUAAAGAGAUGCAUCAUUUUUGUGAGUUCAGCAAAACAUUUUACAUGAAAUAGGAAAAGUGUUUCAAGUAAUCAAAAGACCAAAAGUUUUGAGGAUUCACUGAUAUGUAGGGUAACAAACUGAGAGCUGUGGUUCUGACUAUGUGUUUGUUGGUAUGAGAGCGCCUCUAUGUGGUGGUUUCACAACACAACAGCCUUCAGAUCUUGCAUGAGCCUCCUCCGCCUCCUCCUCGAUCCCCUCGCACCUCUCUUCUGCUCUCUUUUUACCUGCCUCAGUGUGAACCCCUCCAACACUAUAACCUAACUCAGAAAAACUAAAAAAGGAAGAUGAAGAAGAAAAACGGGAUUGGGGGAUUUUUUUAAAGGUACUCCACUUAAAUGUUUAUUAACCUGAACAGGUGUGGGUGACCAGGGGAUACCUGGCAGUUACGGUUUGUAACAGCACUUCUCCCACCUCUGAUGUUCCUCUUUCUCCUGUAUUUCUGUCGAGUACUCUUCGUUCCUACCUCCCCUUGGCAUUUUCACAGUUAUUAUUUUUUAUUGUUUUAUUUUUGUUCAGUUUUUUUGUAUUUGAAUCUAUAUUUACUGUUUAGACUGUUGCUGAACCUCUCUGUGAUAUCAAAAUGGAAGAAAAUGAACAAAAAAAACACCAAGUGUCUUAAAAUAUUGUAUCGCCAUCGUUUUUAAUGCCAAGUACUACUUGUAAAUGUUUGUGUAUCAAAUGUGGCCUCAAAUGAAACUGAACUAUAUUAUUAUUAAUAUUAUUAUUAUUUGAGCAAUUAUUUUAAACAAGUGCUGUAGACCACUGCUGUGAAAGUAGUCGAUUCUGUUCAUUGAUAUGUAAUAAAUAUUUAUGAAAUUUGAA